AUGGUAAGUUGGCAGGAGGCAGUGGGCUGAGGCAGCCUGCACACACUUGCAGGUGUGUGUGUGUGGCAGCGGGCCAGGUCAGGCGGAGGCCGAGCACGUUGUGUGGGUCACACCACAGGCGCAUGAUGCGCGUUGCCCACAUGACAUCACACACGCGCAUGAUGCUGGGGCCCCUCAUUCUGGUGUGCGUUGGCACCUCUGCUCAGCGGCAAACUAUGGCUAGCCGUUUGCACAUCCCUGGCAAACACCAGUUGCCUCUGCUAAUGCUGAGGAUGCCCCAAAGGCGACGCUAAUGACAUUGUUGCCCCUCGUUUUCGGCCAUUGCAAUCUCAUGGAACAUUUCACACACAGUGUCUUGCGCGGGUGGCCUCUGGCUUCUUCUCCCGCCUUUUUUUUUUUUUUGUCUCAUUCGCCCCUCAGCCCAGCUUGGCCUGCAUUUUGGCCACGACUUCGUUUUCUCCCUCGGCCGCAUGGCGCCCUGGGCUAGCUUGCUUCAGCUUCCCGCGUCCAUGUGGCCAAGGCUAGUAGCUCUUGGCCUCCUCGCCCCUUGCUUCCCUCAGCUCGUAGAUGUCCUAAAGGCGGGAACGGGGGGGAGGAUAUGGGAGGUGGAGGGGCGGGUGGGAAUAGACAUAUAUAUAUUUGUCGUCGUUUAUGAGGAGGUGGAGCGCGGGCUUGUGCUGUUCUGCUGGCAGCGAAGCGGGGAGGAGGAGGGGAGGCGGGAGAGCUGGUGGGACAGACUGAGGUGGGUGGAGGGGGCGGGUGUUGUGCGUUUUCCUCCGCGAGCGCCGCCGAGCAGUUGCAAAUUUCCCCUCAGCAGCGUGGCCAGCCCAGGAGCACCCCAGCCUUUCCCAGGCAGCGACAGCGGCCAGGGAGAAGACCAGACGUCCCUGCCUAUCACGAGCCUUUCCCCCUCAGCCCCGGUUGCCGCCUCCGCCGCGGACGCCUGCCUCGCCGCGGGCCCCCUCUGCCCAGUUUGACGGCGCAACAGGACGAAGAGGGACGCAGCCCGAAGGUUCAGCGUCGAGCCCGGCACCGACCUCUUCCCUCUCCCAACAGCACAGGCAGAGUCCUGGGUGAGUCGAAGAAUCCGGCCUCCUCCCCACGCGUUACAUUCACCCUAGGAAGAUGCAGGACAGCCCCAGGGAUGCAUGGCAGGUUUGCAAGGCUGCUGCAUUUGGUCAGGGGAGGGAUUGUGGGAAAAGGGAGCGCAACGCUCCUUGUCUCCGUUUGUAUUUAUCGCGCUAAAUAAACCCAGCAGCAGCAGCAGGGAUCUGGCAAAGUUUUGCAUCUCCUGCGCUUUUUUUUUUGAGGCUUUUGUGAAACAGGGGAGAUGCAAAGCAAACGGUGUGUUGACCAAGUAGAAAGGGAUGUCUCAACACCCAAACCUUCCUUACUAUCUCCCCUCCCUUUUCUCCUUCUCCUUCAGGCUGGAAAGAGUCAUGACAGCUGAAAAGACUAUUCCUAUAAUUAAUGGCAAGCCAGAGGAUGCUCUGGACCCCGAAGCCUCAAGUACCAACUUGGUCCACAGCAACGAUAAGAAAGUGCAUGAAAGAGGCCACUGGAACAAUAAGGUUGAAUUUGUGCUUUCUGUGGCCGGGGAGAUUAUUGGGCUGGGAAACGUGUGGCGAUUCCCGUAUCUCUGCUACAAAAAUGGAGGAGGUAAGAUGGCAUCAUGUGUAAAUGCAUAGCUUUCAUGCCCUAGGGAAUCGCCGAAAGGUCUGUGUGCUUAAUGUCAGGAAAAAGAGGUUUUCUCAGUGUAUGCUAGCAUUCAGGCAGGUGUGAGCAUGGCAUGUAAAAUGCUCCACCUGCAGUAUGGAAUUUAGAUUAAUGUAGUGACUGUGUAGAGUGAUGUUGAUAAAAGGACAGGUUUGUUGGCUAGACUGAAUUGAAAACACACCAUGCAACCCCUUUGAACCCUUUGAAAGUGUUGGUGUUGUUGUUUAAAAAAAACUUUAAUGACAAAUAUCAGUUUUGGUUCUCAGGCAGAAGGUUUCUUUUCCUAAAGCUUGUUGCUGGUGAAUAUUACAGAGUUUAGACAAAAUCCAUGUUAAAUGUCUCCUAGCAAAACAAUGCUACCACAUGGGUGUUUAUUGUGGGGUUAGAGUUCCUCAGACAUGCAGGUAUUUAGCAGCAUUCACAUGUUGGGUUCAAAAUGUCAGACUGUAUAUUUUGCACAUUUAAUCCAGAUGUACAAUUUCUAAGGGAUAUCCGAUGUUAACAACAACACACUUGUUGCUAACAUUCUAUCUGCAAAUCUCAAUGGCCUAUUUCCAAAUUAAGCCCCUAUCUAGAAGCACCCAAAUAACAUGUGCAUUGUGCAAGAUCUUUUAUAGGCAGCAACACACUUCUUUAACUGCAUGGCGGACAGUGAAGAAAGAAACUGUUAUAUUGACUGCAUUUGUGUGUUUGUGUGUGUGCAUGCACAUAUAUUUGCUAGUCUUUAAGGUGCCACUAGACUUUUUGGUAAUAUAACUUUGGAAAGUAUUACCGGUUAUACUGUCACGUAUACUAUACUCUAUACAGUUAUAGAGAUUUUAUGUUGCAUACUGAAGUUAUGCUCACAGUGCAACCUUAAGCAUAUUUAUUCAGAUGGAGUUCAAUGCUGUCUUGGCAUGGUGUUGGCAAAGCAGCCUCAAGUUUUUGUUUUUUACAAAUUAGGUAGACUUCAUUUGUAUUGCCAUGGAGCUCUGUGAUGACCACCGGCUUUAAAUAGCUUCUAAAAGUGAUUUUAAGGUCUGCCAUUGGCUACUAGCUAUGUUAGUAUUCAGAAAUAUAACCAUCAACCACAAUUCAACACACAGUGAAGUGCUUUUAUAAGACCAUCAAUUCUCUGUGUCAGAAAGAACCUCUGAAUGCUGUUUUUGGGACAGUCAACAUGGAAUGGAUAGUUCUAUUUUGCUUUGCUCAUUGUAAACAGGUGUUAAUAUAUCUGAGGAUCGAUUGAAUUUUCCGCUUUUUAAACAUUUGGACAGUAAUUCUUAAAGUCAUGCCACAGUAAAUGCUGCUUUUGAAAGUGUUUCAAUAGUAUUUUGCUAUGUUGCAUUACUCUGUGUGUGUUUGGGGGAGAGGUGACUGAUUCUUGAGAACCACAAGUUAAGGAUGUUUGGGAUGAGUAGAGCUAGUAGCAUGGUUCUUUGGAUCCUGUCCUGAAUGCUAAACUUGAUGAACUUCUGCUCUGUAAUAGCACAAGGAGGCAAAUAUGAUCAAUGUUUUCAAAGGAAAAGAGGGUGGAGGGUGAAGGGACAUACUGUUACAGCAAACUCUAAACAGUAUUCAGUACAGUACUGUGAUAUUGUGAGGCAGGAUGAAAUGUAAUUUGGAUUAGGUAUUAUCCUUAGAUUAUUAAAAGACAAAAUAUUCUAGAUAUUAUCUAUUCUAGGUAUAUAUUUAUGGAUCACAUUCAUAAUAGUAACUAUACCAUGCAAGAAACAUAUAUGCCUAUAUGCACGUAUGAUCAAUGAUAAGAAAAUGCAUUCUCUAGACUACUGGUUCCCUAACUCCCCUGCCCUGCCCCCAUCAUUAACCACUUGAAAAUUGCUGAGGCUCCUGACAGUUGUAGCGAUUAUAAUGCACUGAGCUAGAUGCUGAUUGAUUUUCAUUGAACUGAAAUUGCAAUACAAUAAAUACAAUAUAAGAUAUAUAAGAAGCAAUAAAAUACAGUUUAAAAUGUAAAUUAAUAUUUAAUGCAGAGGCACUGUGUAUCACCUUAAUGAAGUUCAUGGACUACUGAUUGUCCAUGAACCUCAAUUUUGGAACCCCCUGCUCUAGUGGUUCCCAAACCAGCACCCCCGGACCAUUUGGACAUUGCUUAUAUUUUUGGUGUACCGCCUAAUGAUUUUUCUGCCUCUUUUAGCAACUGUAAUUUCACAGAAUUCAAAUUGCAAUACAAUAAAGUACAAUAGAAGAAAUAAAACAAGAAAAGUACAGUUAAUAAUCAGCAUAGAUAUUAAAAAUGAUGGAUAUGCUACCUUCCAUCUUCAUCCACAAAUUCAGAGACAUGUUGUGGAUCACAUGAAUGAAACUUGUGGAUCACUGGUGGUCCAUGGACACUAGUUUGCUAUACACAGUUCCACUUCCCUUAAAGUUAUAAGGCUACAAUUCUAAGCACACUUUUGGGACUAAGGCCAUUGAAUAUGAGAGUAAUUUAUCUACAGAUAAGCUUUAAGACCAGAAUCUAAGCAAUUGUGCAACCAGUUCCAUGUGGUCAGGGGGAGAUUUGGAUUGUCCAUUGAAGAGUAACCUCCCAUACUAUAUGGCUAGUAGGUUAUGCUUUGGCAUAGAGGUGAUGCUCUUCAAACGUGGAAAAGUAGAGGUGCUGGCAGCGGUGGGAGGGACUAUGAUGUGUGCUCAACCUAUUGAGUACACUUACAAUGCCUAGUUCUAUCCUGACCUAAGACAUUUGUAAACAAGUAUACUGCAAAGAUUCAAACACUGCCAAAAGAGAUGGGGAUUGUGUUCGUUAGACAACAUGAGGGAAACUGUGUUGGGUAGCCUGUCUACAAAGCAGCACGGAAAGUGUGAAUCUUUAUUUCUUGUUUCUCUGCCAACAGUUCAGGGCCAAAAUAUUUUGUGUUUCUGUACUGCGAAGCACCAUCAUGAAUUUGGCCCAUUUGGUUUGCUACAUCUCUUAAAAGCACAGUGUGUAGGUUUACUUGCUUUUCUUUAUUGUCGUCUGUUGCUACACAGUGGCAGAAAAACAAGCUCUUCUGUAUUAACAAUGAUUCUUGUUGGUUAGUGUUAGUCAAUUCCUCAUGCUGUUUUUGUUACAUGAUGUUGACAAAGCUGGGGGUGUCAUUUUUAUGCCAUAUGAUCAAGCAAAUUUCCUACUUCAAGGUAUACGUUCAUCAGGGCAAAAUAAGAAAUAUGUUACAUAGGAACACAGAAGCUCAUUAUUAUUAUUAUUUUGAGGGUCUAAGUACUGCUUUUCAGUGGUUAGUGCAAUACUGACUCACACCUUCACUUCUUCCAUUUUAAAUUUAGUUGAGAUAUUAAAGACCAUGGGACAAAGUCAACAUUGCACUAUUAUGAUCAUUCCAUCAGCGCACACAUUUCUUCUUGCCAGAUGGAAUGGUCUUCCUUUUCCUUGCCCCACAUGAUGACAUAGGGAUUAUCCCAGUAUCCCCAGACUUGAGGGGGGGCACAGGGGGAGGAAAGGGGGGAAGCCCCAUUGUGCUAGUGAGACUUCUGCUAGCACAGCUAUUCAAUUGAAUUCUGCCCAUGAUUAAAUUUGCAUUUACACUUAAAAGAAACAAAUUGAUCAUUGUUCAAAUCACAGAAUCAAGUGGGGCAAAAUACGGUUUGAGGAUUUAGGAUUUUAUCUAGGAGAUGCCAGUGAACCAGUUUCUACAUAAAUCAUUAAUUUGUGUGGUAUGAGUGUUGAGUGCUAAAAUGAACAGUAUCAUCUAUCUUUUCUUGUUCACAUGCAUAUUAGAGCAUGCACAUUGAUGAUACAUUGAUGAUUGGUGGUGUAGGAAAUGUAUAGCUUUUGCUUAGGUGUUUUGAGAAUUGAUGCUUGUUUUUGACAUAGAGACAAGUUUGUUUGCUUUUUUAUAUAUAAAGGCCAAACACUUCAAUCCUAUACAGUGGUACCUCGGGUUAAGUACUUAAUUUGUUCCGGAGGUCCGUACUUAACCUGAAACUGUUCUUAACCUGAAGCACCACUUUAGCUAAUGGGGCCUCCUGCUGCUGCCUCGCCGCCAGAGCACAAUUUCUGUUCUCAUCCUGAAGCAAAGUUCUUAACCUGAAGCACUAUUUCUGGGUUAGCGGAGUCUGUAACCUGAAACGUAUGUAACCUGAAGCAUAUGUAACCCGAGGUACCACUGUAUAUCUGUACUCAAAAGUAAGUCGUACUGAGUUCAGUGGGUCUUAUUUCUGGGUAAGCAGCAAGGGUUGCCAUCCUUUCUGGCCUUUUGGAAUUCUGAGAGAUUACUCUGACACCACUACUUUGGUUGCUUUCCUCCCCAUUUCCCCAGGUCAGUGUCUCUCUUCCUUGCUUCUCGACAGACAGACACUCAUGAACACAAGUCCUUGCUUUUAUAAGGGGUCUAGGCAAAAGUCUGAUCUAGUAGAACUAAAACAGACCUUGAAUUUGCAUGAUUUUACGCAUCCUCUACAACCACAAAAUUAAAGCUUGCAGUGGUAGACUGCACAGUUAAAAUCACAGAUCUGAUGUUUUCUAGCACUACAGAAGCAUUGAUCCACAAGGGAUCCUCAUGGAUCUUCAUAAUUUUUACAAAGGCUGAUGACAAAAACCACCAAAAAACCCCACAGUGUACCCAGAGUACAGUGUACCCAAAUACAAAUAAAAUAAAUUACAAUGGAUUUGUGCUUUGGAUCUACAUUUAUGUACUGCGACAGCAUUGGAAAGCACUGGGUAUGUGAAUGUCAUGGUUCAGUCAAUGGAGAUAGAGCAGAUUUUCAAGGGGUUAGAGAGAGAAUGAGAGAUUGGUGAAAGUCAGUCACCUCCCUUCUCGAGCUGGUGUGAACAUCCUGGUAGCAGAACUAUACUUAUAGGAUUCUUUUGCCAGCAGUUGAGAGCCAGUGUGGUGUAGUGGUUAAGAGCAGUAGUCUCGUAAUCUGGGGAAACAGGUUCGCGUCUCCGCUCCUCCACAUGCAGCUGCUGGGUGACCUUGGGCUAGUCACACUUCUCUGAAGUCUCUCAGCCCCACUCACCUCACAGAGUGUUUGUUGUGGGGGAGGAAGGGAAAGGAGAAUGUUAGCCGCUUUGAGACUCCUUAAAGGGAGUGAAAGGCGGGAUAUCAAAUCCAAACUCUUCUUCCUCUUCUUCCUCUUCUUCUUCUUCUUCUUCUUCUUCUUCUUCUUCUUCUUCCUCUUCUUCUUCAGUUAGGUAGUUAGUUAGUUAGUUACUUAGACUCACUAUCCCUUUACAGUGGUACCUCAGGUUACAUACGCUUCAGGUUACAGACUCCGCUAACCCAGAAAUAGUACCUCGGGUUAAGAACUUUGCUUCAGGAUGAGAACAGAAAUUGUGCCCCGGCGGCACGGCGACAGCGGAAGGCCCCAUUAGCUAAAGUGGUGCUUCAUGUUAAGAACAGUUUCAGGUUAAGAACGGAUCUCUGGAACGAAUUAAGUAUGUAACCAGUGGUACCACUGUAUUUGUCUCUUUAACUUUAAUAAUGGAGUUGCAUAGGAUUUUUUUUCAUCUAGAAAAGCACCAGAAUUCGGUAUUCUGAAAAGGCUUGAAACAAUAGGUUUCAGCAAAUGGCCAAUGUAAUUUAUUUGCAAAAAGAAAACCAAGAAUUGAAGGUGUUCCUGAAUAAAGAUUUCUAUGUGUGAUUGUGCUGUCCUUGGAAGACUUGAAAAAUUAAGUGUAUGUUGAAAUGCUGUUGCAUUUUUCUUAAGUAGGUGUACAGUACUUAGAAUAUCAUUGCCUAAUGUAUUAAAUUAUUAUUAGAAUGCUUCAGUCACUAAGGUCCACUGGUGUAUAUGAGAGAGGUGAAACUGUAUUGGAAGAAGAUUCAGUUUCUUAAAAUUUCUGCAUGCCACUUGCUCUCUAGAACCAAUCCAGCAAUAUUUUCUAAACUUUACCAAACUGCUUAAUGGCACAUGAAAAAUAUUCAGCUUUCACUGUUGGGUGCCCCCCCUUUUUAGUGAAUGUCUAUUACUGUGAUCAUAUUUACUACCCAAAUAAAAUAAUUUUGUUUGCAAACUUAUUUAAGGAAACCUGCUAUAUUUUCAGGGCUAAGUAAUAGCAUAGUAUAUGCUUUGGUGUGCUGCACGAAUGGAAGGCAAUACAAGAAUAUUUAACUGUUAGUUUCACCAGUUAAGUUUAGUUACUUUAAAAGUAUAGACAAAUUAAAGUUAAAAUAGCUUAGAACUAUGCAAUUGGAACUAUUCUUAGUAUCAUUUGUUUAGGUAAUUAGUCCCUUUAUACAAGUUUCUCUAAGCAAUUUACAAAUACAGUCAUACCUCGGCUCCCAAACACCUUGGGAGUUGAACAUUCCGGCUCCUGAACAAUUGAAAACUGGAAGUGAUUGUUCUUUUGGAAGCCAAACUUCCAACGGGGCUUCCGCGGCUUCCAAUUGGCUGUAGAAGCCGCGCUUUGGAAGUCAAACAUUUCAGAAGUCAAACGGACUUCCGGAACAGAUUCUGUUCAACUUCUGAGGUACGACUGCAAUAGUAAAAAGCAAUGCAUAAAAAGCAAAAAACGAAGUAAUUCAAAGUGCAAUACAAUGUAACCAGACAAUAAAAGUUAUACAUUUACUAGUUAGAUUUUCCAUGCUACACAUUUUCUCUACUGUUCAAGUAUCUUCUCUUGUUACAUUUGCCAUUGGGGUGCUGCAGCAGAUAUAGUCCAUAUGGUGACUGAUUGACCCGUAAUAGGAACACUUAUGAAAUGAACUGUAGCCUUAAUGAUUUGGGUCUCCUUGCCCACUUUCUACAUUCCUUGUGAUGACUGAAGGGUUUGUGGAGGCUUAACACAUGACGGGUUGAGAAUCCAUGCAGUAAGUGCUUCUAAAUGUCUUUGGCCUGGCAGGUAUCUUGCCACAGGGAGGUCAUUUUGAGUCACAUCCCAAUGGCAUAAGUGUUGUACAGUGGUGUCAUCAAGUCAGGGGUUUGGGACAGAAGUCAAGGGCCCCCAAACUCAGCAGGGCUGGCUUACUGCAUUUUGAAGUAAGUGAAGGAAGACAGAAAGCCAUCUAAAGAAGUCACCCCCAACCUCCCCCACCCAAUCAAGUCCAGGAUCUAUGAUUGCCUAACUGCAUCAUUAGCACUGUGUGCUCUACACCAGGUCCAAGUCAAUAACAUUUAAGCAUUUAACUGGGAUUGUCAGUUCCAUUGAUAUUUCUGGUUGCGAAUAUUGAUACUAUAGUAGUUUCUUAUCCAUAGUGUGUGAAUGCCUUUGCUUUGUGAGUGGGUUAAUUCUCACAUGCACAAAAUUACGUAUUAUAGGUCAUAUUUAUAAUAACUUUUUAGAGACCAUGGGUACAUGUCCUAGAGUAUGUUAGAUCUGCGACUCAAGUGUAAGUAAAAAUCAGCCUGAAAUAUGUAUUGGAUAAUAUUAAGCUUGUUGGUAUAACAAAUUGUUGGCAUUUAAAAAUCAAUUUUGAAAACUCGGGGGCCAGAGCUAUGCAUCUUUACCCGCAUGAAUAUUCCUUUGCUAUCAGCGAUACUACAUUCAAGACAGGGGCUCACCCAUAAUUCCUGUUGUCCUGUUGCCUUUCCCCCAGAGGAAACUGCACUCAAAGCACUCAAAGCAAAUGGCAAUUAAUUAAGGUUUCUCCCGGAUUGCCAUUUGUUCCAAUCUAUCACUAUAGAGAGGUUUUUCCAUUGGGAAGGAGUGGGGCAAGGGGAAAACCACUCAGACCCACACUUUCUAGGCAUGGCACAAGUUCAAGGGUGGAUGAGCCCAGAGUGUUGUUUGAGAUAAGACAAUAAAGUGAUGUUAUGUACGGUAGUCUUGUAUAAAUAAUUUGUGCAUGAAAUUAAACUUACUACUUAUCUUUAAGGACCUGGAUCAAACUAAAUAAUACAUAUCCAAUCCUUGCUUUUAGGUGCUUUUCUCAUACCCUAUGUGAUUUUCUUUAUUUGCUGUGGAAUACCAGUGUUUUUCCUGGAAACUGCCUUGGGACAGUUUACUAGCGAAGGAGGCAUUACAUGUUGGAGGAAAGUUUGUCCACUAUUUGAAGGUACAUGUCAAAUUCUCUCUCGUUUCCCAUAUAUAAACAUGUAUGCGUCUAUCUAUGCAUGUGAACACACAAAACAUUCAUGAGUUUUGGAAAUAUCUUACAAAUGGAGCAAACAUACUUUUUACUGCUUCCUUCAAAAACAAAAACAUUGCACCCGCCAUUCUACACACCUUUCUUACUGAUGCUUUCGGAACUUAGUUAGCAAGUCCUGACCAGUGCAGCACAUCAGAGGACCAGUAAACUCAGGAAUCCUCAGUUCAAAUCCACUUUAACCAUGAACUCAUUGAAUAACCUUAGGCAAGCUACUUUCUUAAUCCUAGCUUUAUCCCACCCAGUCUAUAGUAUGGGGAUAAUGAUACAGCACAAAAGUUAAUGAUACCACAUCACCUUACAGGUAGCCAUUAGCCAGAUAAUGUAUGCAAAAUAUCUGGAGAAUUUAGGAAAAAGUUGUUAAAUGCUUUGUUGUUAACUUAGAAUGUUUCUUCUUCUCUAUACAUUGAAAUAGAACCUCUAAAAUCAUUUCCCCAACACUUUAACAUGCUUUACCUACAUUUGAACCCAUUGCAUAGCCCUGCUGUUCUCAGCCUUGGCCUUAUUUCAUUACACAAUCCAGUUUGUCACACAUAUUCAAAGACUGCUCCCCCCAUGACCAGUUCUUCCCUUACAGCCCUUACAUUUAUAUAUUCAGGAUUUUCUUUGUAACAAGUGACAAUCUUAGAAUCUGAACAAAAACUGCUUUCUGACUCUCGUUCCCUGUUCCUUUAACAAUGCUGAAACAAGUUCCUGUAUUUGUACUUUGCAGGUAUCGGAUAUGCUACCCAGGUUAUUGAGGCACAUUUGAAUGUUUACUACAUCAUCAUUUUAGCAUGGGCCAUCUUCUAUUUGUUUAACUGCUUUACAACGGAGCUCCCCUGGGCAACAUGUGGGCAUGAAUGGAAUACAGGUAUGGGCACAAUGAACAUACAAUCUGUAUGAAUAUGUUAAAAGAGCAGCAGAGUGAUUUAAUAUUUAAAUGAUUAUGGGGCCAAACAAGAUAAUGGUGAAAAUUAGCGUAAUUCAGAUUUGCAAAACAUGAUGCAAAGGGAUAAAGGGAUGAAUCCCAAUAAUUAAUGUUGAUUAUUCCAAUAAUAAAAGUAAUGCCUUCAAAUCUUCCCCCAUACAUCAUUUUGCUUCAUGAAUUAAACAGUCUGGUUUAAACAGCAUGUAUUAUUUUUGAAAAUCUUCCCUUCUAAAACAUACUGGUUUGAAAAGUGAUGGUACAAUAUGUUCCUUAACUGUUUAUUAAAACUUUGCAAACUAAACAUAGAGAAAGUACGGUAUAUGUAGGUUUUUUUUUACCUCUUAUGUAAUGGAAUUUAGUAUAUUAUUAUUAUUAUUACUAUUUUAUUUUAUUUUAUUUAUUUUAAAAACUUACAUCUGAGCUCACUGUAAACUUGAAGACAAAACAGUUUACAUUUUUUUGAUUCACACAGCUAUCUGCUGGAUCAAACAGCUUUCCAUCAACAGAUGGACACAUUUGCAUACUAUUGUGAAUCAUUAAACAUUGUAAUGAAAAGUGUGUGCAAGUGUGAAAAUAUGGAGGCAGAGAUUCAGAAAGGGUUACAUGUGUGCACUAAAACAAAAGGUGUUGGAAGGGUUGCCAAUCUGUUUACACUUCCAGUCUUAUCUCUUGAAAUUUUUGUGGGUUCUUUUUGUUGAGUCCAGUGGAAAGCCCCUCACACUAACCUUUGGCAAAUAUUAAUUCUCUUAUGAGUUUACAUGUAGUAUAAACUACAAACCAAUAACCUCUUUUAUUUGGUGAUGUAUAAGGGGACAUUGAAUUAAUUCCUUACACUUUAAAGGGAAAUAAUAAAUUCUUAAAUGGUAAGGGUUUUCUUUUCAUAUUCCUCACCUCAUCUAAUAAAAUUUUUAUUGAGAAUUGUACUCUUUCAUCCUCAUUCUUUUAUUCAUUUUAACAGCUCGGGACUCUUACUUGAAUCUAUUGAUGUUUAGGUAAAUUAAAAGUCUAGCAUCAAGUCCAUCAGAAAUGAUAGUGCUUCAGUGUCCUUUUUGGCAUCUGUUUAGGAAAGCCUAGCCAAUAUUCAAUGCUGUCCAAAUAGUAAGUGUCAACUCAAUAAUGGAGAACUGCUUUGAUCUCUUUCUACCAUUUCUCUCAUGCCAGAGAUAACAGUGUGCCAAAUGGUAGCUUUGCCACUUGCCAUAUUAAGUUCACCUUCCUGCUGGUAGAAAGAGAUUCCCGAGCCAGUGAUAGGCAUUAGGAACUGAACUGCGGUCAACUGAAUCAAGCACAAUGCAUGAUUAAACUCCCUAGCAAUCAGAGGAAAUUAUCCUAUUUCUGCUGCCUCCAACUGGUCUGGCUGUUGCAGUUGUAACAGGACAAACCAAAAGCAGCUAGUGAACACCUUCCUGAGGACAACCAGUAUGAAUUAGUAAUCAAAGCAUGUGACUGAAUCUUGUUUUCAGAUCUCUGUGGCCAUGAUCUUAACAUAUUCAAAGUGAACCACAGCAUUAUUAUUUUUAUUCUUUUACAGAACACUGUGUAGAAUUUCAAAAAAUUAAUAUGAGCAACUGUUCCCAACAAUAUUUGCAGAAUGCUACUUCUCCAGUCAUGGAAUUUUGGGAGUAAGUAUAACUAAACUUUUAAUCUAAACUAAUUACAAUAUUUACUCUCUUCAAAUGAAAGGUGUGGAGCAAACAAUAAUAGCUAAAUGUAAGCUUAUGGCAACGUGAGAAUUUCAGCAGCAAACUGUUUUUACAUAAAAUUCACAUAGGUGACACCAAGAACUCUUCCAUAAUAAUAGGAAAUAAAAAUAUAUAUUUUCUUUGGGAAUGAAUAUGUGCAAUCCAGACACAUUUACUUGAAAGCACAUCUCAUUAAAAUCAAACUUUGUUCUGCACAUGAUGGUUAGUCUUUUGUGUAUGCAUGUGUGUUGAGAGGAUGGGAAUGUUUUCCUUGGAAUCUUAUCUGUAAGAGUUUGUUGCAAGACUUUCCUGAGCAGGGCCCUGAAACCUAGAUUUCUGUUGGAAGGGACUGCUAAUCUCAGCCAAAUAUUAUCAAUGCGUAGGAGAUGGCAUAUCAUACAUAAUACCUUAUCUGAGCAUUUCCUGAUGUUUAGGAAAUGUAUUGCCCUUAGUUUGGUUUUUGGCUAAGGUUAUAUUCCAGUUGUGUUCUCAUUGUGGUGAUGAUUACUUGGUGGGGGAGAGUGUUCCUUUGCUUGUUUUGGUCCCAGUGCUUCACUUUUUCUUUGGUUAUGUUUUUCUUUGCUAUCUAUGCUGGCUGAAAAAUGUUCACAAAAAUAUCUAGUGAAUUUUCCCCAGCAUUUUUAAGCAUUAGGAGAAGGAAGCACAGGAGUUCUCUUUAUGUGUGUUUAUACUUCUGACCAUCUGCUGCUACAGAUUUUGUAGGGAGUAAUUGCAUCUAAAAUGCAGAGACACAAAAUUUGCAUGGUCAAAUGUGUUGAGUGGAGUUUCUCUAUCCCUUUCUGCCAUAACUGUACAUAACCGGGGGGCUUGUGCCUGGUCAUCUUUGGGCAGGCAAAGCAGUUUAUUGUUUUCCCCCAAAUUACUAUUUUUUCCUGUAUUUUAUUUUUUAAAAAACUUGCAUAACUGGACAUCAUCCGUGGCUGAACCUGGAAAAUGGAUUGAUUUCACUGGUGCUUCUGAGAUGUUGCAUUGUUCACCUGAAUAGCUGCGACCUGAUAAGAACUCUCUUAACCAUGAAUUGUAUCCACCACUCUUGCUCCAUUUGCAUAACAACAGACUUCUGCUUAUGCAAUGAAACUUGCCUUUUCUCCCUUGCUGCAGAGGGUCCAGGUACCCUCCAAAGCAGAUUUUGGGGGUGUGCGGAAACAGAGCUGUUACGUUGUGAUAAUAGAAUGCUGAUUGUGCAUCACUGGACACGACCACAUGCGUCUGGGAGUUUCCUAGAAUCCUAAUAUUAAUCAUUCAGUCCAAGUAGGAGUGUGGGCAAUGAUUCUGGUAAAUGAGAACUUACCAAUUUCUAAGUAAUAAAAAAUAAUUUAUGCUAAGCCAAUUUCCUUGCUAUCUGGGCAUUUAUUUGUACAAAAUAACUAUCCUGUGAAAAAACUGAAUCAUUGAAGCAUUUGUUUGAUGCAGAACUGUGCCUCGGAAGAGGAAUAAUUUGUGUGCACAAGCCGCUAAGACUUGUUUUUAAAUGAUUGAUGAGAAAUCCAAGCUUUCAUUUCAGCAAAUGUUGAGCAGGUUCUCUUGUGUUUUUUAACCCCAUCAGUCAUGCUGUGCUCUGUAGGCAAAAGCGUUCAAAGCAACAAAAUUAACAAAGUAGCAUGUGGUAGAGUAUAGAUGUGCUCAGAGGCCAGCUGCACGCACACACACACACUGAGAGAGAUCAGAGAGAGGAACCCGAGUCUUUCCUUUUAAAAGUGUAAAUGCUGCAUUUCUACUAAAAUUCUGCAGUAGUCACCUGCAAACAUUCUUUAGGAUUGCCUUUAUUAAUAAAUUUCUGUGCCACUCCAAUAAAUAUAUUGUCUACUACUCUUAUUAAGACAUAUUCUUUGAACGGGUCGUUGACCAAGAGAGAAAGAAAUAAUUUGAUGUUUAACUAACUAUAAUAAAGGACAGAGUUCAUUUAAGUUGGGGAGUGUUUUCUGAGUUGAACUGAACAUUCACCACUAUCUUGACAUCUGAUGGAUUUGUAAUGCAUGGAAGCAUAUUCAGUGGCAAUGAAUAUUAAUACUUGCAUUAGUGGAUUUUGAAAAGUUUGAGGAGAACUAGAAAUUUAUCAGGGAUGAAAGAGUGCAUAUUUGCAUUAGAUCUAAUUAGUUAAAUAUGUUGCUCCCUGGAGCAUGUUUAGGAGUUCCAGAAUAAUAUUUAUAUCACAAUGAUAUUUCUAUAUUUGAUGCCUGAGGGUGCUGAGGAAUGCUUUUUCUGACAUGGCAGGAAAGAAUACCACUGAACACUUAGAGUUACAUUUUCUAUACCUACACUUUUCAAAUGAACUUAUUCCCAUUGUUCACGGGGCUUGAAAGUGUGAAGAAAGAACUAAGGAUACAUUGUAUGCUGUGUUUACUAUGAUUUCAGGUUUUGUUUAAAAUAAAAAUACUAUGUGAUAUGCAGACAGCCAAAUUUCUGUUCAUAUGCCUACCCACAUUACAGUUUCACAAAUGCACAAAUCCAAAAGAGAAGAAUGAGAACUUUAGGUCCUGUUGGCAAAUGCUAAAUUUUGGCAAAGUAUGGAGUUUUGAAAAUCAAGAAAUGUGCCCCUUGUGCAUUCAGGAAUACUGUAAUUCACUAUCACAAUAUACAGUACUAUAUUUGCAUCAACAAAGUUUUUCUUAUCGUCCACUACAAAUAAUACUGGUUUUACACAUAGCCAGUACAGGUAUACGUGACAUAGUAUGGGGCAGCAGGUUUGAUAUGGAGCGAAACUGGCAUCAUUUUAUGUUAAGUUGCAAAGCUGGGAUUUAUUCUUUCAGUUAUUUAAAUAUGUAUACCCAUCUUUCCUCAUAUAGUUCAAAGCAGCUAUAUUUUGUUAUAACUAUACCGUAGCUUUUAAAUAAUCUUAUAGAAUAUUGUAAUGCAAAAUAUAUAAUAAUGUUGUUGAACGUAUGAGUCCUUUUUACCUAUUGACUGACUCAGAUCUUUAGUUGUAGGCACUUGUGGGAGAGAAUAUCUAGAUGAUGUGGGAGUGUCUGGUGCCAGCAUGAUUGUGUGUGUGUGUGUGUGUGUGUACUCAUAUUUGGGCAGGCAUUGAUGUCUUGUGAGAAUUUGAGAGGCACACAACUGGACACCUACUACAGUCGUACCUUGGAAGUCAAACAGAAUCAGUUCCGGAAGUCCAUUCAACUUCCAAAACAUUCGGAAACCAAAGCACAGCUUCUGAUUGGCUGCAGGAAGCUCCUAUCAGAUGUUCAGCUUCCAAAAAUAGUUCGCAAACUGGAACAGUCACUUCCAGGUUUGUGGAGUUUGGGAGCCAAAACGUUCGAGAACUAAGCUGUCCAAAAACCAAGGUACAACUGUAUAUUUUUAGGGAUCCCUUAGUUGCACAGGGAAUGAAAGCAAGUGGCAAAGCUCAGUCUGAAUCUGCAGGCCACAAAAUGUAAAAAAUAACCCCACGCCUCUGUAUGAAGUUUCCUCUCUGAUAAGCUGUGGUGCUGUAGGGCUGUUGUGUGAUGUUGGUUAUGCUAUAAAUAUCGUGGUGGAAGUUCCUUGAUGUAUCUAAGCCAUGAUGCUGGUUUAUCGAUCCAAAGGCUGGAAACAGUUGAAAUGUACAUGCUAGAUAGAAUGGGAACGAGACUUACUUGACAACUAAACCUUCUUAGCAGGGAAGAUCAUCUUCUAUCAAAUGAGAAGGGUGCAGCUGAGGGAACCCAUUGAUAUAAUUUUUGCUUACUGGCUCUGUUCAAGUCUUUUACCAUGGUUUAGAAAUACAGCUUGCUGCUUCUUAGAAAAGGAUUUGGGUAAACGGAGGUGACACGGUGGUGAAGUUAUUUCUACCUCAAUAGUCUCCUUUGUUAGGCAAGUAACAACCCAGACCUCUGCUAAAGAAGACCUAGUUGUUAGCCUGUCAUUCAGUGGAAAAGGUGGCAUAUCCCUCGUGUUUUCAAGUAAAGCCCAGUGAGAAAAACAUUUUCUCAAAGGAAAAUGAGCUAUGCUCUGUAGAAGGAAAAGGUUAAAAAAAAAACUUGACAAAGUCAAAAAGAGUUUUUCCUGCUUUAUUCAGGUUGCAAAUAACUGCAGGAGACACAUUGUUACUAAUCCCCACAAUCCUAGGGAAAGUCAUUAGCAAGUUUGGGCCUGAUUCUGGUGCACUUAGCACCCACACACUUAUUCAGUUCCUCUCUGGACUGGGCCUUUUUUGUGCUCAACUUGAAGAACAUUUUGCUGUGCCAGACUCGUCGGUUUGUGUUCAGUUCACAGAAGGCCGUGUGAAAACAUUCUUUCAUUUGGAUGAACACAAGUUUUUCUCUGGGUUCUGCCUCGAAACCACAAGCUUCGCUUGGUUUUAUUUGGAAGCACUGAACAUGGCUGAGCCACCUUCUCUUUGAUACUAGGCAAGGUUCUGAGUUAUAAUAAGGCAUCAAUCCAGAAAAUUUUAAAUAGUUUGAGGAAUCUGCAUCAUUUAUUUCUAUGAUGCACCCUAGAGAUUAUGUUACCUGCAAAAGCAGAACUUUGAGCAAACAUGGCAGAAAAAUUUUUUUGCAAAACAUUUAAUGCCAACAUUUAAACCAAAAUAUGCAUCCUGGAAUACAUCUUUCUUUGGGAUUUUUAAAAUAUUCAUUUACCAUGGAUUUCUUCAUUAUUUCUGUUUGGUAAUUCGGAAUGAUGGCAGGUGCCUUGGGGGAUUAUAUACAAGGACACGGAGUGUCUUGUCUGGAAAUGGUGAAAAGUGACUCCUUACUUUUAUAUCUUGUAACAAAAAUGAGGAGGCAUUUUUGGAUGGUUUCAGAAUAGGUGGCAAAAAUUGACUUAAAUUUUUGCAGGCACUUACAAUUGGAAUGCUUGGUAGUAUAGACAACAUUGCCCCCAUUUUUCUUUUUUGCUGUUAUGGCACCUUUGUGGAGGGACACUAUGACACAACACAGCAUCCUUCAAGUGAUAUUGUUGCAGGAUAAAAGCGCCCCAUGGUUUUUUGAGUAAAGAUUUCAGCUUUAGUCAGAUCUCAUUUUGGCAACUUUGGCAUGAUGCAAAAAGGGUGCUAUAGAAUCACAGUUAGAGGGAACUUUGGAGACUAUAUCCUGCACAAUGCAGGCUCUUAAAUGCAGAAUGCAACUGCCACAUUGCUUACAGAGGUCUGUCAAACUUCUUCAGCUUAAAAUAUGCCCAAUGAUGGCAAAUUCACCAGCACCUAAGACAGCCUGUGGCAUGUGCAUUUAUCGCUAUCAACACUAUUUUGUUCUUUUGCUGCCUAAUGCUUUUGAAUUACAACUGGGUAGUUAAUUAUACAUUGAAAGCAAAAUAGGUUAAUGGAUGUUAGUAAUUAGUUUAUUGAAAAAUUGGUAAAAAUAUGUGCUGAAUCUUGAUGUGCCUGAAUGUAGAAACGUUUACUCAAGGGUAAUUAAACUUUAAUUAAUAGAAUUACUAGUGAGAUGUGGUUCUUAUUUUGACUCUUAAAGAAACUCUACUUAUUGGUGCUGCCUAGGAAUGCUGUAGUGAUUUUUAAGAUACAAACAGAUACUGUUGUUCAGUUACAUGCAGUUAUUCCAUGUAUUUCUUGUAUCCUGUUUUAUAUGAUAUAUUUUUCUUUCAGGAAUGAUUGUAUAAGGAUGCAUUAGAUCUAGGGCUAUUAGCUGUUAUAAAAACCAAUACUUGAUUAAAAUGGACAAGUUUAAAUUAUUAAAAUGAAUGAAGUGGGUUACUAUAAUAAAGACUCUUUCUCCCCCUGUUUUCUGUGGAGUGCAACUCAGUAUGAAGUGUUAAGAGCAAUAUCUCCUUUAAAUAAUUGAUGUGACUCAAAAUCACAAUUCACACUUCAUAUAGAAGUCCAUUCCCUUACAUCACAAGAUCAAAACGGAGCUAGGAAAGAUUAAGAAACAUGGCAUAAUUAAAGGAAUUGCUUAGCACUUUGUGUUGUGCAACAGUGGUGGUCACAGUCAUCAAGAAAAUGGGGAAAUAAUAUGCAUCUGUGUAGAUCCUCAACAGCAUAAUGGAACUAGCCAAGAAAAAUAUGUACUUCAACACUAGAUGACGUUUUAAUGAAAGUGACAGGAGCUGUUUUUUUUCAAAUUAGAUGGCUCAAGCAAUUUCUGGCAAAUAUUUCACAGAGCACUAAACUGGCUGCAUUUAAGAAUCUGGUAGUUUGCCUAUUCUUUAUGAAAUUGCACUCCACGUGAAGGAGCAGAUACAUAGCUUGGAAAUACUCUUAGAUCUGUCACAUCACUGGAGACACAGAGGCUAAGACUGUUUUCUUCCGGCUUCAACUAGUGUAUUUGCUAUGACCAUUCCUGGUCAAGGAUAGCUUGGACAUAGUGGUUCAGGUCUUGGUAACUUCUAGAUUGGUACUGCUUUGUGAAGAAUCUCCCUCCCCUUUUACAGGCCAACACAGUAGGUGGGACAACUGACCUGUCAAUCACCUGAGGUAAUGAAACCAGAUGAUUGGUAGGAGGAUGGACCAGCAGAUAAUCGGUACAGGAUUAUACCUAAAGGAAUCUCUCUCUUUAUUUGGAGAAUAAAUUAUGAAAGUAGGCUUCUGCCUUCUGAACAAAUGCCAACAUGAAUGGCUUGAAAAAUAGCUUUCUUACCUUUUGAAUUUAAAAGAAAACACAAUAGAAGAGCUUGGAAUAUCAAAUUUGUGCUCAUGAAAUUCUCUAAGGAAGUUUCUUACUAUAUUUCUCCAGGCUUGGAGAAAAACAACUGCAGAUUAUGGCAGCAGUGGCAAGGCAAUUUGAGACUGUAGUCCUAAAAACACUAUUGGAAUAUGUGAGACAUAAUUACAACCAAUGCAUUUAGGCUUUGGGUACCAGUGAUGCAGAACAGAGUGAGUGAAAUGCCAAUUUUAAUGAAUUAUGAGUCCAGAAAACACUUUGCGCUCAUGCAAAUUCAAUGAAUCUUCAAUAAGGGUUCAGUGAAACAAAGACUAAUUCUAUUGCUUGAGUCUUUUAAAGGAAAAAAAUCCUUCCCUUAGUAGGAUCCAAUAUGGUGAGAGUGACCUUAGCUAUGAGGGUAGUUCAGUUUUUAAGUAUUACAUUCUGGUAACUGACAAAGGAAGGUCACAGAAAUCUUUAUGAAGUGGUAUAUUUAUCAGAACUGAGCACAAUGCUUUUCAUUCCCAUUAACAUCAACCACUGGGAACCACUUGGAAUAUUCUGCCCAGAAUUUCUUCUGGGGGCAGAAAUAUGACUUUGCAAGCCAGGAUUUGUGCAUUUUGAAUGAGGUCACAUUUUCAAUUCCUUGUUGCUUACCAAGACUAAAGCUCCCUACUCCCAAUGUCAGAGGGCUCAAUCCAGGUUGGACCUGACAGCAACUAUUUACCUUGUAAGUCAUUCACACACAGUUGCUAUUAUUGAAGAUGCAUGUAUCACUUUAAAAUGUUUAAAAGAAAGGCUUGGUGUGCAAAAAGUGCUGGAGAUCAAGACUACUUGGUAGUCUUGAUUAAUCUACACCAUAGCUUUCUUUUCCAUAUUUUGAAUCUUGUUUGGGAAGAGCCUCAGUAGGGCUUAGCAUACUUCAGUGAAUGUCCAUCCACCUCUCAACAGUGAGAUCUGUGGAAGAGGCUCUCCCUUAAACAGAGAUGCUUCUGAAAUUAUCUUCAUCGUUAUUUCUUUCUGAGUCUCCCAGAUUACAUGUACUUCUCUCUGAAGUGGAACUGAUGUUCUAAGAAUUAUUGGUUGUUCUCUUUUGGUUCUAAAUUUUGUACAGAGAGCUGUGUCUCUAGAAUUUGCCACAACGUUCUCUCAGUUCUGUCCUCCUCCCCAUUAUGCACCACUAUGAUAAAACUUUAAAAGUGGCCUUAAUGUAAUUGUAUGCAUGACUGCAUCAAUAUUCUUUCUUUUGUAAUUUUUCAGGGGAAAAAACACAAGUUCAGUCGCAAAACAAUCAUAGAUAGUAAGUAGACCACUGUAUCAAGAUUUAGUUUGCAAGGACUUCCAUUUGGCAUGAGGUACAUACUUGUAUAUCAGCAACACUGCACAAAAGAAUAUUAGUGCAUUGAAGAAUAUUAUGCAUUGUUUAUCAACUGGAAGUCAGCAAUGUGUGUGUGGAGAAAUAAAAUAAACUGGGUGAACUGAAAACUGUGGGAAACAGUGUCUGUUCCAAUAGCAGAAUUAAUUUUGAUUCUCCCAGUUAAACUGGAGUUCACGAGGAGUGGAAGACAGAGCAGAGAGAAUUGGAUAAACAAUAAUGGAAUGGAACGGAAGGAAAUCCGCUCAUCCCUAGCUCUUAAGCACCAUUCAUGAGAACGGUUUAUUGUUCAGAAGCUCAGAGCUGGGCUCUUACAGUAGUUAUACCACUGUUAUAGAAUUCUGUCCCCAAAGAAGCUGCCCAGACUAAGCUGUCUUAUUAUUGAAUUUUAAGAGAGCAGUUACAGCUUUGCUCUGAUCUCUGAGAAUAGUAGGUAAUACUGUAUAUUGAAUUUUACACAUAGUAUUAUUGUUAUAAAAUACCAUCCCCAAGACAUUACAAUGAGAACAACCAUAAUCAACACAUGUAUGGAGUUUAAAGCCCUUCACAUGCAUUAUCAAACUUUAAUCCUUACAACGGCCGUAUAACGUUGGCCAGCAUUAUUAUUCCCUAUAUUAUAGAUGAGGUACUGAGAGAGAAUGGCUUGCCUAAAGCCACUUACAUGGCAGUCCUGUUCAUGUUUGGUCAGGGGUAAAACCCAUUGUGCUGAGUGGGACUUACUGAUUAGUGGGUUGGAAUUGUAGCCUCAGUGAAUUUAUGGCCCAGGUAAGAUUCAAUCCAGGAUUUGCAUGCCAGUCUAUGCUCCCCUGGCUUUGUCUAGUUUAACAGUGCCUUGGGCUGCUGUGAAACUGGAAAUAUGAAGCAUACUUAAAAUAUGUUUUCAUGGGAGCUGCCUGCAUUUUCUUUAUAUUGUGGGGAAGAUACCUUGUACAUGAAACACUUUUCUAUUCACUCCAAGUACAGGUGUAGUGUAAGUUUUGAUUAAUUUAUGAGAGAAGGGACCUGAAUUGAUAUCCAGAGCAGUAUGGAAUCUGUGAGCCCUAAUUUUUUUCCCUUUCUAUGCUCCUAAAUGGGCUUUCCAUAUUUAUUAAUUAUUAGUGAAAUUAAUAUCCCACCCUUCCUCCCAAAGGAGCUCAGGGCUUCUGAAAAAACCAGGCCCAGGGCUGCCCUCCCCUCAGUAUGCCCUGCCACUUUUUAAUUUUACUUUGAGUGACAUCUUAUCAAAAAAGAAAGAAAGAAAGACCUGCAUCUCUCCUUAGAAACUCUGGUCUGCUUGGGGUCGGGGGAGGAAGGAAACUCUCAGUCCCUUGCUGGCUGUGAGAGCUUCCUUCACCCCAUGUAGGGGCUUGUUUUAAAAAGCAGGGAGAAAAAUGGCAGGGAUGUCCCUGCAGGUUCCAAGUGUUGUUGCCUGCCAGUCAGGUAGAGCUGGCUGCAGGUGUUACCUUCUCCCUGUGUAGGGGCUGUUUUUAUAGUUGCAGAGGAGAAAGGAUCAGGGAUCAUCCCAUUUGCCUUGCUUGUUAGUUGCUUCGUGAUUGGAUGUAUGCGUGUUCACACAAUACGCUGUCUGUGUGUGCAGAAGAGAGAAACGAAGGCAUAUGUGUGUUGUCUUUGUGUGUACAUGCAUGUGAGAGAAAGAGAGGGUGUGUGUGCACAUGAGGUAUGUGCAAAAGGGGUUAUAUGUAGGCGAAUAGGUCUGUAGGUAUGUGUGGUGGGCAUAUGAAAGAGAAAGGGGAAGAAAGUCUGUAGUCUGUGUGUAUCUGUGAGAUGCACUUGGGCAGAGAGAGAGAGAGUGGAAGAAGUAUAUUUGUCCUGUGAGAUAUGCAUAGAUAUAUAGAUAGUAUACUGUGAGGGCAUGUUUGUGCUGAAUGUGCAUGUGCAAGAGACAGUGUGAGGCAGCCAGCUUGAAUAGUUUUCCUAGAACUGGGGAAUGUUCCUUGUUGUUAGGCAGCAACAUCACUAUGCAUGUGUUUGUAGAAUUAGUAGUGUGAUCUCCUCAAUGAGGAUCAGCAGAUCAUAUCUGUCUUCCCUCAAUAUACUCUUUGUCAAGGUAAAGCAACCAGAAAAAAUCCCCGAGCUGCUGUUUUCAUUUUUUCAAAAGAGUAUAUUCAACAAAUAUAUGUCUCUACUAGUUUAGUAGGAAGGACAUAUUAUGUAGGAAUUUGGUUCAUUUUAUUCAUGACAAUUGCACACUUUGGUUAUGAUUUCUACUUUUUUGCAGUUUCAAGGGUGUUUCAAAUAAAUAUUACUAUAUAGAAAGUUCAUUUUGAAGUCAGUACAGAAGGAGAGGAAUAGGUGUUUUACAAUUUAUCAGGAGAUGAGUACCAGUCUCUAAUUUUUAUUUUUCUUAUGAAAAGGCCCUGGCCAGGCCUGAUGCCAGUGUAAGACUGAAGAAUUUCAUUCUGUUAUUUUUAGGUAAAAUUGUAACCUAGUCAGCUAGAGGUUAUUCUGUACUCCUUACAUAUUGGACCACUUCGUCAACCUGGUGAUAUUUUGGAAUACAGCACCCCUCAGCCCCAGGACCUGUAAUUCAAAACAUCUGGCAAGCUCCCGUAUGGCACUCCUGGUGGUGGAGAGAGUAACAUUUUGCUAGAAGUGGCUGGGAUAUUAUCCCCCUUCCUUUUAAGCAGGUUACUUAAUUUCAGUCCGAGGACUGUUAUAAAUCCCUUACUUAUUUUCAGUUUGAAAUUUAUUAGCAGUCCACUGAUACCUAACUCAUAUUGUAUGAAGAUUUUAUUUCUUGCUAUGCCCAAUUUUUGGUAGUCACAGCUUUUCAUAUGAGGGGGAAACUGUUUUGUUCAAUGGCUGCUGUGGAUAGAAUGUAGGUUAAGCAUUAAAAAAAGAUUCUUCCUAUAAAAUUGUUUAGGACCCAAUUGGGUCAGAUAAAGCAUGUAUUACCACGUGUGUGUGUGUUUUUAUUGCUGUUUCAAGUGGUGCAAUAGGAGAAAUAAACUCUAAAGACCUCGUCCCCAGAUUAACAGACACCUUGUAUACUGCUCUAAAAUAGUUAACAGACACAACAAGACUUUCCCAAAUAGACUGAAUUUGUUCUUUAGCUUCUCCAAACCAUGAAACAAUGGAGUAAGUACUCUGGUACAUUCGUUUCCAUGAAACGUUGGCAGUGAUUAAACCUCUUGCUAUUCAGGAGUGUGUUACAGCCCUACAUGCUGGAAAGCUUUAUUAAAGAAACCCUUUCCCAGGAAAAUUCAGUGUACUCCAAGCCCAUGGGAAACGUAAUGCUGCAGCUACUUCAUCCAAAAUGGGUACACUUGUGUAAAAUGAGGCAAACACACUGUCAGGCUUCCAAAGUGCUAAUCAUUUGAAUUCAGAUGAAUAUAUUGCAUGUUAAUUUCUAAUUGGGGGGAAGUUGCGCAGAAAAUUUUGGUGGGCUAUACAGAAUUCUAGCGCUGAGUGUUGGGCAGAAAGAACCAUUCUGGAAGAUCUGAUCUCUAUGCUUUGUGAAGCCUUCUGAGGACAUUAUUAGGGCAUGCCCAAUUUUUUCAGGCAUACCCCCACUUACAUGCAGUCGACUCAUGAGUGACCCCUUACAUGCACAGCAUCGGGAAAUAAAUAAAUACCGUAGAUUCAAACCAGGAAAUGGUGAGAGAGAGCUGGAAAGUCCUCAUGGCUCAUGAGGAGACUCUUCCCAGAACCCAAAGAGGACUUCAGUGAAGGCAAAGAAAGUCCCAAAGAGACCAGAGGCACAGUGAGGCUUUGUUUAGUCUGUUCAGCCUCCCUGCCUAGCUGCUGAUUGCACCAGAGCCCAUAUCCCCAAUGGGCCCCAGGCUUUGACUUACUUUAAAACAAACAAACAAAAACCCUUAAAGCUCAGUCGGCAACCUAUGAAGUUAGGAGGCAAAAUGUGCAGGCAGAUGAGUCAGUCAGCUUGAUGAGUGAGUUGCUUUGACACCAGAAGAUAUAAAUCCUUGGGUCCUAAAGAGUUCACAUUUUCCCAUUUCCUUUAGUGACCCUUUAUCCCAUUUCCUAAUGGUUGUCUUAUUUUCUCCCAAUCCGAGAAAAAUAGGUGCAUCUGUAAUUAAUACAGUACAGCCUUAAAAAAUAGGUAAAGGACCCCUGACAGUGAAGUCCAGUUGCGAACGACUCUGAGGCUGCGGCACUCAUCUCGCUUUACUGGCUGAGGGAGCCGACGUUUGUCCGCAGACAUUUUUCCCGGUCAUGUGGCCAGCAUGACUAAGCCGCUUCUGGCGAAACCAGAGCAGCACGCGGAAAUACCGUUUACCUUCUCGCCAGAGCGGUACCUAUUUAUCUACUUGCACUUUGAUGUGCUUUCAAACUGCUAGGUAGGCAGGAGCUAAGUAAAUGUUUUGUGUAUCUCCACCCCUUGCCCCAAAAGCAAUAUAAUAAAUUGAGAAUAAGUGUGGAGGUUUGGUAAUAGGAAGUGAUUUAUAGUGAUCUGUGUGAACAAAGAUAAGAAUUUGACUAAGUGUAGUCAGAACAGGGUUAGACUUUGCAUACUAAGGUUUGACUUGUGUUGACACUGUGCAAAGAGACAGUGAUGCAUAUGUGGAAAAUAGAUACAGUGGUACCUCAGGUUACAUACGCUUCAGGUUACAUAUGCUUCAGAUUACAGACUCCACUAACCCAGAAAUAGUACCUCAGAUUAAGAACUUUGCUUCAGGAUGAGAACAGAAAUCGUGCGGCAGCGGGAGGCCCCAUUAGCUAAAGUGGUGCUUCAGGUUAAGAACAGCUUCAGGUUAAGAACAGACCUCCAGAAUGAAUUAAGUACGUAACCAGAGGCACCACUGUAGUCGAUUUAGAAACUUUAAAGGUUUUAUUAUUAAUUAAGAUUUACUCUGGAAGUCUUUUUUGUCAGAAGGACAGCAGCAAAAAAUGGUUUGUUUUUCUGCCAUUGUACAGUACAGUAUGUGAAAUUUUAAAAAUCUUGCUGCUUCAGAAUAGUGGAGUUUGCUUGGGUUCUUGAAUCAAUGAGAUGUAUUCACAGGUUAGUAAAAAACUAAAUGCAGCAAACCAGAAAGAAACCAUGUUUUCUUUAAAAGUGGCAGGGAGAGUCUAUUUGAAUAUUAUUAUCAUAAUUAACUAACUAAUUAAAUUUGUAUACCACCCUUCUUUUGAAGAUUUUAGAGAGUUUCACAACAGAAAAAUACACAAUGAGAACAUAAGGUACACAUUAAAAAACAACAACCAAUAACCCCCCCACACACCUUUCCACAAACACAUUUAAAAGACCAUAGUAUGUUAAUCACCAGAAGGCUUGGUUAUAGAGUAACGUUUUCACCUGAUGUCUAAAGAUAUGUAAUGAAGGUGCCAGGUGAGCCGCCCUGGGGGGAGCAUUCCACAAACAGGAAGCCGCUGCAGGAAAACACUGUUCUUCUGUUGCCACCCUCUGAACCUCUUGUGGACGAAGCACAUGAAGAAAGGUCUCAGAUGAUGAUCACAGGAUAUGUGUUGGUUCAGAAGGGGAGAAGCAGUCUGUAAGAGACCCUGCACUUCCCAGAAAAGCUGCAGUGAAGGUGCAAUGGAGGCAACAAAGUAUGCCUUCUUUGCUGCCUUCACUGCCACUAGGUAGGUUUGAUGAUGAGCCCUCACCAGUCUGGAUGCAACAGGACUGGAUCAGGUCAAGUGUCCAUCUAGCACAGUAUCUUGGCUCCCCAGUGGCAUUCAGUUGCACCAUGAAGCUGAUAAGCAGAGUUUGAGGCUAAUUUUAAUUAUUCUAAACUGUUUAGAGCUUUACUACAAUCAAGCAGUAUAUAAAUUUUGUUAAAUGAAUAAAUGUACAAUAUUAGUUAUAUAAAUAUAUAACACUUUAAGAAUGAAAGCAGAUCACUGUUUUCCACAGCACCACCACCACCAUCCAUCCAACCAACCAACCAACCAACCAACCAACUAACCAACCAACCACAGUGGCUAUAGACCUAAAAUAUGUUCUUGCGGUUCAAUCCGAUAUGCUCUCUGUCUCUGAAUGAGAUGCCUAAGCCUGUUGAGUUCGUUUUAUAUAAAAUAUUUUUCAGAGAGCCAAGCAACCUUUAUCCAAGGGGCCUUUGUGUCACACUUUUCCCCGUUAAAUGCAUCCAGUCACACGGUUUUGGUACAGUGGAUAAUCAGCCUCAUAUGCAUUCUAAGGAAGCUGAAAUUCUGACUUUUCUGCUAAUAUAUUUCACCUGAUAAAAUGGGAAAGGAGGAAAUGUACGGAUGAAUAAAAAUAGAAAAUGGGCAUCCUGGGCAUGGUGCCUUAGAUUUUCAAGAAUAGAACUGGCUAGGCUUCUGGCAUGACUCUGGGCAGCCAGAGUCUCAGCAGGGGAGCUGAGGGGAAGGAAUUAGGCAAAGCUGUGUUGUGCCUGGUGAGAAAAUCACUGUUGGACCCUGUGUGAGCCUCCUUUCUCUUUUCUUACAUGUAUUCUUUGCAUAGAGUGUUCAUGGAACAUUGUACUUUAUGGAUUGAUUAUAUGUUUCUUGCUUUCUACCAUUGGCCUCCAAAGGGUGGUAGUGAGGCCAAAGCAAAGUCCCUCCCCCUCUUUUAUUUGAAAAGCUUUGAAUACCAUAUGCCACUAAUUCAAAGUGAUUGGCAGCACAUAUCUUUGAACAGGAAGGCUAAACACUCAGAUGUAAAUUUUCCUUGUAUUCAUUCCCUAGGCAGAAAAGCUUCAGCUGUGAAUUAGGUAACUUAUUAGAGGAAAUUCUUCUGGUGGCUUGUCUGGUCUCUUGCUCAAACAAUACAGCCACAGCCUCAAAGUGAAAAACACACAACACUCCUGCCUAAUUUAGUUAAAUCAUGGUGAGUUUAUCUUGAUAAGAAAGAGAUAAAAUCUCUAAUCAGACUGUCUGCACAAUUAGCAAAAUAAAGAUUGCAGUUCUUGGGUGCUAAAGCUUCUGUCAGUAUGUCCUGACCUCUUGCAGGUGCCCAGGAGAACAUUUCUAGGGCUUCUAGUUUCUAGAGGCAAAAAACUGUUAUGCAAACAAAGUGUACAGUACUUCUAUGCCAAUCUUGUACCCUCAGAUAGCUGUACAGAAGAGCUUUUUUCAAAUGGGGAAUAAGUUAAUAAUCUAUGCCCAGCUUGCAGUGUCAGGAGAGCAUUCCUGCAGGUCUCAGCAGCCUGCUGUAACAAUUUGGGAAAACAAUUGGAAGAUAAAAUUGCUCACAUUUUUGUACGUACAAUUACAUAGUGGAUAGUAAUUGCAGUCAUAGUAGAUAGCUCGAUGAAGAUGUGGGCCCAGUGUGUAACGGUCAUGAAAGAGGCAAAUUCCAUGCUGGGUAUCAUUAGGAGGGGAAUUGAAACUAAAACUGCCAUUAUCAUUAUGCUUUUAUACAAAUCUAUGGUGCGACAGCAUUUGGAGAACUGUGUAUACUAAAAAGGUAAAGGUAAAGGACCUGUGACUGUUAAGUCCAGUCAUGAACGACUCUGGGGUUGCGGCGCUCAUCUUGCUUUACAGGCCGAGGGAGGCCUGUUAUACGAUUAAAGAGAACUUCUUGAAAAUGUUUUUUAGAUGGUACUAGACACCAUCGAAACUAGCCAAAAUUUACAAAUUAAAAUCCAAUAUAGGUUGGAAGUGUCAAGAAUUGGAAGGGACAAUGUACCAUAUCUGGUGGAGCUGCAAAAAGAUAAAAUAUGAUGAAGGAGGGGGGGAGAAGUUAAGGAGUCCCAUAGAAAAGAAACCCGAGGCCUACUUAUUGGGUCUUUUGGAAAAAGAUAUUCCACAAGAAGGGAACGCGGGUGGCGCUGUGGGUUAAACCACAGAGCCUAGUACUUGCCAAUCAGAAGGUCACUGGUUCGAAUCUCCGCAAUGGGGUGAGCUCCCGUUGCUCGGUCCCUGCUCCUGCCAACCUGGCAGUUCGAAAGCACGUCAAAGUGCAAGUAGAUAAAUAGGUACUGCUCUGGUGGGAAGGUAAAUGGCGUUUCUGUGCACUGCUCUGGUUCGCCAGAAGCGGCUUAGUCAUGCUGGCCACAUGACCCGGAAGCUGUACGCCGGCUCCCUCGGCCAAUAAAGUGAGAUGAGCGCCGCAACCCCAGAGUCGGUCACGACUGGACCUAAUGGUCAGGGGUCCCUUUACCUUUUUAUUCCACAAGAAAAGAAAGUAAUCUUCCUGAAUGCUACAACAGCUACCAGAACAGUAUUAGCCAGCAAGUGGAAAAGUGAAUUGAUUCCCUCCAAAGAGGAGUGAAUAUGUAAAAUGAGUAACUAUAUACAUUUGGCAAAAUUAACAGCAGCCAAAAGGUCACAGUCAAAUCAAAAGUUAAGACUACAAUGGAAAUGCUUUGAAGAUUAUAUAGAUAAACUGAUCACAAAAUAAUACGUUGAUAUGUAUAGAUUAAGACUGUAGAAUUUAUAAGAAGAAUGAUGUGUAAAUGAGAUAUGAAAGAAAUUCAGAUAAGAAAUGCAAUGUAAGGAUGUAACAUAAUAUAAAACAGAAAUUGGGGUGUGGUGGAGGGGAGUCAAGGGUGGGAUUACGUAUACAGGCCGAGGGAGUCGGCAUUUGUCCACAGACAGUUUUUCCAGGUCAUGUGGCCAGCAUGACUAAGCCGCUUCUGGCGAAACCAGAGCAGCGCACGGAAAUGCCUUUUACCUUCCCGCCGGAGCGGUACCUAUUUAUCUACUCGCACUUGGAUGUGCUUUCAAACUGCUAGGUGGGCAGGAGCUGGGACAGAACCGCCGACCUUCUGAUUGGCAAGCCCAAGGCUCAGUGGUUUGCACCACAGCGCCACCCGCAUCACUUAAUCUCAAAAAGGAUAUUGCAGAGCUGGCAAACGUUCAGAAAAGGGCCACCAAAAUAAUGGAUGGGAUGAAGCAACACCCCUAUAAAGAAAGGCUGCAGCAUUAAGGACUUUGUAGUUUAGAGAAAAGGUUAAUGAAGGCAACAUGAUAGAAGAUUAUAAAAUUAUGCAUCGUAUGGAGAAGGUGACAGAGAAAAGUUGUCAUCCCGCGCACCUGCCCCCCCCGCCCCCAUCUCAUAACACUAGAACUCAUGGACGUCCAAUGAAGCUGAAUGUUGGAAAAUUUAGGACAGAUAAAAGGAAGCACUUCUUCAUGCAGCAACUAUGGAACUCACUCCUCCAGGAGGCAAUGAUGACCACCAACUUGGAGGCCUUAAAAGAGGAUUAGACAAAUUCAUGGAGGAGAGGGCUAUCAAUAGCUACUAGCCUUGAUGGCUGUGCUCUACCUCCACAGUUGGAGGCAGUAAUGCUUGCUGGAAACCGUGGGAGGGGAAAGUGCUCUUAUACUCAUGUUCUGCUCCCUAGUUCCUCACAGAUAUCUGAUUGAUCACUGUGAGAACAGGAUGCUGGACUAGAUGGGCUAUUGGCCUGAUCCAGCAGGCUAUUCUCCAGAGAAUCAGUUUUUAAUUGUUGUUGAUGAUGUGGAGAUGCUGCUUGUAUCUGUGGGAUGCAUGUGGACAGCCUUCUUGUAUCAGCUAACCAGGUACCUCCUCUCUUCUUGAUCAUUGUGGCAUAUUAAAAACCAGCUGAGGGAAUUGACAUGCUGGGUUAAUGAUGCCUCACUAUGGGAUGGUGAGCUGCCACCUGCCUUGAAAGAGUGCUCCCUCCAUAAGAGGAUCUCACCAGCCACAGAACUGUUAAAUAACAAAUAAAUAUCACCCAGUCGUAAAUAUACCCUCCAUAGGCAAGGAGCUCAAGAGGGUAGCAGUGACACAGCUGUAGGCAUGCUUAAAGAAAGUGGAUUAUCUGGAUUCAUUUCAAUUUGGCUUUAGGCUGAGAUUUAGAACCAAAACUGGUUGAUGACUUGUGGUGGGGAAGAGAGAGACAGGAAGAGUGCAACCCUAUUUAUUCUCCUUAACUUCUCCCUGGUUUUUUGAUACAGUUGGCCAUGGGUGUGGUAGGAACCAUGGUUAUGCUACUUAGGGGACUGGUUCCAGUCAAAACAAUGGAGGACACUGUUCAGCACCAUGGAAAUAUAUCUGUUCUGUCCUGCCAUACUCCAUCUUUCACCCAGUUUAACAUCCUUAUGAAGCUGUAGGAAGCUGUCAUCAGGGUAUUUGGAGUGAUCAGCAUGCUGAUCAUACACAGGUCUAUCUCCAUUCCAUCUGAAUCAAGAGAGGCAGUUCAGGUUCUGGACCAAUGAUUGGAUGUAUUAAUGGGCUGCAUGAGGGUCAAUAAAUUGAACCUGAAUCCAGACAAGAUGGAAAGGUUAUGUGGUCUGGGUUACUGAGUCUGGAAGACUGUCUUACAUGGGUCACACUUUCCUGGAAAGGGCACAUCUGUAGCUUUGUCCAGUUUUAUCAUUUGAGGCCAUAUUUGGCAAUGAGUUCCUAUUUCCAGUUGCAGCUGGUUCACCAGCUAUGGACUGUACCAGAAAGAUAAGGCUAUGCAAUUGUAUCCUAGUAACCUUCCAUCUGGAUUACUGCAAUGUAUUGUAUGUGGUGCUUCUCUUGAAGAUGGGUUGGAAGCUGCAAUUAGAAGCAGAACGCAGCUGAAUACAUGCAAGUGUGAGUGGGAGAUCUCAUGCAGUUCCUAUUAUGGGAGAAUGCACUGGCUGCCUGUUUGCUUCCAUUUAAGGUUUGUCUUUGGCAUAUGAAGCCUAAACAACUUGGGUCUCACAUACCUGAAAGAUCCACUCCACUUACACAAGUCAUCCCAAUUGGGAGCUGUGUCCAUGGGGGGAGGGGGCUCUGUUAGAAGCUGUUCAUCCUCAGGGGUUCAAAGUGUGGCUGAAGGUGUAAGAACCUUCUUCAUAAAGGUCCCCAAGAUCUGUAACUUCCUCCGUCUGGAUGCGCACUUAAAUUGUACACAUUUUGGCAGCAUGCUAUGAUGCAUCUUUUCACCUAGGCUUUGAGAAUGACUGAAUGUGAGUUUUCCUCUCUGUAUCUGACGCUGUAUUGCUUUUACUUUGGACAGGUGUUUUAUGCUUUUUAUUUUAGAUAUGAUUGUAUUUUUUGUCUUCUUAGACCAUACAUUGGGAAUUGUGUGUGUGUGUGUGUGUGUGUGUGUGUGUGUGUGUGUGUGUAGGGCAGGUAGCAAAUAUUUAUAAUAAUCAAUAUCAAAUAAAAAUAAAUAUCAAAUAAUCAAGAGGCAAGGUUCCUGCAGGAAAGUAUUUAAUUAAGAGAAAAACAUUUUAUUUGCUUCUGCUUAUUAACACUGCAGCCAUUGCUCACUGAUAUUGCUGCCCAUGCCUCCUGUUUCCUGUUGCCAGCUCUUGAAAAGCAAAAUUGUCAUACCUGGCCUGGAUGCAAGAGGAGAGGGAGAAGCAGAGCCAGGUGGAGUAAUGGGCAGAAUCUGACAGCAUUAAUAGUGGAGACCAUGUAUUUGGGGACAAAGGCCAGAAUUAAAGAGACAGAACCCAUACAGUGUUCAAGUAUUCCAUGUGCUAACAAGUACCCUGCCAUCAGGCAGUAGUAUAUCUAGGCAUGAUAGCAGGUUAACAUAGGUCAUCCAAACCCUAACCCAAAACUUUUAGUGAAAUGUGCCUAGCUGUUUUGCAAUGAGCACAGUGCAAGAAUUAAAAGUGCAUAAUUCAGGGUUAUGAGAGUACCCUGUGGGAGGCAUGAAGUGUGUGUGUACACACCCCCACCCCCACCACUACAGUGUGAGCAUAAGGAGUGUGGACUUGUGCACAAACUGAUUUGGCCAAAUGAGCCAACUUUAAACCACUUUAUGAUCCUGGCUUGUUAGAAUAAAACAAAUUUAAGACUUACUUUUAUGAUCAAACUAGGUAGUGCGGUAACUGUUUCCCCAAAACAGAAGUAAACUGUUUCUGUCCACAUGGCUGAUUGCAGCUUAAUUAUGGCACUGGAGGAAAACUGCAUACUGCUCUGUUUUCUCUGCUUCACUUGUUGUUCCUUUCUGCUUUACUCUGCCUUGACCCAGCUGCACCCUCUCUAAAUCAAAGCUGCAAGCAAAGAUGAAAUGUCCAUGACUCAUAGGCCAAAGCAAGUUUUGGGCAAACUACAGUGUAUUAUUUUCAUCAAGUAAAAUUGAAAUGCCUGUAUUUGGUAGGUAGCCACAAAUAUUAAUAUUCAAGGAAUGAUAAGAAUGGUGUUUAGCAUGCUUAUAUCCAGGUUAUUCAUGUUAACCUAGAUGUUACAUAUGAGUAGCACCCUAAAUUCUGUUGUUGUUGUUGUUUUAAUAAACAUACUUUUGUAAACUGCUUUGAGAGUUUUCUUAAUGUAUAUGGUAUAUAAAAAUUGUUACAUGUUAUGAUAUUUUUAAUGUGUGGAUUUUUAAUGUGUGUUGGGGAGCAGCAAAAAUUCAGAAUAAGGGUAAGUACCAAUCAGGCUGUCCCGUGCCUUGAGUUCUCCACUGUUCUGCUGGCACUGCUUUGCAGGCUACAGGCAUGGCACUACAAAUAAAAUUUGAAAGAGAACGAGAUAGGAGUGGAAACUGGCUUUUGCCAUCCUUGAAUAUACAAUUUCUGUACAUGUAGACUCUGUACAGAAAUCUGCAGAGAGCUCGGGUGGGUGAAUUCAUUUAUCUUUCUCCCCCACCUACCAUCCAGCCUGCCCACCUGGCUUCAAGAAUUUGCUGUCACAGAAUGCUUGAGGCUCAGGUGGUUUGGAGUGCCUUCCAUAAGCUUUGGCUGGUGGCCCAGCUGCACCUCAUCUGUACAGGGAUAGCCUCAGCUCUGCUAACCUCUAGAUUAGAUUACUGCAAUGUGUUAUAUGUGGGGCUUCCUCUGCAGCUGGUGCAACACUUGGCAGCUUGGUUGCUCCCCAGGGCAAAAUAGUUUGACCAUAUAAUGCCAAUCCUGGCACCACUGCACUAGCUGCCAAUCAGUUUUCUGGCCCAACUCAAGGUGCUAGUUUUGAUCUAUAAAGCCUUAAGCAGCUCAAGACCACAAUAUUUUGAGGACUGCCUCUCUUCAUUUGAACUGAACUGCACCCUGCAACCAUCAUCUGAGGCCCUUCUUCAUGUGGCUCCUCCACAAGAGGUUCGGAGGGUGGCAACACAAGAGUAGAUUUUUUUUCUGCAGUGGCUCCCUCAGGGAGGCUUGCCUGGUGCUUUCAUUACAUACUGUUAGGCGCCAUGUGAAAACAUUCCUCUAUGAUAGGGUCAUCCAGCUUGCUGCCUGUGGUCCACAUGUGGUCUGCAAAGCCUUUUUUUUUGGGGGGGGGUGAACCUCAGCAACAUUCAAGAAUAAAACAUCUUAAAGCCUUAUAAAAUUUAUUUUUUGUGUCAUGCUAGAAUUGUGUUUGAUCCAGCCAGAUUGUUUCCAUGGUACAUAUCAGGCCAAUGUGGGGACCUGACUGUGGUUACUUUUUUACUGAAUAUAUUGUAUGUCUGGUAAAUGUGUACCAGACUUGAAUCAAGAUAGCAGCUAAAUGGAAUAGGUUGCCUUUGGUUUGAUGGUACAAUUUCUACCACAAGCAAUUUGUCUUAGUUUACAGAGUAUGCACUGCACAUAAAAGUGGUCACAGAGCAGUUGCCUUUUUGUGCUUGUUCUGAGUGUAUGAAGCUGUUGUAUGAAUGGGAAACAACUUUUGACACUUGUCACUUUCCACAUUUAGUUGGCAGUUUUACAGAUUACCUUGUUGUUAUACUAAUUGUAACACUAGCCAGUGUGAAAGGUAUCAUAAUAAUUGAUAAUGAUCCUUGUUUAGCACAUUGAUAGAUUUCCAGCAAUUCUUUUGCCCUCUUUCUUUCAAACUUUCUCUAGACUUCAUUAAAAGUUUCCAGCAAUUUAUGGCUUCUUUCAUUCUUGUGCAGACGCAGGGUGUUGGCCAUAUCUGAUGGAAUUGAACACAUUGGGAAUCUCCGCUGGGAGCUGGCACUAUGUCUUUUGGCAGCCUGGACUAUUUGCUAUUUUUGCAUAUGGAAAGGAACCAAGUCAACUGGCAAGGUAAAAGUAAUGGUUCUAUAUACUAUGUAAGCUUAUGAUAGCUUGUCAUACUGGACUGAAUCCUACCAUUGCAGCCCCAUUAGCACAAAAGGCCUCCCACGACACAACAGAGCUGCUGCUUCCUCUCCUGUCUCUUCCAGCAACAUGUGCCCCCCAAAUCAGCUCCAGGGGGCUGAGGGACCCUCCAGAGCAGAUUUUGGUGUGGAGAGGAGAGCAUGUGGAAGUCCCUUUGCACCAGCAGAUGUCUGCUACCACAGCUUUCAAUACAACCCACUGUAUUGAAACUGUAAUAUUAUUUAGGCUGAAAACCUAUGCACUAUUAUCUGGGAGUAAGUUAUAUUAAAGCCAAAAGGGCUUACUUCUGAGCAGAUGUGUAUAACUUCACACUGUUAGUAUGAAUAAACAAACAAUAGCAGUAUCUUUCACAUAUAUGAAACUUGUCUUUUGCAAAACAGCUUAAGAUUUCUGGAAAGGCAAGCUCGUCUAAUCAGUAGAAAGGAAUGAGAAAUUUAUGUACAGUACUGUUUUGGUAAACACACAAGAUGAGGCCAGCCACAGAAAUCAUGUAAAUGUAAGUUGAUAGGGCUGUGAUUUGCUAUGAAAUGUCAAGUUCAUUGUGUUCACAGAAUUUAGGCAGCAUUUAUUUAGAAACACUAUUCUUGACAUUUCUGUUAAUGCAGAAAUGAAUAUUUACCCGCAUUCAGAGUACAGUGAAUUUCAAAGAUUCAAAGCCAGCAAAUUAUAAUACUGUUUUUUUCUACUGCAUCUCAAUGCAGUUAAGAUCCUUAACAAAACCCACAGGCUUUUCUCAAAGUACAAGCAGGGGUGGUCUGUGGCAUUUGGGCACCUGAGGUGAAACACCUCACUCCUACCCCCAUGAUGAGUUUCUCCUUAAGAGUUUCUCCUCAAGAAGUUGUUGCAGAGUCUUCCCCACCAGGUGGCAGAGGGAAGAGAUCAAUUCUGGAUUCACUUCACCCACCCAGCAGCAAAUUGGAGUGGGGAGAAAAUCUCUCAGUGGCAAAGCUGGGUGGUGGAAUGCCUCCCCUCUCAUUGACUCAGCAGAUGGGGAGGUGUCAGCAGAUGGGAGGCCCAUUGAGGCUGGGCAGACUGGUGGCAAAACUGAGAACAAGGUGCCACCUUAGGCAGCUGCUUCAUCCUGCCUCAUAAUCUGGCUGGCUCUGAGUACAAGAUAGCCUGCUUUUGAGCACAGGAAGCCAUUGUACACUGCUGAAUCCUCAGUGCUCCUAGUCACCCAAUGAUAUCCAAAUACCUACUUCAAGGUUUCUGAAGGACUUGUGUGUGUGUGCUCACAGAAAUUUCUUUUCUAUGAAAAGCUGACUGUCACAUAUCACAAAAUGUUUUCUUCAAAAUAGUUUGAUAUGUGUAAAUGCAAGGCACAUCUACAUGAGAGCAGUGUGGGGAGAAAUGUGGCAAUGUGGGGCACUUUUAUUUUCAUUGCUUUUAUUUGAUGCUUAUUAUAUAAAAUGUCUCAAAGCAACUUACAAUUGCAAGCUCCUUAAAUCCAUUAUUUUAAUCAUGCUGGCAUACUUUUGGAUUUGUUUGUUACUUUAACAUCUCAAAUAAAAUUAUUAUUAAUGUGGUCUUUUAAAAAUGGAUUCCAAAGUGCCUGAACUGGUUUGACCCCCCCCCCCCAGUAAUAGUCUGGGUCUGAAAGUUUUGUACACUGGACUUUAUGAAUACUAGGUGAUUGAAGUAUUAAUUUGUCAAGCCUUUUAAUUUAAUUUGCAGUACAAGCUGUUGCUUGUCUACUCAGUAGUAAACCCUAAUGAAUUCAGAGGGGCUUACACUUAGGAAAGUGUGCAUAGGACCUUUGUGCAUACUGCUCUUAUAGAUUUUGCUGCUUUAGUGUAUUUUUUGUUUAUUUUUAACUUGGUUUAUUUGGAUCUGAAAUUUUGUAAAUUUUGGGAAUUUGAUUGAAGGACAGGGUAUACAUCAUUUUAAUAAAUAGGUUAAAAAAAAUGGCCACCCACUUCACUUAGAAUCCUUACUUUCUAAGUGACCUUUCCUGAACAUGGUGUCUUCUAGAUGUUUUAGACUAAAAUUCCCAUUCGCCCUGGCCAUCACAGGUGGAGGGACCAGUUUGAAGAAGACUGAUCUAAGGUUAUUCUUGCUAAAAAAAAAAAUGUAUACCAAAUACUAGACUGGUUCACACAUCACAGUGAGCCACAGUAAAAAAGGAAAGGGGGCUUGCUAUGCUGGUACAAGCUUAUUGGUUGCUCCUGCUUUGCUUUGCUCUGCCUGGAGCAAGGAGAAGCAAAAGCCUUAGCUUAGCAUUGCAUAUGAGAAGUGGACAUGCUUUAUUACUCUCCAAAGAAACCACUUAAAUUAAUAGUUGAUUAAAGCCUGAAAUACUACGUCAUACAACCAAAACUUGCCAUGAUUCUGCAAUGGAGGAAUCAUUUUAUUGUGCUGUCAGAGUAGUGUUAAGCCUUCAUUAAGAUGUAGUGGGGAGAUGCUUAUCAUAAGUAUUUAAACAAUCAAAUGACCAUUGCACAGUGUUGCUAGCUCUGUAAGAAACUCAUCAUGCAAAAAAAAAAAAGUUUUUGAUUCUGUAAAUUGGCCUUUUGAAAGACCAUCAUUAUGGUUUACUGAUGUGAAAAAAGCUUCAAAACAUGAAACUGUAACCUAAUCUUGCUUUUGCAUUGUUCAGAGUCAACAGAUUCUCCUUACAUAUAGUUGUACUAGAAUACAUAAUCAGUGGGAAUGGAAAAGGUAACUUUUGCUUACUGAAAAGUAGCAAAUUGUUCAAAAUUCCAUUGCUGUACUUUCCAGUGAGGCUCAUAAGUGCUGUGGUGUGUGUAUGUGAUUAGUAUGUGUUAAAGUACAUAGCUAUGGUAUGCCUUAUUUAAUCACAGAACUUUAAGAACAUAAGUGGCUGCUUGAUCAGGCUAAAGGCCUAUCUAGUUCAGCAUCUUGUUCUCAUACUGGCCAACCAGAUGCCUUUAGGAAACUAAUGAGCAGUACCAGAGUACAAUAGCACUAUCUCCAUUUGGUAUAGAAACAUGGGUGGUGCUGUAGUCUAAACCACUGAGCCUCUUGGGCUUGCCAGUCAGAAGGUCAGCGUUUCAAAUCCACGUGACGGGGUGAGCUCCUAUUGCGCUCUCCCUGUUUCUGCCAACCUAGCAGUUUUAAAGCAUACCAGUACAAGUCGAUAAAUAGGUAUCGCUGUGGCGGGAAGGUAAACAGCAUUUCCAUGCACUAGCACUCGCCAUGGUGUCCCAUUGUGCCAGAAACAGUUUUGUCAUGCUGGUCAUGUGACCUGGAAAAUUGUCUGUAGACAAACGCCAUCACCCUCAGCCUGAAAAGUGAGAUGAGCGCCACACCCCAUAGUCACCUUUAGUAGAUUUAACCAUCCAGGGGUCCUUUACCUUUACUUUUUUACCAUUUGGUAUUCCCAGCAACUGGUAGGCAGAACUGUCUAGCAUUCUCAAGACAGCUAACACUGUUUCCUAAAGCAGUUCCAACCAAUCAGUGAAAAAGUUGGAAAGGUAGGAGUCAUUAUAUGAACUGCAAAAAAAUAUUCUCUGUGAAAAUUUGCCUUCCCCUAUUUGAUUCUGUCUACUGAUGUUGUCUGGCAGAGUUUUUCACAUUUUCUUCUUUCAUGAAAACCUUUGCAUGCUGACCAAGAAAUACCUACUUGUUGCAGAGAUUUCUGAUGAUUAUUUUUGAGUGCGUACUCUGUUAGGCUGGGUGCUGACUGGGGCCCUUUGGGACAUAAUAUUCAUGUCUUGCUAAACCAUGUUUGUCAAGCUGAGAUCUCAGCGGGUGCUAGGUGCAUCACCAAAGUUUACAGCUACUUGGUUUGCUAAUAAAUCUAGACAGUUCAUAAUGCUAUAACAUAUUAAAUCAAGGAGCAUUUCACCAAAACUAUUUUCUGGCUCAGAACAUAAAACAUUCUGCACAUUGGUGGCAGCAUUCAGCAGAUCAGAUGCCAAAAGGCAGGUUCUUUGUACGCACAUCCUCAAAGAUUCAUUAAUAUUAAACCCUCUUCAUCAGUGCUAUUUUUCUAGAAAAAGAGGUUCUGGAGCUCACCAUGAACUUCUUCCUCUUAGAAUGGAAAUAGUGCCCACCUGAGAGGUGCCGGAGCUGAGCUCUAGUCAGAUCCUGCUGGGGGGGACGGGGGACAACCCUGCUCUUCAUCUGACCAGAAUUAUGAAAUUAUGAAGUUACAUGAAAUACCAAGCUAGUACAUUGUUUUUGUGCCACAUCUCCUGCUACGUGGACUUUCCAAAUGCUUUGGAUUUCUGCCAUUUUUCUUAUCCUGAAAUGUUUUGAGCCAGAAUGUAUUGCUCAUUUCUGGAGAUAGUAACAUCUGGCAGUGGUGUAUUCAUCCUUUGACUGAAAUUCUCAAACUGACAAUAACAUUACAAAUUCAGUUGGAACACUGAGAGUAAGAUGCAGAAACCGGCAGUUCAUCCUGCUGCUACUGGCAGACUUGCCAGUCACUUAUCACCAAUUUUUUUUUUGCUUGUUUAGAGGAGAGUGAGGAUAAGAAAGCUCUCAUGCAGAGGUGAAGUUAAGCCAACAUAACAUGUGCACAUGUUCAUAAAGUUAAGGAACAGUGCCUGUGUACCUUUCACCUUCUAACUCUAAAGUAAACUCAUCAGAAGGAGUUAAGCUGUACUUGCCAGCAGUUAAGACUCAGUCAGUAGUUCCACACAGAAAAUUUAUUUUUUUCAAUAGUAGACUGAAUAAGGAGUCUAAUGGAUUCAAUGAGGCAUAAAGAAAAAGUGUAAAGGGACAGCAGAGGAAAAUAAAAGAGAAAGAUGUGCGAAAAAAGAAAGGAACUGGGGACCAUUGUAAGUCUUUAGGAAAGGGAACUAGGCAGCAAUGAUUAUAUCUCCUGAAGUGUCUUUUGUUUCAGCUUGAAGUAAUAGCAGAGAAUAGUCCUUCAUAGUGAGGCUUUAACAUGCAGCCCAAGAUUGAUCUCUGUAUUCAGAGGAGGAAAGUAGAACGUUCAUGAGAUGCAUGCAGAGUUUUAGGCUUUCCUGCCUUUUCUCGUUGAAGUUUUAAAACACUGAAAAAUGUUUUCUUCUUCUUCUCUUAACACAUUGGUGAGGAUUUAAGGAAAUCUCAGAGCAGCUUCAGAAGUCUUUCUGCAGCACUGCAAUGUAUUUCACAUGCAACUGCAAUCAGCAUGGAAUUGCAAUAAAAACAAACUGUUUAAUCCCUCAUCCCACGUGGUUUUCUGUUACAGAUAUCUUUAAUUGGCACCGGAGACUAGAUUAGGCUUCAGUCUAAUAGACAUGAAAAGGAAUUCAGCUUCACCCUAAAAAUUAAGCAGGAUUUUUUGGGCUGUGACAAUGCAUACAUUGAGGAACUUGAGGGUCAUUCCCAUGUGAGAGAUAACGUAGGGUAGUUUUCAGUCUCAGUUAUACAAGUGGCCUCAUCACCUGAAUUUAAUAUUUCCUUUUUUACAAUCAGAGCUUCUGAUUUUUCCUCCACCCUGUCUAUUUUUAAAACGGUAGUACAGGGAAGCGACUUAAUAAUACUAGGUAAGUAAAUGACUGAUAAAAUAAAAAGACAAAUAUUUUUAUGCACAACUACAGUGAUUAUUUCAGUGUUAAUAAUUUAUGACUUGACAUAUUCAAUCUGUAUUACUCACAUAAUCUCAUACAAAUGAAAAUGUAUGUGCAGAUUGUUAAUUUUUUCGCAUAUAGCCAGAAUCACAUUUUAGCCACUUUAGAUAAAAAAGGGGUGGCCGUGAAAAACUUUUGCAGACAAUUUGAGUUUGCCAGUAGACUCUGUAAAGAGUUAUGCAGAUAGCUGAAUGACUUUUUGCAUCUAAGGCAAAAAAUAAAAAUAAAAAUCCAAAAACCCAGACUCAUUUUGAAAUUAUGUUAAAACUUUAAUGGCAAUUGUGCAGCCUUUAAUGUAAUCCCAAAUCUGACAAUUGAGAUGAAUAUCAGUCUUCAUAACUGAUUCCAUUCACUCAUACAUUUUAAACAUUGUUUUUUUCUGUUGUUGAAUCCCCUCUUAAUUUCACAUAAAAUAUUUUUUAAGUCAUUGCACAGGUCAAGCAUCUGAAGAAUCCCAGUGGAAGGAAUAAAUAAUUUAAAUAACACUAGUAAAAACUCAUGUGCAGGUGUGUGUUGGUAUGUGGCCAAACAUCCCCUCAGGUGCCACUAAAUUUAGAUUUAAGCAGAAUUUCUAAAUGGGUAUGGAGAUUUCUAGUCAGGCCAACGUUCAAAGAAUCUUGAGGAAAGCAAAAUGUGUUUCGGUAAAUCUGGGCAAAGUUCUCAUGGCAGUUGUAAAACAUUAAACCAAAAUGCAACCAUAAUUGUUAAACUGCAGUGAGAAAAGUCUCACUGUAAGAGACUGGGGGCCUUCAGACAUCCUUUUCUUUGCACGUUCAUGAUGAUUCAUGCACUUUAUGUUAUUGGGAUGGUCAUUUGUCAUCCAAUUUUUCAGGACUGUUUGCCCCUACAAAUGUUUUGGGGUGGCUAUAAUGUUUUGUUUCCAGUCGGUGCAUAUCCCUGCUGAAAUCCCGUAACUUCUUAUAUUACAAAUACUCUGGCCUUUUUCUUUCUUUUUUUGGUCACAUGUUUGUUGUGCUAUAGCCCCACUGGACAGCAAUAAUGUGGCAGCAUUUGGGGUAGCACCACGGAACAACUAAUAAAGCAGAGGGUGGCGCUAUGGGUUAAACCACUGAGCCUAGGACUUGCCGAUCAGAAGGUCGGCAGUUCGAAUCCCCGUGACGGGGUGAGCUCCCGUUGCUUGGUCCCUGCUCCUGCCAACCUAGCAGUUCAAAAGCAUGUAAAAGUGCAAGUAGAUAAAUAGGUACCACUCCGGCGGGAAGGUAAACGGCAUUUCCGUGCGCUGCUCUGGUUCGCCAGAAGCGGCUUAGUCAUGCUGGCCACAUGAUCCGGCUCCCUAGGCCAAUAAAGCGAGAUGAGCGCCACAACCCCAGAGUCGGUCACGACUGGACCUAAUGGUAGGGGUCCCCUUUACCUUUUUAAUGCACUGCUAUUGUGUCAAGAACAUUUAGCAGAAUAUACCUUCAAUAAAAUAGCAGUCUGGAGGGGCACAUUUUUGCAAAAAAAUGUUGAUCAGCUAACAAAUAACAUGGUAUACGCACAAUACAAGUAAAGCAAAGGAGUAAGGUUCACUACAGCCAACUCUUUUUUCUGAUUCAUCUCGAAGUUGUGGUGAUAUAGUGUGUGAACAUUAAACUGACAUGCUGUGUUGUAGCAGCAGCCUGGGAAAUCUAUUUUUAACUUUUCCAGCUAAAUUCGCUAUGCUGAGUGCUUCCUAUUCUGUCUCAACAGGUUAAAGAUAAACUGUAUUGUUCCUCCUGAGGUUUGCCUUACUUCUGUACUGCCUCUCCAGAGUUAAGCUUGCUGCAUUGCAAACUGUAUAUACUGUGAUUUUCUGAUCAGAAGUCUCAGUUUAUGUAAUGACUCAAACUUGCAGUCCAAACAGAUAGGCUAGAUAUUUGUUUUGUUUUCUCAGCACGCUGACAUUGCUGGGGCAUAGCAGUGAUGUGGAGGAACUAUUUUGAGCAUUGGUAUGCAAAUUAAUACACUAGGCAAUUAGAGGCAAUUAAAACAGGAUCUAGUGUAAUUAGAAACGAUGUUGUCCUUGUUUUAUUCAGAGAAGUUUGACAUGUUGGAGAAAAGAAAAGAAAAAGUACAGGAAGCUUGCAAUGGUUUUUGAGAUGUACCCAGUAAUAAUAACAGCAACAAAGCUCCAUAAUGACGGUACAAGUUAACAUAAGGUUCCAGGUCAUUAAGUGGGGAAUCAAAGGGCAGAAGUUGUAUUUAAGGAUGGGGAUAGUACAACACUGAAUGUUAAUGCAUAGUAUGCGUGACUCAAAUUUAAUGUAUUGUAAAUGGGAGCCAAUGCACCCAAAAUAUUACCAGUAAUUCUGCAGUGCAGACUAAUAUAAAUGUACUGUUUAAUUGAUACUGCAAGUUCAUCUCCAUGCAAGGCUGGAGGGCAAUUACAAGGGUGAUCAUCCAUUUCUCUCCCAGGAAAAAUUCUCUACAUUUCCACAAAACCACUCAGCCUUUGGAGUGGCUCUUGAGGCAUCUCCUCUCAUGGAGUGGAGUCAAUCCAACCCCUUGGUCCUCUAUAGAGCUAGUGAUGAUGAAACACGUGAGAUGGUGACUAGAGCAACAUAGGCAGAAAGCUCGGAAUGAAUCAGGCUGAACACAGGUUGGGGCCUAUUUGAAGAUCUGUUUUGUGGCAGUGUAGGGAGCAAAAUGUAGGGAGCAAAACUGCAGGAGGCAGUGCAAAAUGUAGGGAGCAAAACUGCAGGAGGCAGUGGAAGACAGGAGUGCCUGGCGUGCUCUGGUCCAUGGGGUCACGAAGAGUCGGACUCGACUAAACGACUAAACAACAACAACAAAGGGAGCAAGAUUACCCCACCCCACCCCACCCCAUUUCCAUUGCAUCAGCAAGGAGCUGUCCAGCAGAGCUCUUUCAAGUUGUCAGUGGUCUUUUACACUCUGGCCCAGGAGAGAAUUUAGACCAGGGGUGAGCAAACUUUUUCAGCAGUGGGCCGGUCCACUGUCCCUCAGACAUUGGGGGGGCAGACUAUAUUUUGAAGGGAAAAAAUGAACGAAUUCCUAUGCCCCACAAAUAACCCAGAGAUGCAUUUUAAAUAAAAGGACACAUUCUACUCAUGUAAAAACACACUGAUUCCCAGACCGUCCGCAGGCCGGAUUUAGAAGGCGAUUGGGCUGGAUCUGGCCCCUGGGCCUUAGUUUGCCUACCCAUGAUUUAGACCACUUGGCAGCCUGCUGGGAACAAUCAGCUUAGCACUUCGUUGACAAAAUCAAUCCUUUCUGACUUGGACACUAUAGUUGAUACAGGUCCAGUGAAUUUAAACUUUGGCCUCUGCUUGCUGGAUAUGGGCUCAAGGAUGUGGGCAGGAUCCUUGGAAAUGUGAUUGCUCACAUAGGUAUACUAGAGCCUUGCUUUUACCGGCUCAUCAAAAAGGCCAGCGGGGGACUGGUUGAGAUCCAUUUCAGUGUGGUUUCAGGCUUGGUUAUGGGACAGAGAUGGCUUUGGCCACCUUGGGGGAGUGGGACAUUGGAAGUGUGUCCCUGUAGGUUCUGCUGGACAUUUCGGAAGCUUUCAAUAGCAUAGACCAUGGUAUCCUUCUGGACUGCCUUGCUGGGGUGGGACUUGGGAUGAGACAGUGGCUCUGUUUCUCCUUGGAGGGGUGAACCCAGAACAUGGUGCUGGGGACUCCUGUUUAAUGCCUUUGCUGUUGACCUGCGGGGCCCCUCAGAGUUCUUUUCUGUCCCCCAUGCUAUUUAACCUUUACAUGAAACUGCUGGGAGGAGUUGUCUGAAGUUUCCGGGUUUAGUGUCACCAGUAUGCUGAGAACACUCAGCUCUGUUUCUCCUUUCCACCUAAAUCCAUGGAGGCUCUUCUCAUUUCUAAACUGCUGUCUGACAUCAGUAAUGGACUGGAUGAGGGUGAACAAAUGGCAAGACAGAGGUGCUCUUGGUCAGUCAGAAGGCAAAACAGGGAAUAGGGAUUCAACCUGUGCUGCAUGGGGCAACUCUCCUCGUGAAGACACUGGUUCACAGUUUGGGCCUGCUCCUGGGUUUAGCUCUCAGCAUGGAUGCCCAAGUCUCUGCAGUGGCCAGGAGUGCAUUUGCACAGUUGAAGUGUGCCUUCUGCCAGCAGAUGAAGGCCUUCUCAUUCCAACCAGCUUUUGGGAAUUUUAAUGAAAGGGCUGGUGCAGUGCUGUUUUCAUUAUAUUAUUGUUAUGUUUUUAAUUUUUUAUAUUUAUAUAUAGUUAUAAUUCAAUAAUUUUUUUAAAAUCCCUGUAUGUUUUUAAGCUGUUCUUCUUUUAUCUGUAAGCCACCUUGAGUCCCUGUCAGGGAAAAAGGUGGGGUAUAAAUAUAAUACUAAUAAUAAUUUAAGGGAGCAUGAAUGUGCUGCCAGAAAACAGGCUGCAUAAAGACCCUUCUGUAUUUAACAUUCUAAUUUUACAACACUUCAAUGAAAGUUCUUUAUGUUUAUACAUUUGCUUCUGUUUAUAUAAAUGCAGCUUUAUUUGCAGUCUAAAUUUAGCCUUGAACUUUCUUGUGUUUGAUUUAUGGAUGAGUAGAAGAAAAAUUCAGUGCAAAUAUAUACAACUUGUAAUCAUUUUGCUUGGGAUACCACAGUUAAUGCAACUGUGGAAAUGGCUUGACCUUUUGUUUUGGAUAGUUUAUGAAGGAUGCAGAUGGGAUUUUUGGAGGUGUGAGACCAACCACUGGUAUGCUCCUCCACCCUUGCCCUUCCUGGCUGAUAAGAGCAGCCAAAGGAAGAAUCAUCAAGUGGGUAAUGAGGGUGGCAAAUUUUCUAAGGCUGGAGGUACCCUACAACUGUCUUACUGUUUUACUUUCCUGGCUUUGGGGAUUUAUUUAUCCAAUGAACUCAAUAUUGUAGAGUCGACAUAACUGAGUUUCAAGUUUAACAAUUUUUUAAAAAUUGAAUCUGCGCACACAGACAUACACAGCUUCAAAGAAAGCAAAUAGUUUCUUACACUUCCAAAGACAUGUCAGUCUACUUGUGGAGGUGGCCCAUCAGCACAGUCCAACAGAGUUACCUAACAUUAAUGCAACAUAAUGGGCCACCAGAGUCCAAGCUAAAAUUCCAUCCCAAGCUUAACUUCCCAACCUCUUUUAUACGGUUUUUGGGUUUCCAUAUAUGGUAACGAUGGGCAUGCCAGUAUUCUCAUUGGUGUCUAUAUAUUCUGGACACAUGCAGAGUGUCUUUUCAAUUUGAAUUCUAAUUCUUACUUCCCUGUUCCCUAAAAUAUUCCUCUGUUUUCCCAUUUCUAGACAAGAACAUAUUGCCUAAUCAUUUACUCUUCAUCGGUACAUAUAGACUUCUAACUGUAGCCUGAUCUAACCAUAUUUCCUGCUGAAACCUGUGCCCAUCGACUUCCUAUUUAAAAUUUUGCCCAGGCAUAAAUGCAUCCAUGUCAAAAAUUAUUUUUGCUUUUCUGUAAUCACCUUUAGCUAUUUUUCUGAGUUAAAUCUUAGGUUAACUCUUUCUACUUAUACCUUAUUGAAGUAUGAUUGAUACAUAUGUGUGCAUGAUAUUUUAGCCAUACGGUAAUGAUGCCUCAUCUUGAAUUUUACAAAUAAGGAUUAGUUGGUUCCAUCUUAAUCUGGGCCUGAUUAUGUAAUGGGCUUGGUUGCUGUAUUGAAAUUUAUAUGCCAAAAAAUGUACAGGGAGAAAUGUGUCCCUAUAGAUUCAACUGGUUCCUCCAGUAGCUUUUGAUACCAUUGACUACCAUAUUCUUCUUGACCAUAGAUUAGACUGGGAUGCACUGCUUCAAUCUGGCUCCAGUCCUUCUUGAAGGGGCAGUUUCUAGCAGUGGUUGUGAGGGUCUCUUAGGUAAAUUAGAAUACCCCUGCUGAACAAGCCAAAGGCCCAUCUAGUCAAGCAUCCUGUUCUUGCAGACAACUAACUGCCUAAAUGAAACCUGGGUGCAACAGCAUUCUCCACACUUUUGAUUUUGAUUUACAGCAAUGGUUAUUCAGAGGCAUGCUUGGGUCUGUGGGGUUCCUCAGGGUCCAUCCUGUCCCCUCAAGAAAUUUAACAUCUACCAAAAACUAUGGGGGGAAACCAUGCAUGGAUAUGGAGUGUCGUAGCACCAAUAUGUUGAUAACAUUCAGCUCUGCUUCUCCUUUCCAUCGCAUUUUAGGGUGGCUUUUGAGGAGCUAAACUGAUGUUUGAACUUAGUAAUGGACUAGAUUAGUGGUUCCCAACUAGCUCAGUACUGCGGACCCCCUAUUUUUCAAAAGCCAAGGCAUGGACCCCCUACUUUUGAAAAUUUUGGUAUCUCUGUGGUAGAUUUUGUUAUGUGAAUGUUGCCACAGACCCUUGGGUGGGUUAUGCAAACCCUCUGGGGUUCACGGACCUGCACUUGGGAACCUUUGGACUAGAUGGAAGCAAAUGCCUGUCUUUCCAGGCAAGACAAAGUUGGAAGUAGAUGAGUAGAAUUGAUCUGAAAAUUGGAGUUCAGCCUAUCUUGGGUGGGUACUAUUUCCCUUGAAACUUUUGGUUCAGAGUCUGAUAAUACUCCUGAGUCUAUAUGUGGACCUGGUGUUCAACUUAACUGCCUUCUCGGUUGCUACACCAAGGCUUUGGAACUUCCUCCCCUUAGAUCAGCCUUUGUCAACACAAUAUCUUCCAGAGGUUUUGGACUAUACCUCCCAUCAGCUUGAGUCAGCUGGGACUGAUGGAAAUUGUACUGAAACAUCUGAAGGGUACCCGGUUGACAAAGGCCUGCCAAGGCCAAUUUUGGGAUAGUGGUAGUUCAUGCUUUGGAUAUAGAAGGUUUCAGUUUAAUACCCAGCAUCUCCAGGUCAGAGUAUGAAUAAGUUUUGUCUGAAACCCUGGAGAGCUGCUGCCAGUCAGCUCAAUACUGAGCUGGAUAUAUCAAUAGUCUGACAGUAUAAGACAGCUUCAUUGAUUUGAACCAAGCUCUCCAGAUCCAGCUCCCUGGCAACUAAAGUCUAGCUACAAGCCUUCCAUUGCCCAGAAAGCGCAGUGGGUCAGUGCAUCUGGCUGUUAACCAGAAGGUUGGUGGUUCAACCAACCAGGGAUGAGUGUGGGCAGAAUUCCUGCACUAGAUGGGUUGGACUAGAUGAACUUCAGGGUCCCUUCCAACUCUAUGAUUCUAUUAUAUACUGAAUCAUCAUGAACAUAAGAAAAUUACAUAAGAAGAACCCUGCUAGAUCAGACUAAAGGCCUAUCUAGUCCAACAUGUUUCCACAGGGCCAACCAACAGCCUAUGGGAAGUCCACAAGCAGGACAUAUAGGCAAUAUACCCCGCCUGCUGUUGAUCUCCUGAUAGACAUCUGGAUUAGUAAGGAUACAUAAUAUUAUCCUCCAUUUAUGAACUGCAGCUGAGUACAUUAUUUUACAUGUAACUUUUUGUUGCUAAAAUAAUGUGUUUUCUCCCACUUGUUCUUCAUAGGUUGUAUAUGUAACAGCUACAUUCCCUUACAUCAUGCUCUUGGUACUGCUGGUUCGAGGAGUAACACUACCUGGGGCAGCUGAAGGGAUAAAAUUCUACUUGUACCCUGACCUAUCACGACUUUCUGACCCACAGGUAGGAGCUAAUAAAAUGUAAACAUUCAGUGCAUUGUUGUUUUCCAUCAUGUCCCCAAACUUUUGUCUUCUGUGUUUUUAUUUCAGGUUGAAACAAGGGGCAAAUCCCUAUAGUUUCAACUAGAUGUUAAGUAAGCAAAGCCAGUUUGGAAACAUUUGUGCUGUGUUUAAUUGUACCUAGAGAUGUAAAAAUUUCAGGAAUUUUGAAACCAUGAAAAGAAUACCAUUUCCUUAAUUUUUUUCCGGGGAGAGGGGUGGAUUUAGGAGAGAUGUUUGGAAUAUAUGCAAUACAUACUCUGUUAUCAAACCAACACUGGUUUUACUGCUUCAGUGCCAUAAAAUGUAUCAUUCAUAACUUAAUUAGCAUAUCAGAUUGUACUGCUUGGCAUAUUAAUGAAAUUUACAGAGAAAUCCUAUGUAUAUUUUCUUAAAAGCAAGACUCGCUUAUUUUAUAUCUGGAACAACUGUUGCCGUAUUAUAUUUCUUUACUUUUUCAAGCAAAUUGGUUUAAAUCUCAGGUGACUACUCCAUGGCCCCAUCAGUAGCUGCAGCUUUAUUUCCCAUCAGCCCCUGUCAGCAUAGCCAAUGUUCAGGGAUGAUGGGGGUCCAACAGCAGCUGGAUGGAAGGCCCUACUCCUGAAAUAGAGAUGUGCUGCUUGACAGCACGGAUGCUGUGGGCACGAUCCAAUAUGCAUCUGAUAGUCAAGCAACCACAUUAGUUAAACCACUCUAAAUGUCAAUAGUUUCACACACACACACACCAUACUAAAAUUAGUAGUAAAAUGGAAGCAUCCACACCACCUUUAUUUCAAAGCAAAACAGGCCUAGAGACACUUUAUUUCAGGCAUGGGCAAACUCUGGCCCAGCAGAUGUUUGGGACUACAAUUCCCAUCAUCCCUAGCUAACAGGACCAGUGGUCAGGGAUGUUGUAGUCCAAAACGCCUGGAGGCCUGGAGUUUGCCUGUGCCUGCUUUACUUGUUAAUAAGUCCUGGGUAGCUCUUUCACUCUAUUUUAUCUAGAUCUGGACAAAACAACAACAACAAGACUUGUGAUGUUUGUGGGUGGUUGAGUGGGGGAACUGUGUUAGCACUCCCAUCUUGAUUAUAGGCAUAGCUGUCAACUUUUCCCUUUUCUUCUGAGGAAUCCUAUUCGGAAUAAGGGAAUUUCCCUUAAGAAAAGGGAAAUGUUGACAGCUAUGAUUAUAGGCAGCCAGAGACCAGUAAGUAAUUGCAAGUACUUCAUACUGUAGUCUCAGUGAAUGGUUAAUCAACUCCAGCGUUCAGAAUAAAACAGCAGACUUAUUUAAAACAGUAUAAAACAAUGGAGAAAAAAUACAAAGUUGUGAUUUGAAAACAACAACCUAACAAUAUAAUUUCUAGGACAGGCUUAACAAAGUAACCUCAGCUGUCAUGGAAAAACAGCCUGUGUCAUCCCAGGCAAUUUGUAGCCAGCAUUCCAAAAAGUGAUAGAACCAUUGUCGGGAAACUGCACUUUAUCUGUUGAUAUUCAGGUGAGGGGCUUGAUUGUGUGGACACAGGGAUCCACUCAGACAGGACUCUGGCUGGGUCAGAUUCUGCACAAAGGCACAGAGGACAAUACCUAACAUACUGUUUAAAGCCCCUGGAAGAGGCUUUAAUUGGUGUAAACCUGAGGACACGUUUCUAAUUUGGAUUUGGCAAAGUACAUCCUGUGUGGAUGCUUGCUUUUGAAAUCAUGGAGAUAGGACUCUUUGGGCAGAAAAGCAGCAUUCUGAAAAGAAAGGGGUGCUGGGCUUUGGGUUUUAGUUACAAAGCACUUGCUUAUUAGAAGAUUCUGGAUUCCAUUCAACAACUGAGCAUUUGGUAUACUUUCCACCACUUGUCAGAAAAGGACUUAAAAGGGAGCCGGGAAAUGAAGGCCAUUGAAAGUGAUUUAUUUUAUCAAGGCCGAUGUCUUAAUAACUGUAAGACUUCAUCAAACAUAAAGUUUAUGGUGGAAUUAGACGGAGUCAAAUAAAUAAAAGAGGUGUUUGUCACUCUUCAUUUCUUUAAGUAGCUGCCUGAGUCUAGUGGCAACUCCUCUUUCGAGUUUCGAGGAGUUUUGGGGGAAAUGGUGGUGUAAGAUUUUUUUUAAUAAUUGGAUUUGUAUGGAAUUGGUGAAUAAUUUAAUGCUAUUUCCCCCCUUUUUCUCUGUGAUAGGGUUUCUGUUGUAUUGUUUUCUGUUGUUAUUUAUGUAAACCAUCCUAGGGCUUCCUGGCAAAGGGAGGUAUAGACAACUCUGAAAUAAAUAAUUAAUAAAAUAAACAGUGAACAUCUCAGCAAAAGUACAUUUUAAGGUAAUAUAGCAAUUCCCCCAAACCUUUCCUCUAGUACUUCUGAAGUUGUUAAAAUGUACAAAUUUCAUUUGGCAAACUCUUGAUAGAUACGAUCCUGUGUUUUAAGUAUUUGUAUGAAUCAUUCUCUUGUUCAAGCAGUCAGAACUUUUGAAAAGCAGGACUUUUUUCAAAUCCCCUUUGCAUGUCUCACUAUUUCUCUUCUUCCACAUUUUCCCAUUCAAUAAGAUGUUGCUAAUAUUCUGAUAUAGGACCUUGAAAAGGAGGGUUGCAUUUGAAAUCUUUAUCACAAUUUUUGUUUACUUUUAAAGUCAGCAUCACACCUACAUUUAAGCAUAGGCUAAUUACAUUAGUAACUUUAUUUUGCCAAAUUAUGUAUUUUAGCAGUUUCAGAAGCACUAGGGUAGAAGCUUUGGGAAUUGCUAUUUUUGUUUUUAUUUUGGGGUAUACAGGAGGGCUGUCAGUUUUAAUUGGUUUCAGUGUUAGAUUAAUCAAGUCAAGCUUUCAUUUAUUAAUUGAUGGAGGUCUGUUUUAAUUGGUGAGGGCAAUUUUUAAUUGGUUGGGCUAUGAGUAAAGGGUAUCCUUGGAUUUUUGAGGCUAUUUUUUUACUGUGUUGGAAAAGAAACUAUUCAAGAUUGCCAUUCUUCAAAGAAUGAGGAGGUGGCUUUUGUGAGUUACCUUACAGUUAUUCCAGUGUCUCAAAGACAUCAUUCUAUUGAGAUUUUGGUAAUAUGGGUUUUUAUUUAAAUAUAAUUUGUUGUUCAAUUAAUUGGUUAAAAGGCACAUGCUGUACAAACUGAACAUGGUUUAAUUGGUUGACAGUCUUGUGUGGACCAUUUUUUUGUUAGAGUUUUAUGGACAGAUAGUGCUUUUGCUUUUCUGCUUUUACUGUCAUUAUUGCUAUGGUCAUUUGUUGUUAACAGCCUUGAACCUUUUGAGGAAAGGUGAAACAGAUUUAAAAAACAACAAUGCAAAACAGUAAAAAGUUUUUUCAGAGUCCAAGCAACAUUUCACAGUGACCCAAACAAUCUUAUGCUGCCCUCAUAUUAUAUACCAUUUCAUAGACAUAAACUUGUUAAGAAGGCGGGGGGAUUAAAUGAUAGGGUUGCUAUAUAGUCAAGACAGUAAAUUAACUAAUGCAUUUCUGUACCAUACUAGAAAGCAUUCAGUUUUUGGAUAUCAGAUUGCCACAACUUCCACCAUUACAGUCACCAGCAAGUUAUAAGGCUAUACACACUUCACUGAAAUAAAAUUAAUAUGGUUUGCCUGUACUUUUUUUUAUAAAAAGUACAAAAAUUGGCAUCUCUGGACUUUCAUAUCUCUUUCCUGUUUACAACCUGAGACAAUUCUACAUAAUUAUUCUCAAUUUGUAACAGAAUCCUACCUGCACCCUACCUGCACUUUAAUCCUUGCUAUGAUUGCAUAUUCCUUCCUUGCUGGUAUAGAGAUAUGAACACACUGGAUCAAAAGGGUUCCCUUCUAUAAAUGAAAGAAGGGUCCCUUCCAUGAACAGAAGGGAAAUGGAUCCUUUGGAAGCUUUGGUUUACAGAAGUGUGGGGAAUGGUUUUCACUUAUUUUUUUUCCUACUAGAGUCACCCCCCACACACACCUAGGCCAUUUCUCAUACUGUUCUAGAGGUUCCCCAACACUCUGAAGCAGAUAUUCAGGGGACACAGGUAGGGAAGUAUGAAAUUAGUAGUGUCCAUUGUGUCGCUUGUUCAUUGUAAAGCGAGCUGGUUUUGUUCUGCCGCCAUUCCAUUUCCACCCAUUACAUAGCUAUCCAUCCUGCUGUUUGCUAUGGUCUGCAUCAUUUUAUUCUGAAAUAUAGCUGUAUUACACUAUAAUUUACAGUUCAGUUGCCUUCCCAGUAUAUUCCCUUUCAAAGUUUAGUGAAUUUCCAGAGAGGCAAACUCAACCAACAGCCUUGUGGCAUCGCUCAUCACAAAGCAAUCUAUGGCUACAAACCUAACCACUUCUAUUCAUAAGCAAGUCCCAUUGAGGUCAGAGAAGCUUACUUCCAGAGGGGUGGGGUUAGUAUUGAAGCCACUCUCACUACCUUGAUUUCACAAUUCUGUAUAAAUCUGUCAUCCUAUGUCAUUUCCCUUCCUCAGGCAUCAGGGAGGGACAGUUUCAUUAUAAGGCAAUAUAACUGUAGCAGGGGCUUGGAGAAGUAAAGAAAUUUUAAACUUAAUUUUACUUUAAAAAUACAUAAUUGGUGUGGUAAAGGUAAAGGGACCCCUGACAGGUGCAGUCGUGGCCGACUCUGGGGAUGCGGCGCUCAUCUCGCUUUACUGGCCGAGGAAGCCGGCGUACAGCUUCUGGGUCAUGUGGCCAGCAUGACUAAGCCACUUCUGGCGAACCAGAGCAGUGCACGGAAACGCCGUUUCCCUUCCCACUGGAGCAGUACCUAUUUAUCUACUUGGACUUCGUGCUUUCGAACUGCUAGGUGGGCAGGAGCUGGGACCGAGCAAUGGGAGCUCACCCCAUCGUGGGGAUUCAAGGCUCUGUAGUUUAACCCACAGCGCCACCUACUGGUGUGGUAAAAAUGGUUAAAUCCACAGUUCUCCCCACUUUUACAAAGAGGUUGGAACUAAUGGAGGAGCACAGAUAAAAUUCACAGGUAGCAAGAGACACCACUACUUUCCACCUGUAAGAGCAAUAAUGAGCUAUGUAUUCCAUUGUUGUUUUUUAAAAAUUCACAAUAGGAAGCAAAUUAAGGCUGGAAUUCUAACCCCAGUUACUGGUGAGUAAGCCUCACUGAAUUCAGUGGGAUUUUCUUCUGAAUAGGCAUGGUUAGGACUGCAGUGCAUAUAGACUGCCUUUGGCAACACACAGCACUUCAGAAAUAUGAAAAGCAAAGAGUCACCUGUGUACAUCAGUGACUUUCUCACACCUUGGCAGCCCCUUUAUCGGCCAAAAACAAGUACCUUGCAUUAUUCACUCCCCCGUCUGUGUUCUCUUUCAAAGUAAAUGAAGCAGCUAGCCACUCAUCAAUUAGCCAUCUCACCACAGGGUUCUAAACCUCUAUUGAUCUUCAUUGUAGCCGUCUGGGGAAACAUCAAGCGAAGUGACAUGUCAAAAAGUGUGACAUUAAUUAUGUAUAAUUUAUGGACUUAAAAGAAAACCAAAGCCUGCUGUGGAUGAAUGUGGAUUGCAAUCUCUUAAAUUCCAGUCCUGAACACUGAGUGAACAUGCAGGUGGUAUUUCCAUAUGUCUUUCUGUUUAGCCUGAAAUUUUCUGACAUCCCUAGACACAGAGGAACCAGGCCCUGAGAGUGCCUCUGUUCUGUGAGUGUGUGAAAUGCAUAAUCAGUAAAACAUAGAAGCCACACAUAUUUCCUAGAAGCCAGCUUGGAAGAAAGAGGAAAUGGAGACAUGAUGUUACUAGGGGAUAAAAGAGACUGUUGGUCUGCUCUGGUAUCUUUUCCUCUCUUGCUCCCACCAGACCUUAAGGCGGUGCUUAACAUGGUAGUGCUCAAGCCUUCCUGGAAAUCAUCUGACUUGGAGCCCCUUCCUCUUCCAGAGGCCUCAUACAGCAGCAGAGAUGACAGGAGAAGAGGGCAUCCCACCAGGUUUCAGUAAUGCCUAUUAGGUCAUAUUUGCCAUUCUAUAUUAAGAGCAAUUCCUCUUACUUGUUUCCCAUACUCUGUGGGUUAGUAUAGAGACAACCAAAACAGCAAGUCAUUCCCUCCAGCUGUUUCCUUCUGGUAGUUUCCUGCCCUUUAGCAGGUUUCUGCAGCACCACCUCAGUUUCUUGUGCAUCAAUUAGGCUAUUAUAGUACCAAGUGUUCCACUGUCAUUUGUAAUAUUGCCUCCCUCCCCCUUUGAUCCAAAAGGAGCCCCCAGUCUGAAUCUGGGGCCUGUACCAAUUUCUUGCUGAAGAUUACCCCACUUUACAUAGUUCUCUGCCGCUUAAGGUACUGUUUGCCAUAAAACAUAUUCGGGGCAACUUAUAGUCGGGGGGUCGGGGUCAUUUCAAUGGAAUGCUGGCUCAAGACCCCAAUCUAAAUCAGGAGCACAUUCCAGUUGGGAGCCCUAUAGCUCUUUCUCCCUCCUCUGCAAAAAAAAGUUGACAGUUUAAACAGGUAGUCCUUCUGAUAUUGGUUGGCCAAGUCAUUGAAGGCAUUAUAUGUCAUUUUAUCAUCUUAAAUUGGUAGUGAAUUAGCAAUCAGUGCAGAUCCCCAUAAAAUGUGUCCUGUCAGAGACAUCCAACAGCAGCCUUGCCAUUGUAUUUUGCAGUAAUUGCAGCUUCCAAACAGUAUUCAAGGGCAGUUACAUGUAGAGCACAUUGAAAUAGUUCCAGUCUGGAAAUUACGCAGAGCAAAUAUUAUUGUAGCCAACCUAUAGUUAUCCAGAAAUGGCUGCAUGUGCAGAUAGUUUUCUUCAAGGGAGUAGCUUGAAUUUAAGUGUGAGCAUUGGACUCUCUGCAGAUGUGAGGAUAUGUGUUUUCCUGCUUUGGAAAUUAUAAGUUGAAUACAUUUUUGUGUUGUCUUAGCCACUUUAUUUACAUUUUAAAAAAACUCUUUUAAAAACACAAUUUAAAUCGACCUCCCAAUCUUUUGAAAGCAGCAUUGCCACCUUGAGGCAAAGAUGUGUUAAAACACAGACCAAAUGAAAAGGACAUUUCAAUUUCACUUUAAAAGGGGGAAAUGUAAUAAUAAUAAUAAUAAUAAUAAUAAUAAUAAUAAUAAUAAUAAUAAUAUUGCCACCUGCCCUUCGCCAUAAGGUCCCAAGAUGGUUUACAUUUUUUAAAAAAAGAUAAAGGGUAUUUUGGAAAGGGUGAAUAAUAAUAAUAAUAUUGCCACCUGCCCUUCGCCAUAAGGUCCCAAGAUGGUUUACAUUUUUUUAAAAAAGAUAAAGGGUAUUUUGGAAAGGGUGGAAUUCCAUAUAGAGCUGCUUCUUGUUUGGGGAUCACUCAUGGCUGAGUAAGAUUGUCUUCCAUGAACAUAGUCUUAAUAGUGAGUCCGUAAGUGACUGUAGAAGCCAAUUCCGGAUCCACACAUCCUUCCAAAGUGGGGAUAUAGGUUUCCGGGUGGGGAGUUGAUCAUGGUGAAGAUUUGCCAUACAGCUAAUUAGGGUGUGAAUGUGGGGAAUGAGGUCUACCUGUGCAAUUAUACUUUCCCCUGUGUGCGCCUGAAUCCUAUUCUGGGGCUUUCCCCACCCUCCACACCAGAUUUAGAGGGGCACCAGGGGGGAGGCAGGGGACCUUGUUCUGUGCACACAACUUAGUUAAAUGCUGCCCUAAACAACUUCACCCCAGAUUACCUUACUGAAGCUAUAAAGAGACAGUGCCUCUGUAGCAAGGGUGUUCCACAGUUUUGCGGGCAUUGCAUAGAAGACUGUCUCAUGAGCCCUCUCACCUCAUACUGCCAAAGAAGAUGUCACCAUAAGAAUUGUCUCUCCUCCUGUAGAUUGCCAUGUUCUGACCAGCAGAAAGAGCAGAAGGAACUCUUGCAGGUAUUUGGGGCCCAAGUCAUUUAGGGCUUUAAACCCCAAGGUGAGCACCUUGAAUUGGGCUUGGAAGGGAAUAGGCAGUUUGUAUAAGUGCUUUAGGAGGUGUUACGCUUGUCCUGACAAGUUGUCCCAGACAGGAGUGCCACAUUGUUCACUAGCUGCACUAGACAGCCCCGUAUAGAGGGCAUUGCAAUAAUCUAAUCUGAAGGUUAUCACAGCAUGGAAUAAAAUGGUCAAAUCAUUACUGUUAAGAAAGGGCCAUUGCUUGCAUACCAGCUGAAGCUGGAAGUAGGCACUCCUAGCCUUCAAGUUCACUUGGCCUCAAGCAACAACAGUGUCUCAAGGAAUACCUCCAAGGUAUGCACCUGUUCCUUCCAGCGGGAGUAAAACUCCACCCAAAACAGGCCAUCUCUGCACCUCAUGGACCUGACAACUCUGCCCACAUAGGACCUCUGUCUUAUCUGAAUUCAGCUUUGUGACUUACACAGCUGUUCUCUUAGAUAAGAAUGGUAACAACAAUCUAAUUCAACUGAGCAUUUUCUCUUGGUUAGUUUGCCUUACUGAGAUAGAGGACAGUAAGGACCUAUUGUUACUAACCCAGAAGUAUGUAGGAUGUGUAUCUUGCAUACUUCAUACUCCUAGGAGGACGAAAACUAUGCUGGGCAACAGUCUCUCCAGAUGUUUUUAAAUGCCAGCUGAAAAUGUUACCAGUGCACUCAUGUGGAAACUGGGAGUGAGAGAUUUCUUGUAACGCCUUAAGUAUGAAAAUUCUUCCUGUGUUAAAUAACCAAUUGCUUGUGACAGAGGAAGGUUGCUUUAUUGGAAUUUCUUGUUAAUUCCUUAGUAGCACUCAAAGUAACAGCAUUCAUAGAGUGGUGCAUGCCUCUUUUGCCAACAUAAGAGUGCAUGGUGCAUUUAAUACUGUGCUUUCACUGGCACCCCUGGAUGGGGUUUUCCAUUUCAAUUAAUGUUGUGUCUUGUCACUCAGAGAUAUUCCUCUACUGAUUUUUCUCCAAAUGCAGCCUGUACAUAGAAAUAUUAUUUGACAAUUUCCCCAAACCUGGAUAAUGAAACAUAAUUAUCUGCUGCAGUCUCUCUGCUGUUCAUCUGACUUAUAGGCACAUUGCAGUUACAGCUCCUUCAAGCAUAACAGCUCAUUACUAUACAUGUCUACUCAAAAGUAACUCUUGUUAAAUGGGAUGUGAUUUACUCACAGGUAAGUGGGUAAAAGAUUGUCCCUCAGUCAGCUCUUGUCUGAAGUCUCAGGUGCAGAAGUGGUUCCAAAUACAUAUCUUACAUACUUAUUCUCAACCACAUCCUUCUGACCCAAGGUCACACCAUUAUAACAUACUAGGUAUUGCUGUUUGGCUUUCUCUACAUUUUCCUUUUCAAGCUUGGCAUAGCAAGUGAAUGGGGAAAUAUGCUGGUGCAUUUGUGAUUUCUUCCAUGCUGCCCUAUGCUGGUAUCAUUUUAUAAUAUAGGAACAGUGGUUUAUUACCAGGGUGUAUUUUGAUACAGCUUUAUUACUUGGAACCACAACCAUUAUCCUUAGUGCAUGAUGUGCUGGUAUCCUAUACCAGAUUAGUGGAGCUAUAGCUGGCUGGGCAUAUCUGUCCUAUAAUACUCUCCUCCAAUUUCACAUCACUACUCAUUAAAAAAGGGAAGAUAAUUUUCUUUACAAUACUCUGACAAUUAUUUCUUCAAAAGAGCCUUUUACAGUUUUAUUGCCCUUGCAUAAUCUCCCACAUAUACUCAUAUUCAUUAAUUCAUAUUCAUCUCCCACAUAUACUCAUAUUCAUUAAGCCAGAAGAGACAUAAGGCUGACAAAUAGUUAAUGAUGGUUAAGAUAUCAAGAGCAGGCUGUGGGAUCAUGCACUCCAUGUCACUCCAUGACCUCUUUCAUGCCUCUCCAUUUCUACCUGAACACAUCAGUUGUAGCUAAAGCUUAAAGUGGCACUGUCUUAAACCCAUGGUUAAUGUACCGUAUUUUUUGCUCUAUAAGACUCACUUUUUCCCUCCUAAAAAGUAAGGGGAAAUGUGUGUGCGUCUUAUGGAGCGAAUGCAGGCUGCACAGCUAUCCCAGAAGCCAGAACAGCAAGAGGGAUUGCUGCUUUCACUGCACAGCGAUCCCUCUAGCUGUUCUGGCUUCUGAGAUUCAGAAUAUUUUUUUCUUGUUUUCCUCCUCCAAAAAUUAGGUGCGUCUUGUGGUCUGGUGCGUUUUAUAGAGUGAAAAAUACGGUAAUUGUUAUAGCUAAAUGUAAAUGGGUAAGGCUGGGGAAUUGGUGUGUGUGUGAGAGAGAGACAGAGAGAGAGACAGAGAGGGCAACUUUUGUGAGUGAGGCCAAGGGUGCAGAGGAGGGAGCAUAGAACUGGUCCGACUGCGCUGGCCCAAUUCAAAGUGCUAGUUUUGACCUAUAAAGUCUUAAACAGCUCAGGACUGCAAUUCCUCAAGGACCUCAUCUUUCCAUAUGAACCUAUCUGGACCCUAAGAUCAUCUUCUAAGGUCCUCCUCCAUGUGCCUCCUCCUUGAGAGUCCAGAGGGUGGCAACAUGACAACAGGCCUUCUGGAAUGCUCUCCCCAGGGAAGUUCGCCUGGCACCUUCAUUAGAUACCUUUAGGCACAAGGCAAAGACAUUCCUUUUUAAUCAGGCCUUUGGUUGAUUUGAUUUACAUCCUAUGCCCUUUUAAAAUGUGGUGGGGUUUUGGGGGGGGCGGGUAUUGGGUUGUUUUUAUUUUGAUUAUGUAUUUUGUGGUUUUAUAUUUUGAUUUUAUUUUGUGAACCACCCUGAGACCUCUGGGCAAAGGGUGGUAUAUAAAUUCAAAUAACAACAACAACAACAACAACAACAACAACAACAACUGCUUCAAAUCAUAGAAUCAUAGAAUCAUAGAAUCAUAAGUUGGAAGAGACCACAAGGGCCAUCGAGUCCAACCCCCUGCCAAGCAGGAAACACCAUCAGAGCACUCCUGACAUAUGGUUGUCAAGCCUCUGCUUAAAGACCUCCAAAGAAGGAGACUCCACCACACUCCUUGGCAGCAAAUUCCACUGUCAAACAGCUCUUACUGUCAGGAAGUUCUUCCUAAUGUUUAGGUGGAAUCUUCUUUCUUGUAGUUUGGAUCCAUUGCUCCGUGUCCGCUUCUCUGGAGCAGCAGAAAACAACCUUUCUCCCUCCUCUAUGUGACAUCCUUUUAUAUAUUUGAACAUGGCUAUCAUAUCACCCCUUAACCUCCUCUUCUCCAGGCUAAACAUGCCCAGCUCCCUUAGCCGUUCCUCAUAAGGCAUCGUUUCCAGGCCUUUGACCAUUUUGGUUGCCCUCCUCUGGACACGUUCCAGUUUGUCAAUGUCCUUUUUGAACUGUGGUGCCCAGAACUGGACACAGUACUCCAGGUGAGGUCUGACCAGAGCAGAAUACAGUGGCACUAUUACUUCCCUUGAUCUAGAUGCUAUACUCUUAUUGAUGCAGCCCAGAAUUGCAUUGGCUUUUUUAGCUGCCGCGUCACAAAUCUUGAACAAAAUCACCAGCUUCCUGUCUGUAUCACCUCAUAAUCUCUCCCAGAGUAAUGCAUCUCUUUUUUAUAAUUCAGAAUGGCCUGCAAAUUACCAAAUAGGAUAAUUAUGAUGAAUUACCACAUAAAAAUAUCAAAAAUAAAAGCAGCAUAAUAAUAAUAAGUGUUAAAUUUAUCCCAUACAGUAUUUCCAUGCAUGAGUCCCAGUUAGAUCUGUGUUGUCUAUGUUAUGAAACGCCUUCAUUUAGUUAGUUGCUAUAUUUUAUUUAUUUGGAUCCCACCACAGUGCUGUGGUUUCUGGGCUUGUAAUUAUUUCUAUAAAUAAAAUCAAUACACUAAGUCUGCAUUCUUGUGUCAUUAAUUCAUACUGAACCACAUUGAACUCAAUGGGAUUUACUAAACACACAUAAGCUAAGUCUGCAUAGCAGGAAUGUAUACAGUACUUGUAUGCAUAUGACCUAUUAAAAUGUCAUCAACUGGCUAAUCACUACUGUUAAAUUAUUUGUCCAGGAUUAAAAAAGAUCCUGUUAUGUCACAGACAAAUAAAUUCUGUAUUUGGCCAUAUAUUAUAACUUCACAUUUUAGUCUAUAAGAUUAAAAAGUGAUUAGUGAUUUUGUCUGCCCCCCCCCCAAUUAAACACCUCAUAUUUAGGGAUUUAGGAACAGGAAGUGUUAGUGUAAUAAAUAGUUACUGGAAUGUUUGUGUCUGGAUAGAAGUGAGAUAAAUGGUAACAUCUUCUGACAGGUGAAAUAAUGCAUUGUUUCCUCAGAUGUGAAGUCUUAGUUUGUUGGGGGAAAGCAGCCAAUGAACGUUUACCUCUUCAGCAGCUCAUUCAAAUAAUUAGAAAUAAUUUUAGUUUAGAAAGACGCUAAAGUGGUAUUAACAAAAGAACAUGUGGCUCUUAUCACAAUGAGAAUGAAAGUAACAAGAACAGUGAACAAUGCCAAAGCUGAAGAAAGCGCAUUGGCAUUAAUGAGCCAGAGAAAAGGGAAAGGAUUAGAGGGAAUGCAGGUACCUACUACACAAUAUGACUGCAGCUUUUUAGUCAAUGCUUGAAGGUAGAAGGCAGAUAGGAAUGAAAAGAAGUAAUUACUAAGAAAAAUGACUCAUGGCUCGCAGAAAUGUGUGGUUUACUCAUAAAAUGUUAUCACAUGAUUAAUCUGCAGCUAGGGGACUGAAAUGCCAAGUAUCUACAAGAUUGAAGUCUAUGACUUUUGCCAAAGAGGCUUCUUUCUGUUAUCUUUUGCACAUCCACAGAAGAGCAGAAACGGUUUUUGUUGAAAUUCUGCUGCCCCUAUAAUGAAUUAAGCAGUACUAACAGAGGCCCUUGAAAGUGUGCAAGUCAUUAGAAGCUAUGAGCCCUUAAGCCAGUAUUAUUAGGUAUCUACAUCUGGUUCCAUGAGUCCAAUGGAUACCUGUAGAUCGGAAUGGCCCAUUGAAAUCCACUAGAGUUAUGGCCAAGAGACACAGGCAGACUUCUCCCAUGUACAGGCAUUAGACCUGUGGAAUUUUGCACAGCUACUCUUCUGUUUACUUUAGCCUGUCCAAAGUUGACAUUGCUGCUUUUGGGUGAAUAGCAAGAGAAUUUUUACUGUUGGACCACAGGAAUUGGCAGCUCUAGACAUGCUGAGAUGAAAGAUGUUCCUUGUGGUCAAAAUCCCAAUGCUGAUUGACAGAACAUUAAUAGCAAGAAGGCUUGGAGAUUGCAAUAAGACUCCUUCCAACAUGAAGAUAGUCUUGGGAUUCUGUCACUGUCAUACCACUGGAAGGCAAGCUGAUGAAGUUUGGGGAAAGUUCCAGGAUAAGUGGCAAUGAGCCCUCUUUCCUUCUACAAGUUGAAAGCUCUGUAGUUCUAGCAUUGGGGUAGCAUCCCACAAAGAGAUGGGGCAGAGAGGAGUGGGCUGGUUGCUAAUGUGAUCUGCUUGAACUGUUAGCAGGCAUGCUUUUGUUUGAAUUGUUAAAAGGUAUGUAAAGCAAAGCGAGCUAAAUAGAGGGCAAGCAUGAUUCCCUGCUAGUUUCCUGGUGUGCAGAAACACUGCAAACAGCAUGGGAAAUAAAUGGGAAUACAGCUGAUUCAACACUCUCCCCUCCAGAGCAGGUCCAGGCCCUCCCUCCCUCAUAUGUGUGUAUGGACAAACAAACAGGAUGAAUAUUUCAAAGGAAAGCCUUGGAAGAGACAACUAGUUGCUGCCAUCCUAAGUAUGCUGGCAUCCAGACUAUGGAUCCCUUUGCUCCCCCUUCUUAGAUUUGAUUAAGUUAUUGUAUUGUACUGGUGCUUUAUGAUUUGUAAAAUGUCUGUGGGUAGGAGGCAAAAUACUUUGUGCACCAGCGUGGGCAGCAAGGAAUUAACAUUGGAGAGGCUUGUGGAAUUAACAAUGGAGAAGAAUAAAACAGAGGUAAUAUAGCUACUAAAAUGCAUAGUGCAGUUGUAAGAGCUAAAGUAAUUAGAAUAUUAGAAUUAGAAUAUAAUUAGAAUUAGAAUAUACAGCUGCUAAGUUAGUGUCAUUCAAACAUCAAUAUGUAAUGGGUAUUUCUAAUAGCUCAGGUGGCAUCCAUCUGUCUUGGAAGACCGUGGAGGAGUGCAUCUUUGGGGGUGAAGUCAAACUGUUGGAAGGUUGCAGCACCUGCUGUGGUUGUAGAGCCUGAUACAGGAGAGACAUGUUUUGUUGCAGCUGGGGCAGAUGAAAGCAUCCAUUUGUGCUGCUACAGAUACACCAUGGUGUUUCUUCUCUCUGAGCUCCACCAAGUGGUCAUUGCUCCUCUGGUCACUGACUGGUCACAUGCACGACCUGUCUGUCUGUCUCCAGGCAUUGCAGUCAUCUACAAGGGCAAGGUUGAUGUUCCCAGCUUCCAUGCCACAUUUGCAGACAUCUUUGUAAUGCUGAGUGCAUGGAGUGCUGGCGAUGUCCUGACCCAACAUAUUGGUCCUCGUCAGGCUGAACUCAGUGCAGCCUUGGGCAAAACAGUUGAUGGGUCUCUGAAGAGCUUCCUUGGAGUGCAUUGUCAAGGCUGUGUCAUCUGCAUACAACAUCUCUCAAAUAAGGACCCGCCACACUUUUGUCUUGAUGUGGAGAUGGUCCAGGUUGAACAGACCUCCAUCACUCGUUGAAUGGAUGUACACACCAUCUUCAGUUGAGCUGAAGGCAUAGGAGAGCAACAGGGAGAAGAAUAUGCCAAAGAGACUUGGGGUUGAGAACACAGCCCUGUUUCACACGGCUCCUUAUAGGGAAGGCAUCUGAGGAUCAGCUGUCAUAUUAGACGGUGCUGUGCAUGUUUUCAUGGAAGAACACAAUCAUCUUGUGAAGCUCAGGUGGGCAUGCUAUCUUGUUUAGUCCUUUUUGGCUAAUGAGAUCAAAGGCCUUGUCCAUGAAAGCGCUGUAUAAGGGGCAUCUCUGCUCUCGGCAUGUCUCCUGCAGUUGGCACAGCGAGAAAAUCAUGUCAACUGUUGAUCUCUGAGCUCUAAAGCUGCAUUGUGUCAAUGAGUGACUGCAAUCUGUUGAGAACUACAUGGCUGAAGGUUUUCCCCACAGUACUCAGCAGGGAGAUCCUAUGGUAGUUGUUAAAGUCAUGGUGGUCAUAUUUGUUCUUGUAGAGCAGGGGUAGGCAACCUAAUGCCUCUCAAUCGCCUUCUCAAUCCAGCCCGCAAACAAUCCAGGGAUCAGCAUGUUUUUACAUGAGUAGAAUGUGUCCUUUUAUUUAAAAUGCAUCUCUGGGUUAUUUGUGGGGCAUAGGAAUUCGUUCAUUCCCGCCGCCCCCCAUACAGAUCCGAGGGACGGUGGACGAUCCACGGCUGAAAAAGGUUGCUGACCCCUGUUGUAGAAGGUCACAAUGCUGGAGUCAUGCGUGUCUUGUGGCAUGAAUCUUUGUUCCCAACAUUGCAAGAGGGGGCUGUGGAGUUAUGUCAUGAGGGAGGAAUUGAAGCUGGCUUUCCGUGAUUCUGUCCUGCCCUGGGGCUUUACCUCAUGCCUGAGAGUUGAUGGCUCAUCAAGGGAGAGUCUGGAUACUGUCAGUUGCUAUGUCAGAGACCAUGCUUUCCUGUAAGUACAGUUCUAGAUAGUGCUCGGCUCAUCACUUCAUCUGCUUGCUGUGGUCUGUGAUGCUCCCUCCUGAGAAGGUUUUCAGAGGUGCAGUUUUCCUGUUGGUCCAAAGGCUUUCUUCAUGCCUGUGUACAUUUUGCAAGUGUUGCUAGUGUCAUCAGUGAGUUGAAUGCUCUGACAGAGCUUUAGGCAGUAAUUGCUCCCCUGAUGAUAUAAAAGGAGGAGUAAGUUAUUACCCCUCCCCAGCUGAACUGGGAGAAAAGAGUGCUUUGAAAGAGUGAAACAUGUCACUUGCUAACCAGUGUAACAAGAAACAAUGGUUAGCUGCGAAAUGAGCCAACUUCAAGCAAUGGGGCAAGAACCUGGCUUGUUUUAACUAGACAUUUUAUAUUCACUUUCUUCCUCACCAGGGUAUCGCCCCUGUCCCAUUAUGUGCCUUCCUUGUCUCCCCAUUUCUUCGCUCCUCAACUGUAUUGAAACUUCCUUUGGUUUGGUGUAAAUUGUUUUCCUCUAAUCAUUGCUUCAAAAUGGAAUCAACAGUUUCCUAUUUUGUUAUAUCCUUUUAAAAAUGAAAUGGAUUUAGCAAGUAAGUUCUCUUGGAAAUAUGGUUGGUAAGGAGGAGGCAAAGCUGUUGUGUGGCUGCUUAGCAGCACCUUUUGCAGAUCAUUCCCUUGUUUACAACCGUUGUGGUAGACUUCAGACCUUCAUUGUUGAUAUCCGUAUUUUGUUAUAGUCCCAUUAACCAUUUACAGUGCAAUUAGUAUAUUUGCAACAAUAAACUAUGUGAAUGAUGGUGAAAACGGCUUUUGCUAUGUGGGUAAGGUUUUCCUAUGCUUUCAGUGUUUCUUUAAAAUUUCAUCAGGCAGCUAGAAACACACGAAGGUUAGUUGUCUGUCAAAGUAGAUCAGCGACUGUAGAGCUAAGCUAGUCUCGGCCUCCUCCCAGAGGAAUGGCUCAGUUUGUUUUGGUGAGCUGAAAUGAACCUUCUAUUUGAAGAAGUGGUGAAAAGAACUGAAUCUCAGUAAGUGCCAGCAACUCUUCAAACAUUUGGGCUUCGUAGACACCCCCCCCCCUUUCAUGUAUGCUUUUUCUUCUAAUUCCCAGUUAAGCAAAAAGCCUGCCUUUCACCUCAGGCAUUCUCUCCAAAGAUGAAGUGGUGGGCAUUCUUUUCAUAUCAGGAAAAGAAAAGCACCUUUAAGUUUAUUUCAGAGAUGAAGGUUAGACCCAUUAUGAGCAAUGCAGCACUACUCAGGUGCAACAUUGGCUAAAUUGGAUGGUGGUCCAGCUGCAGUCCUAUUUGGAGGAAGAUUCCCCUGCUUCAGUGGGCUACACUCUGCUACUACAGUGUAUUAAAAGUUGUACUACUUCUGAGGAUGGUUUAGAUAGAAACUACAGCUCUGCCAGUGCUCCUGGCUCAGCCUCUCACCCCACUGAGGGGAAGGAACUACAGCCACAUACACCCUUGUGUGCAGUAAUGGUUUGUUCUGCAUCUGGUCUAUGAUUCUGCAAAGCGAAAUUGCUUGUGAGUCUGUGGCCAGUAGUGGUAGUGACAGAAAUGGAAUGCCUCCGAUUCACCGAUGGAAAGCUUGUCUGCAUGCAGGGAGGAUUGCUUAACCCGUGUGGUAGGCACUGCUCUCAGCUUCUGCUCAUGAAGAAAGUGGCAAGGAAUGUAGUAAGGGGAUGGGGAAAUAAAUGAAAAGUAGUUAAAGCAGUUACAUUUUGCAGCAUGGAGCUCCCUCUUUCCUUUUGUACCUGUGUGAUGUACUCUUCUUUGCAUGCAUCCCUAGCUGGGGCUGGGGCUGCGUUUUGAAUGUGGAGCCCUUGAGACAAGGUAUAAGAACAGAAUCAUAGAGCUAGAUGAGACCUCAAACUUGGGUCUCCAGCUGUUUUGGGACUACAAUUCCCAUCAUCCCUGAACACUGGUCCUGCUAGCUAGAGAUGAUGGGAGUUGUAGUCCAAAUACAGCUGGAGACCCAAGUUUGGAAAACCCUGAUCUAGCCCAGCAAACAGCUGGUGCAGGAAAUCCACUGCUACAGAAACUCCGAUAUGUGUCAAUCCAGCCUCACCUUUUAAAAGUGAAAGGAGAGUUCACCACCUUCCGCGGCAGCCUGUUCCUCUAAAGCAGGGCUGGGGAACCAUAUGUCAUUUUCCAAGCCUCUCUAUCCAGCUCUUGGCUACAGUUCUCACUGGCCCUGCUCAGCAGCCCUUGUAAGUGCUUUUACCUGACUGAAAUGUCUUAUUGAACUGUGUUAAUGCCUUUUGCCUUUUGGCUGCCUGAAAAGUGUGUGCAUGCACACGUGCCAUGUAUAGGUAUGUAAACCUGACUUUUGUGUGGUUGGAAUGUAGCCUGCUAUGCAAAGGUGAAAGCCAUAGCCAUUUCUCUGCCCAGUUUUGCCUCUGGCUUCUGGCUCCACCCUCCACUGGCAUGCAUCCCCUGGAAGUCUGCAUGUGAGGGAACAUGACAGUCAGAGGAAACUUGCACAAAUUGUUGAAAAGGCAAUCUGCCUCUCCUACCUCAAAUAAGUACAGUGGUACCUCGGUUUAAGAACAGCCCUGUUUACGAACUAUUCAGUAUACGAACUCCACAAAACCAGAAGUAGUGUCCUGGUUAGCGAACUCUACCUUGGUCUAUGAACAGAAGCCGAAUGGUGGAAGGGCACCGGCGGCGGGAGGCCUCAUUAGGGAAAGCGCACCUUGGUUUAAGAACGGUUUCGGUUUAAGAACGGACUUCCGGAACAGAUUAAGUUCGUAAACUGAGGUACCGCUGUAGUUGUGAAUUUUGUUGGUUGUAGCGCCUCUUGUCAAACUUUUACAGUUUCAAAAGCGGGUUUAAAACACUUCAUUUAUCUCUUUACAAAUACUCAAGACAUUGGGCUAGAUAGACCAGUUGUCUGUCUCAGUAUAAGGCAGCUUCCUAGGUUCCUCAGAUCAGUACAUUUUUGCGUGGUAUGACAGCCUAGCUUGUGCCAAGCUCAAACAUCCAAAAUAAGAAUGUUAUAAAUUUCUGUCUUGCCACUGGUAAGGUUUUGGUUUAGAAUGCUUUUUUUUAUAGUCUGGCCAAUGAACAGCCUACUUUCUUGUUUCCCUGUGUGACCCAUAUAGCUAUCAGGGGUAGAGAUGUGGGAAAAAUUUGAUUCAGGUCUCAUUUAAAGCCGAAUCUAUCAAAUUCACACUUUCCAGAAGGAUAUGCAAUCCCCCAUGCUUUAAAAUUUGCACUUGUCUGAAUUUUAGUAUCCCAGUUCGCCAACCAUCGUUUAAAAAAAUGCUUUCAUUAAGAGAAAGUAUUGCUGAAAAUGAAUAUAUUGGUGGAAAAGACAUAGCAUUACAUUAGGAGAAAUUGCUUGCAAAAACUGCAAAUAAAAAUGUGCUUAUUAGGAGAAGUUUGCACUAAAAUGCUGGUGGAUUUUCAUUAGGAAUUUUUAAAACAAACAAACAAACCCCAAACCACAAAUUGCUGUGAAAUGUGGAGAACUGAAUUUAAGAUUAGAAAAAUGAAGAGAACUGAAAUUGACCGGUCUUUCAAUCCCUAGUCAAGUAUUCCUGGUUUAUGCUAGACAUUUUAAAGAAAAAAUGUUGAUGCAUCUUCAGGGUAAAUGGCUAGAACAUAGGAUUGCAGAAGGGCUACAUAAAGAAGUUCCCCCCUUUUUUCGCUAGACACAGUCAAGCUGGCAACUGACUUCCUACAUUGGUUGGCACCACAAAAACAUGACACAAGUGUGACUUUUCUUCCAAUAAAGUUUUUUUUUUGCUUCAUUUAAAGAGAGAUAGGUUCCUACUAAUCAUGCCUGGACAAAUUAGCAUUUAAAUAUGUGUAAAGUAUUUUGAGCUAUAGUGCUUGGUGCUGGAGGCAGCAGUGAAUAAACAAAAACAAAAAAAACUUCAAGUAUUUAGGCCCUUCUAUCCCUCAGUUCCCUUUUCUCAUAAUGAAUAUGCUGUAUUCAUUGGCGUCUGUAAGUAACAUUAGCAGAAGGUAGGAGAGGGACUGCUUAGCAACCCACAGAAAUCCCAAAGAGAGGUGGAAAGGAAGUGAUUUUCAUGUAAUUAUUCACUGCUACAAAAGCUGUUGUCAGGUAGACACUAGAAACAUAGCUGUUUUAUUAUUCCCCUAACCUACUUUUAAUCUUUUGAGAAUCACUUCCAUUAAAAGAGGGGGAAAGAAAGGGCUUAAUUCAGCCAUUUUAUGCCUAACCAUUUAAGUUCUGUUUUCUCCCCUAAUGAAGCCUCUGCUUACAGAAGCUGUGUUGUUGAAAACCCCUGGGUAGUAAAACCUCAGAAACAAAAUGAGUCCGGUAUCCAAAUACUGCACAUUUGCUGCUAUUUAUAUACACAAUGUAGAGUUCAUAUUUUGUGUUGCUUUAUUUUCCUGUUGAAUCGCAGCAUUUAAGGGCGAGACAAACUGAAGGUGUAAUAAGAUUCUAUGUACACGUAGUAAUGAAAAGCUUGGAUUACUGUGGUGAAAGGUUAAACAUACUUAUAUUUGAUCAUACUGGAGCACUUUCUGCACUUAAGAUGCCACAGAAGGCACAAUUUAAGUCUUGUUUGCUUGUGAGAUUAAUUCUUGGGCAGUCCCUGAGUUGUGGAACUCCUUGCCUACAGAGGUCUGUCUGGCAAUGUCAUUGUACAGUUUUCAUUGGUGCUGCAGAUGCGCCUCUUUACCCUGACCUUUGUCCACUGAGAUGUUCAUUUUUUAGGACCCACUCUAUUUUUGUGAUAUUUUUAAUUGUAAGUUUUUUAUCUGUUUAAACAGUAUUUUACAUUGUAGUCUACUCUGGGACCUUUAAAACAAAACAAAACAACAACAGCAACAACAACCAGCCCAUAAAUUGUGUAACAUCUCAGCAACAUGUCUACUUCCUUCCUCCCAAACUUAGAGAAAAGCUCAGAAGUAUCAAAGAAUUUUCAAAAACAGAGUUUUGUUUUCAACUUCAGGAAAAUUGCUAUUUAAAAUGUAAAUAAUGCCAACACUCAUCAACAAUAAUGCAUAAUUUAUGUCAGUCUUCAACUAUAAAAUGAUUAUUCAUUCCUUGAUGAAAAUAAGCAUAGUAAACAGCUUUCUGUAUCUGGAAGAGUCUGUUUUAUAUAGUAGUAGAUCUGAAUUUCAUUAUAAGUGCUCUGGGGGAGGGGGAGGGAAAUGCUGUAGUUGGGCUAAAACAUCUGUAUAGCCACUAAUAUGCAGGGAACUUUUUCUCAAACAUUUCUUGUGUGUGACUGAUAGUUGAAUACUGCAGAGGAAGUGUGCUUCAGAGCAAGCACUACUUAGUAGAAAUAGUAUAAUCAAUCUAUAAAGUAAUUAAUUAUACAUUUAAAAUAUAGAGGUUGUUCUCUGUUGUAUUGAAACUCAAAAUUUUAAUGGCUUCAGCAAAUUUCUGAAUCACACAUUUAACUGUAAGAAGUUGUUAUCAGUCACCAGAAAUCAUAGUAUUCAAUUUAAUGCAAUGCAUGUUAUACUUAUAUGUUAAAGGGAUGCGGGUGGCACUGUGGGUUAAACCACAGAGCCUAGGACUUGCCGAUCAGAAGGUCGGCAGUUUGAAUCCCCGUGACGGGGUGAGCUCCCAUUGCUCGGUCCCUGCUCCUGCCAACCUAGCAGUUUGAAAGCACGUCAAAGUGCAAGUAGAUAAAUAGGUCCAGCGGGAAGGUAAACGGUGUUUCCGUGCACUGCUCUGGUUCGCCAGAAGCGGCUUAGUCAUGCUGGCCACAUGACCCGGAAGCUGUACGCCAGCUCCCUCAGUCAGUAAAGCGAGAUGAGCACCACAACCCCAGAGUCGUUCGCGACUGGACCUAAUGGUCAGGGGUCCCUUUACCCUUUACCUUUAUGUUAUACUUAAACUCAUAGGGAGGAAUUCAAUGUAGCACUGAGUGGGGAAUGCACAUGAGGAACUUGGUGCUCAUGCAGUAGGACUUUGCCUCACUCUCCUUUUCCUGCACCUGACCUGUUGUGAGGGUUUGCCCAUCUCUCCAGAGCAGAUUUAGGGGGGAAGUCCCAUUGUACAAGUAGAGCUUGUUCCACAACUGCAACAAUGUCCUUGUAUCUCACCUUUCAGUUUUAGCAAAGUCAUGUUCAUCAUACCCUCUUCCGAAAUAUUUGCUGACUUUUAACUGAAACAAAAGUCAAAGAGAGCAGGUUCUCUAUUUCCCUUCUUUUCUAUUGUAAAACUGGGGUGUGGUGGAACCUUUCCCAGUACAAAAAUCUUGAUCAGUUAUGCCAGAAUUGUGUUGUGUGUCGAGGUCCCCAAGCCACCCCCAAAUAAAUCAUAAUUCACACAGAAUUUUUGUUUAAGGUUUUUGGCAUAAUUUUGGCCACAACUUUAUUAAAAUACAUAAAUGUGAGUGGUUGCUUAGGCACUGGUUCCGACUAUCUGUCCCCGUCCAGGGACAGAACUGACUUCGGAUUCCAGCGAAAGCCAGUAAGGGAAAACAAUAUUGGGGAGAAAAUGGAGCCGGGCACCACACCCUCACCUCUCCCUGCAUGCUCCCAGGGGCUUGCGCGGCCCAAGCCCCAUGCCAAGGAUUUGGACGAAAGCAUGGCGAGCCCCUGGAUUCCUUUAACAGAAUUCCCUUGCAGCAGCAGCAUUGGAGGGGCAGGCACUGCCAACCACAUCCCCUCCACCAACCAAAAAUUAACCAAUGCCUAAACACAACCUUACAAGUUGUGAUGAUUUGCUACGCAGUAGGCAAAAACCGAAUUUUGUUGUUUAGUCGUUUAGUCGUGUCCGACUCUUCGUGACCCCAUGGACCAGAGCACGCCAGGCACUCCUGUCUUCCACUGCCUCCCGCAGUUUGGUCAAAUUCAUGCUGGUAGCUUCAAGAACACUGUCCAACCAUCUUGUCCUCUGUCGUCCCCUUCUCCUUGUGCCCUCAAUCUUUCCCAACAUCAGGGUCUUUCCCAGGGAGUCUUCUCUUCUCAUGAGGUGGCCAAAGUAUUGGAGCCUCAGCUUCACGAUCUGUCCUUCCAGUGAGCCGAAUGGCACCAGCCAAUCAACCAAAUGGACAAAAUUCCUACCAGGCCCCUGCCCGAAAAGCAGACGACCCCAUGACAGGCAUAGCAAGGUCAGACGCAAGAGCCCUAAAUUAGGGAGGGUGGGCGAGUGAUCCGGUACAAGCUGCAAAAGAGAAUGCUCAAUGCUGCAUGCCCUGCAUAUAAAACCUUUGGUCCAUCCCACAAAUUGGCAACAUCAAAAUUAGCCCAGUAACCCAAACAGCCCAAUCACUGCCAAUGACCAUCUAAAUGAUCCCACCCAGCAACUGAGGGGGUGGCCUGUCAGACCCCACCACAACACGUGCUCUCCAUGAAGGAGAACACGCUUUAUAGUAUCUCAUAAAUUUAGGGACGCAGGUGGCGCUGUGGUCUAAACCACAGAGCCUAGGGCUUGCUGAUCAGAAGGUCGGCGGUUCAAAUCCCUGAGGCGGGGGUGAGCUCCCGUUGCUCAGUCCCUGCUCCUGCCAACCUAGCAGUUCAAAAGCACGUCAAAGUGCAAGUAGAUAAAUAGGUACUGCUUCGGCGGGAAGGUAAACGGCGUUUCCGUGCGCUGCUCUGGUUCGCCAGAAUCAUGCUGGCCACAUGAUCUGUACGCCGGCUCCCUCGACCAAUAAAGCAAGAUGAGAUCCGCAACCCCAGAGUCUUUAUCUCAUAAAUUGGAUAGAGUCAUCUCUAUUCAACCUUUAUUCUUCGGGAAUAAAUCAGAUAUAAUAACACAAGAGGAACUCACCAGCAGACUCCAAAUCUCCAAUGAGAACGUUGACUGUUUUUUGGGAGGAGGGUUGGGAAACCCGGUGGGAAAUGGAGUAUCCUGAAGAUACUUCACACUGCAAAAUUUUGUCACAGAAUUCUUUGUUGUGAUUCAUAAUUCCUAGAGUUAUUAUUUAGGCAUGGUGGGUGAGAGAGAGAAAAGUAAACAGGAAAUCACUAGGAAAUCUUUGGAAAUGGCAAAUUAUUCACAGUUCCGGUUGUUGUAAACUAUUAAUUUCUGAUUAGUUUGGCUUAAUAGUAUAGGGUUGCCAUAUGUCCUCCUUUUCCAGGACACAUCCUCUUUUUCAUGGGUAUGUAAAUUGAGAGUUGUCAUAGCGAUCCAUAGUUAAAAGUGGAAGUCAGCUAGUGUCCUCUUUUUUGCUCUUCAAAAUAUGGCAACCAUACCAAAUGAACAUCGCUUCAUCACAUAAGAAUCCUUCCUUUAUUAUAUUGACCCUUUGUAGAUUCUUAUACUCACUGAGGAAUGUAUUUGUGAGCAUUGCUUUCUGAUCUUUGCGAUCAACACCAUCAAAUGUACAUUCCAAUAACACGCUUGAUAAAUUUGUUAGAUCUGCUAGAUUUCCCUGUUUCUAGUAUUUUACAACCAUGAUAUAUAAAGCAGCUGGCAAUGAUGGCAUGUUUCAAAGAUAUCACUUCAUCUCUUCAAGUCACUUCAUUACAUUCAAUAGAUCCAUUGUAGUUCCAACUUUGUAAUUUGCAGCUUUGUUGUGAUCUCUUUUUUAUAUAAAAAAAGUUUUGAAUGACUUAUUUUUACCACCCCCUUUCUCUGGAGCUUCAAAAUAUUAUAUACAAUAGUUUUUGCUCUUUCCAAACCUACGUUAAAAUGGUAAAAUCUACAGGGUAGGUGUGAACAGACUUCCUCAUCCCAUCCUCUUCAUAGCAGCUUCCAAAACCCCACCGUGAGGAUUCAGGAACCCUGCUGAAUUGGGAGGGAAGCUGAGGUAUGGUGGGCUGAUUAGAAGGGGGAAAUUCUUUAAAACCGAGUGGAGGCUUCCUCCCCAAACUGAACUCCUGCCUGGAGAAUUAGUUUAUGCAGAGUUUUCAGAGAUUCCUCCCUUCUCCCCCUGCGGCCAUGCAGUAUCACCUUAAGGGAGCCUGGGCGGUGGUUUUUUUCCAUAACGGGAUGUAACAGCCCCAUUGGGUGAUCCUGGGGGAUCAUGAAUUGACAUCUGUAAUUAACAAAGUUAUGGCCUUUUCAAUCCCAACACACCUGUCCUGUGUCAUUUGUUGAUGUCACUAUGGCACCACCGCUCCUGGCUCUACUCAGCCCACAAAGCCCUUUGCUGGGUGUGGUGGUUGGGGCCACAGUGACGCCAUGGCAGGGCUGAUCUCCCUUCCUCAGCUUUUGGCACAGUGGGAGGUGAUGCUCCUGGUUCCUCUCACUGCACUGGUGGCUAGGUACUUACUUGUAAGGCCAAUUGCAGGUGAGCUGGGGGUAUGGCUGGGGAGCAGACCUGAUGGAGAUAUUAUUCUCUGUGGUCAACUUCCUCAUUUUCUUUUUUUUUUUUUAAAUAAUUUUUAUUAAAGUUUUAAACAAAGAAAAAAGAAAAAACAACACACACAAAAAAACAAUACAAAAUUUAACAAUAAAAACACACAACAUAACAAUUUAAAACAAACUCUCUUUUACAUUCCCAAUUUUGAAUUACUUAUUUUCUGGACUUCCUCAUACCUCCCUCUUUUGUAUUCCAAUCUACAUUAUUUGUCCAGCAAUUUCUUUUCCACUUUUUUUAAACCCAAUCUUUAAUUUAAUAAAAUAUUAAACUAUAUAACAUAAACAUAAUCCUUGUUCUUAAUGUCAUAUACCUUUAAAUUUUUCCCAAUCUUAAUCUUUAAUCUUAAUCUAUCCUAGCUUUAACCUGUACAGCUGGAAACCACUUAUUUUCAAUCCAACAUCACUCUAACAUUCCUUAAUUUUGCAGUGUUUCUGAAGAUAGUCUUUGAAUUUCUUCCAAUCUUCCUCCAUCGACUCUUCUCCCUGGUCACAGAUUCUGCCAGUCAUUUCCGCCAAUUCCAUAUAGUCCAUAAGUUUCAUCUGCCAUUCCUCCAGCGUGGGAAGUUCUUGUGUCUUCCAAUACUUUGCGAUGAGUAUUCUUGCUGCUGUUGUUGCAUACAUAAAGAAAGUUCUAUCCUUUUUAACACCAUUUGGCCCACUAUGCCCAGGAGAAAGGCCUCUGGUUUCUUGGGAAAGGUAUACUUAAAUACCUUUUUUAAUUCAUUAUAUAUCAUUUCCCAGAAAACCUUAAUCUUUGGGCACGUCCACCAAAGGUGAAAAAAUGUACCUUCAGUUUCUUUACAUUUCCAACAUUUGUUAUCGGGCAAGUGAUAAAUUUUCGCAAGCUUGACUGGGGUUAUGUACCACCUGUAUAUCAUUUUCAUAAUAUUCUCUCUUAAGGCAUUACAUGCCGUAAAUUUCAUACCAGUGGUCCAUAACUGUUCCCAGUCAGCAAACAUAAUGUUAUGUCCUACGUCCUGUGCCCAUUUAAUCAUAGCCGAUUUUACCGUUUCAUCUUGAGUAUUCCAUUUCAGCAGCAAGUUAUACAUUCUUGACAGAUUCUUAGUAUUGGGUUCUAACAAUUCUGUUUCUAAUUUCGAUUUUUCCACCUGGAAGCCAAUUUUCCUGUCUAAUUUAAAUGCCUCCAUUAUUUGAUAAUAAUGAAGCCAGUCUCGCACUUUGUUUUUAAUUUUUCAAAACUCUGCAAUUUCAGUCUAUCUCCGUCUUGUUCCAAAAUUUCCCAAUAUUUCGGCCAUUUGACCUCCAUAUUGACCCAUUUCAAGGCUUUCGCUUCCAUUGGUGACAGCCACCUUGGGGUUUUAUUUUCUAGCAAAUCCUUAUAUCUUAUCCAAACAUUAAAUAGCGCUUUCCUGACAAUGUGGUUUUUAAAUGCUUUGUGUGCUUUGACCUUAUCAUACCAUAAAUAUGCAUGCCAUCCAAAUACGUUAUUAAAACCUUCCAAAUCCAAAAUGUCAGUGUUUUCAAGAAGUAGCCAUUCUUUCAACCAGCAAAAAGCUGCUGAUUCAUAAUAAAGUUUAAGGUCUGGCAGGGCAAAUCCACCUCUUUCUUUUGCAUCUGUUAAAAUUUUAAAUUUUAUUCUAGGUUUCUUGCCCUGCCAGACAAAUUUAGAAAUGUCUUUCUGCCACCUCUUGAAACAGUCCAUUUUGUCCACGAUCUGCAAAGUUUGAAACAAAAACAACAUUCUAGGCAGUACAUACAUCUUUAUCGCAGCAAUACGGCCUAGCAGUGAAAGCUUCAGGUUUGACCAAAUUUCUAAAUCUUUUUUCACUUCUGACCAACAUUUUUCAUAGUUAUCUUUAAAUAAAUUCCCAUUUUUUGCUGUCAUGUUAAUCCCCAAGUAUUUAACUUCCUCAUUUUCUUCCAUGGAAGGUACAUAUGUCCCUUCUCAGUUCUGAGGCUGGUACCCCCUCUGAAAAGAGUUAGACAAAAAUGGCUUCAAAAUGAUUUGUUUAAUUUCAUUGCUCUCUCAGCUUCCAAAAGUGUGGUCUCUGGACUAGUAGCAAAGGUUUAUGGAAUCAAGUUGAUCUAGUAGAUACCGUCCUCCUUAUAGACUAUGCAGACAUUAUUUUUAUUUUAUUAUUAUUAUUAGUAGUAGUAGUAGUAGUAUUAGUAUUAGUAUUAGUAUUAUUAGUAUACCGCCCUUCAUCCGUAGAUCUCAGGGCAGUUCACAGCAUAAAAUACAAUAUAUAUUUUUUUAAAAAAGCAUAAUAAGCAUACAACGUAAUAAAAACAAGAACAAAACAAAACAAUUAUCUUCCUCUCCUGUCCCUCUAGCUAUUUGGCAAAUAUGACAUCACAGCAAUUCUGACAUAUCAAUUUUACUCCACGGAUACCAAUGUUAAUUCCAAAAGUAGCUUCAGUAUGGCAUUGGUAAGAUGUAUGUUUGAAAAUGCAUUGUAAAAAAAAAAACAUUGCUGCAAUAUUCCACCUAAUGAAAGAAUUGUGAGAUGCUAUUUCCAAGAGUUUGAGACCACUUUAGCCCACAAAUUAUCUUUAAAAAUCCAUUUUGGUUUGCCAUGCAAUGCAGAGAACUGCUGUUGAAGAAAUGAGAUCUCCAGACUUCUUAGUUAAAAUGUGUUUCGUAUCCAUUUUUCUCACUAUGAAGUAGAACAUUUUACAGAUGUAAUCAGCUAUAUUUUACUCAUCAUGACAGCAGUGAAACCAUUUUAACUUGUGACACAAAUUAAAUGUGAUCGUACUAGUGCUUCAAAACAGAAACACUUCCAGCUUUCAACAACUUGAGAAAUCGGCGCCUCUUAGAAGUUACAUGUAAAAUACAUUUUUUUCUUUUUUUAUGAUUUGGAGUUCCAUGAGACAACUGGUAAUUCAAUCCAAUUUCUAUCUUGCAUUAAGCAUUUUGUCGUGAAAUUUUAACGGUUAAAUGAUCUACAAACAGAAUAAAUUGCUAGAUAGGAGUAUUAUCCAUGGUUGGAUUUCUCUCUGGGUAGCUAACCUGUAUGCAAUGUUGCAAAAUGCUUUUGAAACUCCCUGUAGUUCCAAAUGCAGUUUUCUGUGAUCGACAAAAGAAGCAGAAAUGGUUUUACAGUUCAUUGAUGCUGACCAUAACUUUUACAUUCACUAUACUCAUCAAAGAAUAAGUUACAGUUCAGUCACAUCUGGAAUGCUGUGUCAGAGUUGGCUUUUGGGUAGCACAACCGGUUGAGCCUAGGGGGCACCACUGGGUUUCACAACUAUGAUGUAAUGAACUGCGCAGAACAGAAGGCAAGAGACAAGGGCCACCAAAUUUUGGCCUUGCACAGGGCACCACUGAAAUUUGAAAGACCAAAGUCCUCCCCUAGCUGUAUGCUGUUGUGGUUGCUUCAUCUAAAAAAAGAAUACAGUGGCACUGUACUUGAACUUAAUCUGCACUUGAACUUAACCUGUUCCAGGAGUCCGUUCGACUCCCGGAACCAUUCGAAAACCAAGGUGCGGCUUCCGAUUGGCUGCAGGAGCUUCCUGCACUCAAUCAGAAGCUGUGGAAGCCACAUUGGACGUUCAGCUUCCGAAAAAACGUUCGCAAACUGGAACACUCACUUCUGGGUUUGCAGUGUUUGGGAGCCGAUUUGUUUGGGAGCCAAGCCGUUCAAGUACCAAGGUACCACUGUGUAGUUAAACUUGAAAUGAUAAAGGAGAAGGGGCUGGAGUUGCCAUGGGGAAAUGGUGAUGGGAAGUGCAUGGCCUGGAGGCAGUGGGUAGAGUAUAUCUAUGUGACUCAUAAAAUCAUAAGAGUUGGAAGGAAUGCAGGAAUAUACAGCUGACCCUUAUGGGGAUCGAACCUGCGACCCUGGACUCACACUACUAGAAUUCAGGGUUAACCGAUGAAGUGGCUUCGCAGUAGAUUCAGGAGAGGUAAAAGAAGUUUAUGAAAUUUACUGCCAGAAGAUGUAGCAAUAGCCUCUGGCUUAGAUUACUUUAAAUUGAGAUGUAAACAAAUUCACAAGGGAUAGGUCUGUCAACUGUGACAGAACCCGCUGCUGUUUGAACCCGCUGGAUAUGGUACGGUUCUGAUACUGUAUGGGUGACAAGCAGCAGAAUGAAUGAGCAGAAACAGAAUGAUGAUAACCGUUAUAUAGCCAUGAAGGAAAUUCCUCAUUCAAGUCUAUUACACUGGUCUGAAAAAAAUGUAAUCUUUGCAAUUUCAAGUGAAUUGGAAAAAAAACAAAACCCACCACUGGAUAGCACUAGAAUCUAAUUUCAAGGCUUCUUCUAAUAAUUUAUGAUCUGCUUACCUUAUAGUAACAAGGAUUUUUUUUUUUACCUUUUUAUAAUUAUUGUUAUUUUUUGUGUUUGCAGGUCUGGGUGGAUGCUGGAACACAAAUAUUUUUCUCUUAUGCCAUCUGCCUGGGGUGCUUGACAGCCUUAGGGAGCUACAACAACUACAAUAACAACUGCUACAGGUAAUACACGAUUACAGUCAUGUUUAUUUUUUCUGUUCAGUGGUCUAGUCUGGCAAAUAUGUACAUGACUGUUUGAGGUACCCAACUAAAUAACUGCGUAUGUGGAACAACUUCACUUCGCUGCCCCCCACUUCACUGCUAAAUCUUUGCUGGAGGGUUGCAGGAACUCCCAAAACAGAUUUAGGGGAUGUGCAAGGGAAGGAGAGGAAGGAGAAGUUCAUUCGCGCAUUCAAAAGUUAUUUUAUGUGUGCAGUGGAAUAGUUGCAUAGAGCUGAAUAUAUACUAGUUAGAUACACAGAACAUGCUUGAGUACUGUGUUUCACACAAUGACAUUUUAAGGGUUCUGAGCAUUACUUGAUCCCUUUGCUUUUGAACUGAUUUUUUUUGAAAACGGUAAUUUGGGAGGAAGAAUUAAUGUUCCAUUAUUAAAGUUAUAAAGAUAAAUAUAGAAUAGAUAAUACAUUAACUGUGUUUUAGGCACACGUAUGAUGCACGCAUUAUACAAAAAUUAACUAGCACAAGUGCUAUCAUUUGUGAAUAUUUUUUCAUGUACUUAGAUUUCAGUCAUAUCCACUUACCUGGGAGGAAGCCUCACUGAACAGGGUGGGACUUAAUUUUUGAGUAGAAAUGGAGGAUUGUGCUGUUCAGAAAAUAUAUGGCUACAUGGAGCAGGAAUUCUAACAGCCCAACCCCUCUUUUAUGACAAAGAUUAAUCUAGAAUCCCACAUGGUGGUACAUUAGCAUUGGUGCCAUACUAGUAUAAAAUUGUGAAUUUGGUCAGUAUUCACUGCAGGUGUGGUAUCAUCUUUCAGGACAUUAAAUUACAUGGAAUGACUAGUGGUUCUGGUACUAUAUUUGGGGGAUGAAAAAUUUACAUAGUAUACCCUUUGGAGAAUGCUGAUUUUCUGAGUGUUUGUAAAAUGGCAGGUAAUGGAUAGAACAAGAAUAGUGUCCAUUUCAUAAACACUUUUAAAAAGCUAUAACACAGCAGCCAUAAGAUCUAGGUACCGCCAUGUGACAAUAACCUUGUAUUUUACAAAGAAAUUUGAAAGUGGUGUAUUGGCUCCCUCUAGUGUAAACUUUAAUGCUUAUCCCCUUUAACUGUAUUGCCAGCACACAAUACAUGCCCUUAAUUCACCUCUUAGUUUCAUCUUUCAUAAUUCUAAAUAAUCAUCUGCUUGUUCUUUCUUAAGACUACUAUGGUAUAUUAUUAAGUGAUUGAUCACUCAUUUGAUUCUGGGACCAGUUUGUCUGUUUACUUAUAACAGCUUUUCUUCAUAAAAACUACAUUAUCUAGGUAAACAUUACAAUUUUAAAAAAUGAUUUGUAUCACAUCAGGGAAUUUUAUUUCUAUCCUGGGAUAGUUCAGUUGUCAGAGCAUGAGAUAUUCCCUCAGAUGGAGAAUCAACUAUGAUAUUUUGAGAACAUUAAAAACCAAAUAUAUUUUUUCAUGAAUUUUAAUUAGAUACUAUUUUACCUUCAAAUUUUACCUUUUUAAAAUCCCAAUUCCUAGUCACUAACAAAAUUUGCAUAAGGUUUCUGGGAGGGAAGUUUAAGAUGUUUUUGUGAAAAUCGGAUGCUGCUAAGCUGCUAUAAGGAAAUUGAAAUAUACUGCAAAAAUAAAGUCAGUGUCAAUUUUAUUCAUAGGCUGCAAAGUCCCACUAUCCUGUUCACUCACCAUGUUUAUUGAACUACCAAUUCAGCUGGUCUGUUGGUCUAUUUAUUAUGCAAAAUAGGAAGGGAGGAAUAUCCAGUUUAAACAGACGUCAUACAGUUAUUGUAACUGAUACAUAUAUCUGAAGCACAGUCUAGCAUUUCCCCCUAGUCAGUGGUAUUUAUUAUAAUGAUUUUUAAUGCAGCUAGUCUGUAAAAAUGUAAGAUUCUUUACACAUUAAAAUGAACCUCUUUACACAUUAAAAUGACUGAAUCUAUCAGUUCAGUUGAAGGCGUGCUCUGGUCCAUGGAGUCACGAAGAGUCGGACAUGACUAAACAAUAACAACAUCAAUUCAGUCAUUAAGAAAUGAUGCCUUAGGCCAGAACUUAUUUUAGUAAAUUACAAGAUAAACCAAUAUUAUGUAGUAGAUCCAACUAUUCAGUCAUGCCUGACAUUGUAAGUCAUGCCAACUCAUAAUAUUCAUCAAUAUUGCAGUCUUAUCAUGAGAGUAGAGAACGUUGCUUAUCUGAUCCUUGGGCAAAGUUAACACAUUUCUUAACAAAUUCCAGAGAGGUAGCUUUGUUAAGCUGUAGCAAGAACAGCAAUGUCUUGUGGCAUCUUAAAGGCUAAUAAACAAACCUGUUACUUUUAAGGUGCCACAAGUCUGUUUUGUUUACAUUUUUCCUCUUUUACAGACUACUGUGAAAUUACAUAUUGUAUUGUAAACAUUUACUCACACUUUUCAAACAGCAUCCAUCAAGAUGUGAAGGAAUCACAUGCAGGAUUUGGUAAAACAGAUUUAUCAGCAGGGCCGGCUCACCCAUGAGGCAAGGUGAGGCAACUGCCUCAGGCAGCAGGUUCCAAAGGAGCAGCAGAUCCCGAUGUAGAUCUUUCCUCCUCCCUUGUUCCUGAUGUAGAUCUUCCAUCACAUCUUCUUCCCUGGCAGGGAGGGGAAUGCCAUUUUGUGGUUUGCCUCAGGUGCCAAAAUGUCUUGGGCCUGUUCUGUUUAUCAGUAUAAAAAAAAUUGCUUGCCUGAAGUGUGUCACUGGAAACAAAGCUGACUAUAAACCUGCUUCAGGCAGCAACCCUGCACAUAAAUAUUGAUUGCAAAUACUAAAAUGUACGACCUCUGAAGGGUUUGUGUCACUUCUUCUAAGGUUAAGAGUUUUCUCUGUUGACCUUGAAGCAUAUCUGCAUCACUAUGAACUCAGCUAUGUUGAGGCCCAUGAAGCUAAUAAUUGCAGAUCCACAAAGGAGUGAUUUGGAAGUUGUCUUACUAGAUACUGAGUGGAGAAUUGGAAGCAGUGAGGAAGCCCUGCCUAUUGGCAAAGUCCACCAAUCACAACUUGAUGGCCAAAUAAAGAGACAGGCACAGAGGCUGGGUUGAACUAGGGCCACUUUAUUUAAGAUUAAACCAUAAUAAAACCUCUGCAGAGGGGAAGGAACACUAUUGCUGCUCUACGGUGACCAAAACACUUGUUUCAUUGUCUGAUUUUUCUAAUAACUGUAGUGUCUUGAUCUACAUGUGUACCAAAUCUCAAAGCUGUUGUAGCCACCCAAAAAUAUGUGAAGCAAAGCCGCACACUGAGAACAAGCAAAUUGCUCUUUCUUCCACAGAGACUGCAUUAUGCUCUGUUGCUUGAACAGUGGAACAAGCUUUGUGGCUGGUUUUGCCAUCUUUUCUGUCCUUGGCUUUAUGGCGUAUGAGCAGGGAGUGCCCAUAGCAGAAGUUGCAGAAUCAGGUAAGUACUAAAAGUAUACAUUUAUUAUUAUUUUUAAGUGUAUUUGUUAUACUAGUGAUAUUGUGUACUUUAAUCAUUAUGUAUUAUUUGUUAAAUUUAUAUCUCACCCCACUGUGCAAGACCACCAUAUAAACAAUUCCUAUUUAAUUUCUUUUCUUUUUUUUCCAGGACCUGGGCUUGCUUUCAUUGCUUACCCAAAAGCUGUAACAAUGAUGCCUCUUUCUCCGUUAUGGGCAACUUUGUUUUUCAUGAUGCUGAUAUUCCUUGGUUUAGAUAGUCAGGUAUGGAUCAAAGAUGACAUUUUAGAACAUCCUUUCCAGGUGUAACUUAAGCUGAGAUCUGAAUUUAAAUCAAACUGUAACUUUAAAUUGAAUUUAAAACUAAUUUAAAUUGCCAGCUUAAUAUUGCUGAAUUCUUGCUUCACUGUACUUCAUUUUAUUUUAUUAUUUUAAUGUGUCACCCACAGGUGAGUGAGAAGCAAGGUUAUAAGAUAGGAAUGAAAUGUUAUGAGCCCCAAUCUUAUACUGGACAUGAGUAUGCAGAGCCCUUCUUUAAAAGCUAAAGUGGUGGGGACUGCAUCUAGCUCUCAUGCAAAACAGCCAGUUGGUUGGAAUGCAGCUGUUUUGGGGAAUCACAUGCACUCAGCCCUGCUGCAUAAGGUUGGAAAUCAUAAAGUACAGAAUAUACAGUCUUACACAGUCUUACACACUCACUUUAGAGACACUCAUAUGGAUGGGUUCUAGCAAGACUGGGGCGAUGAACUAAAGAGCAGAAAAUACGUUUAAGACUAGAGCAGGCUAGCAGCAUGGUUCAGGAAGUAUUGGAUUAGACAUGAGAAAUAUCAACUGAAAUCAUAGAAUCAUAGAAUUGUAGAGUUUGAAGGUUCCACAAGGGAUCGUCUAGUCCAGCCCCCUGCAAUGCAGGAAUCUUUUGUCCAACAUGGGGCUCGAACCCAUGACCAUGACAUUAAGAGUCUCAUGCUCUACCAACUGAGGUAUCCCAGCUGUCUGAUAGCUCCUGAGCACUGAUAGACACAUAGCACUACAGAGUUUGAAGGUACCCCAAGGGUCAUCUAGUUCAACCCACUAACUAACUAAACCAACCAACCAACCUCAGGUUACUCAUGUCACAGGGUUGUCAUUUAAUGCAGUGCCUAGUGCCUGAUGCAGUACUUUCCCUGUGGUCAGCGUGGAGGAAAUGCCAUCGUGCAAGAAAGGCAUGCAGAGAGCUCUUAUCAGGUGGGAGCAAGUAUGGCAAGUUAGGUGCUAUCUUUAGUGGGGAUACUUAAAGCUCUAUAUAGGAACGGGCUAUAAAUAAUCCAAAAAAAAAUUAAAGCACAUAGUGCACUGACAUGUGCUGAGGAACUGGUACUGUAGAUCAUUUACUCUAUAUGUCAUUUUUUUCUGCAUUUGCUUUGUUCAGUUUGUGUGUGUUGAAAGUCUCGUGACAGCCGUGGUAGAUAUGUACCCAAAGGUUUUCCGGAGGGGAUACAGACGAGAGCUGUUGAUUCUCGCUCUUUCGAUUGUAUCAUUCUUCCUUGGUCUAAUCAUGUUAACGGAGGUAAGAUAUAUAUAUUUGUAUUUGGAUUGGUGGGGAAAAAAAUUGUUUCCAUUCUUUUUUUAACUUGGGCUAUGUUCGCACUAGUGGCUUGAAACACUAAGUGAUAUCUUUCCCCAUGCUGAGUGAAACUUUGAUCUGCGCACAUGUCAUCAUGUGCACACACACAAAAGCCACCUGAACUAGAGCACAGUGGAGCCAUGGCUUCCCUUUUCAAAUCAGAUGGAAGUUGGUUCCAAGCAAAACACAUCAAAGAGCUACGGGACGCAGGUGGGUUGUGGCUAACAUCAUGUGAGCCCAGCUUUGAAAACUAGCAGUGGGAGUAAAAUAGCAGUAAUUAGCAAUGUGAGCACAGCCUUAGAAAUUCUAAGCAAAACUAUUUGAGGAUUGAUAGACACCUGGAGCAACAAAAUAUUGAUCAAAUGUUGUUCUGUGACAAAAUACAACAUACUUGGAAAGAUAAAAAACUCAAAGGAACUGCAUAUGGGAACAUAAAUUAUUGUAUUAUAGCGACGGGGGCCUUUUACUUCACACAUCACCCUCACUAUCUGAUAUAUGGCAAUUGAACAUGGUCAUCUGUUGCUUUUGGCUCUAAGGUAUAUUGUUAGUCUAGUUUGAAAUAAAGAGCUGAGUGGCUUGGUGCUCUUGCAGCAAUGCAGGACUCUUCAUAUAUAGGCUGGCAGCCUCACAGGAAUUCCUAGAAUGUCCGCAUGAUGCCCUGUGGUCACUUGGAAACUGUAGGAAGUGCUGUGAGGAGAGAUGCUGCAUUUGUAAAGAGCUCUGCUCCACUGCAAGUGUGCGCAGUGUGUUCUAAACAUGUCACAGACACCUCUUUAUAGUGUAUAAGGUAAGAAUAGCACACGUUGCCUUUCUCACUGAGAAUAGUCUCUGAAAUUCUCACACUCCCUGGCCUCUUCCUAAACAUCUGCUUCACCCCACACCAUCUCUUAAGUUGCUGAAAAUUAAAAUAGUUGGUGGAAUUCACCUAAUGAACCCCAUCAGUGGAAGCCUUGUGCAAGGGCUACUGUUUAUGCAAUGAGGCUUCCCCACCUUCCCCCAGCAAACUCCCUGAAAUUGGCUCUGGGAGUGUUGGGAGAACCCCCAAAACAACACACAGUGGGAGGCGGGUCAUUCCAUUGGGAAGCAGUUAUGCUUGCAUACACAGAAAGCUUGCUAUAGCGUGACUUUGAAUUCAACCCUGCAAAAUGUUCAGCACACUACUAUUUAUUGUUCCAAUCUGGCUGAACUGUUUUUCUUUUUUAAUAAUUAUUGUGCUAUUUUAUAGAUUUGCUCCUUUUAGGUUUUUUAUUUAUGAUUUUAAAUGGCAUCAUAUUUUAUUGUAUUUUUACAAUACAGUGACAGUUGCAUUGAAGGGUAGAAUAUAUUUUAUAAUAAUGGAUGAAUAAACAGGGUUUGGAGAAGCUAAGGCAUGUACUAAAGAUGGAAUUGCUCAGAGUAGGGAGUUGAGGGCAGACAUUUUCUCUACAAGUUUGCAGGAUCUAGCAUCAGUAGAGGUCCUUCCCUGCCUAACAAGUAAGAUGUAAAUAAACAAAUGUAUACAUUUAAGAUUCAUUACAUGCAUUGGCAUUACCUGAGGCUGUUAGAAGAAAACAGAUCAUUAAUCACCAUCUUGCAAGGGUUUUCUGUACAUAUGACCAAGAAAUUGUGCUAUAGAUAUCUAUUAUCUACUCUUAAUGACUACUUUCCUACAUAAUGACAUCCUGAAUUUGUACUUCAGGAUGUUAACAUUUAAAACUGCACAGCAUACUCUAUUGGAUAUUAUUAUUAGGCUAAUUAUUAAUUUGGGAUACAAUAGUGUUUCACUAGAACAAAAAAAAUGAGGUUGUUGAAUGUCCAUUUAAAAUUGAAUACCAAGCUUUCCAACCUUUGCCUUUCAAUAAUAAUAAAAAAUAAAAGAGAGGUGUAUAACCAUAUACAUAUGAGUUGAUCUUCUGGUCAAAGUUCACUCUUGCUGAAGGGAGACCACUGAGUCCCUUCUGCAAACAGGAUGACUGCUUCCCUUUGUAGAAUAGACAUUUUGCAACCACCCCAAUAUGUUUUGCAUUUAGUUUCAAUCUUUUGGGCACAUUAUUGCCCACACAAGCAUCAGCACUCUGAAAUGUGCAUCCACACAGCUAGUUUAGACCAAAGGCCUAUCCAGUCCAGCACUGAGGCCACAGUGGCCAAAGAGUUGCCCAAGGGAAGCCAGGAAGGAGAGCAAUAAACCUCUCACCACUGUUGCUGUUUCCCAUCAGUUGCUAUAUAGAAAUACAAUCCAGCUUUGUUGUCAAUUUUCUCCUUCCUUUUCUAUGUAUUUUUCAAGCAAGUCCACCUUGUUUCCAUGUACAGUUGUUACUCUUCUCAGAGUUUCAGAGUCAGGCUCCUAGUUGUUUUUGUUUGGAUUUGGGCUGGCAGUCCUGCUUGAGGCUGGACAUCAAGGAAUAAGCUAUUUUUCAUGGUGAUUAAUUCAUCUUCCCCAUGCUGUUGUGUAGAAUGGACCCAUAGUAUUCAGUUGUUAGUACUUUCGUGCUUACCCAACUGUUUUUGAUGGGAUGCAGGAAAAAGAGAAGCAAAUUGUUCCAAAUCCCAGCACGGCAGCUGCUGCUGUUUCUGCUGCCGGGAAGAGUGCAAUGUAUGCUGUGAAAUAGGCACUCUGCAGUAUAAAUCAAGUUGCAGUGUGCAUCAUGUGCCACCAAAUGGCACUGUUGUGCAACAUUCCAUCAUGUAAAUAAUUUCUUUAGAGCUCUUUCCAAAACGUUCCAAGGAGCUUGGCGUAGGGUGCAGAAAUUCACUCCUGUUCAAGAGGACUUGAUUCCUUGGGAGCACUUGAAAGCAAUACUGAAGAGGGUUUGUUGUGCAAUGAAUUUCAGUCUCAGUUUGCCACUGCAAAGCCUGGAUCUAGGCCAGCUCUCAAGACAGCCUCAAUAAUUAGCUGAGGAGAUAAAUGGCUAGUGUCCCAUUCAGUAUUUCUGACUUGGGCUGACUGUUGAAGAUUAACUUUUGAUUCGGAAGCUUUGUAUUCCCAAGUCCCUCACCAUAUGCACUCAUAUGAUAAUAUCUAUAGUUUCUUACUUGCUGUUAUUAUAAGAAAGAUACUGGUGUCGGCGACACAAUAGGACUAGCACAUAGAUUAAGAUUUUGAUCAGCUAAAGGAGCAUAGAUUACUCUGCCUCCAUGUUCGGAGGCAGUCUGCUUCUGAAUACCAAUUGCUGGAAACCACAGAAGAAGAUAAUGUUCUUGUUCUCAAGCAUCUGUUGGCCACUGGGAGAACAGGAUUAUGGACUAGAUGGCCAAUUGGCUGGAUCCAGAAGACUCUUCUUAUGUUCUUGCAAGUUACAUUCAUAUCUUACCCUUUCAUGAAAAUGUUCCAUGCACCCUGAUAGAUGCCAUUCACCCAGAAUACUGUCUGUGGUUUUGUACUUGCUCAUGCAACACACAACUGAACAAAUCUGAAUAUUCAUAUAAUGUACUUCAGAGACUAAAAGUGUUUUCAGUGAUUAGCAACUUAAACCUGAAUAUAUGCAGUUGGAAACACAUCUCGAAAGAGCAAUGCUUAGUGCUCUGUCAUCAUAAAUUAAAGUAUAAGACAUCUUCGCCUGUCCCCCCCCCCCCGCCGCCCACUCCAGAUGUUUACUAUGUGUAUGGAAAUGUACACUGCUUAUGGGCUGAUACAGUGUAAGACUUUUUAUGUAACAGAUAUUGCCUUAAAAUUCCAGGGUGUUUAGAAGGAGGAGAAUUCAUAAUUCACGUGGUGUCUCAACCUGUUGCCAAGGACAAAUAGCUUCACUAUCGAGUGUAUGCUCCAAAAAUAAGCACAAGGUGUGAGGAAGAACUUCUUUAAGACGGGAGAUUUUUUGUCUCUCUCACAGUUUCAUUCGCCUUCUAAUGUGGACAAAGGGCCUGUUUCCAAAAAGCAAUAUAGGAAGUUUUUGGGUUGAAUAUUGUUACCCUUCUGGCAAUACAAUUCUUAAAUAAAAUAAAAGAAGGGAAGAACAUGGUAUAAAACACAGCAAAGCAAAGGAUUGCCAAGGGACAAAACAAACACGCAGGGUUUUUUUUUAAAAAACCAACCAUGGUUUUCUUUAAUGGUAUACUUUGUGUGGUGGAGUAAUAAUUCUCAAGAUCACAACAGGCAUGGAGCGCUUUUAAAACUCUUUUAUUUCCUGCUCCAGUCCUGAGGAAAGGAACCAGGGAGGAAAUAAUUAAAUCCCUCCUCCAUUGAGAAUGAUCAGUCACACCUCAAACAGAUGAUGUUUGCUUUUAAUGGUCCCAUAAAUACAAGCAUGCAUUUAACAUUGCAUCUCAUUUGACACUUAAACCUAAGCAAGCACACAUAAUUUAUGUUUCCUUCACCAACUUGGUGCACUCCAGGUGUUUUCAACUACAACAUCCACCACCCUUGGCCACUGGCUUUGCCACCUGGGACUGAUAGUUGCUGUAGUCCAAAAUAUCAGCUGGUUUAGAAAUUUCCCAAGUGGAGGGAAACCUUAUUUCAGCUCUAAAGUGUUAUUCGCACUCAACUUUUCCUGUUUUUAACUGUUUAUCUUCCAGGGUGGAAUGUAUGUUUUCCAGUUGUUUGAUUCCUAUGCAGCCAGUGGAAUGUGCCUUCUUUUCGUUGCUAUAUUUGAAUGUGUCUGCAUUGGCUGGUUUUAUGGUAAGUCAGCAAUUCUUGCAAUGUUAGGGCUAAUUCUGAAAUCACAUCGUGCAUUUUUAGAAUGAGUCUUACCGUGUUUUCCAUAGCCUACCUUGCCAUACAUCAUCCUUUGAAUUUCAAGGGUCAGUCUUCUUCACAGUCUUGUUUUCAUAUUGCAAGUUGUAUAUAUUUCCCCUUCUGGUGGAUCCUUUUCACAUGCGAAUCUUCAUUUCAUAGUACCAGAAGAGUCAGUACAAGUUGUACUUUCUCUAAUUAUGCAUCUAAUAUAACAUAUGAAAAGGAAGUUGUGAGUCUGAGAUAGAUCUGCUGCUUUUAUGCCUGUAGCUUGUACAUCUCAUCUUCACAAGUCCUUUUUCUAUGCUAUGCUAGAAAAAACACAGCUUGCACAUUCUUCCUCUACUCCAUUGUAAUAUGUGGAGUUGUGUUACAUGCCUUUCUCUGGAUGCCAAGGUUUAUGUUAGUACUACAUGUCAUUUGUGCAGUUAAAUUCAGCCAAACCAUUUGGGUUUGUCCCUUUGUUGACAGAAGGCUUUUUGAUCCAGUGGGAGCUUCCAAGAGCAGAAAUGGGAAGAGGUGACUUUAAUUGAUUCCCAGCGCCCUUCCCAAAUCUACCACAGAGGGUUGGGGCACCUUUGGGACAGCAUGAUUGGUGGUGAAGGGGUUGCAGAAGAAAGGAGGAAUCUAUGAAAAUCAACUUACAUUCCUUCCGUCAGCGGAGAGAAACCACUGGAUACAACUUCUUUUCUUCAAGGAUGGCAGAAUAGUCACCUAGCAGAGGUGUUGUGUUUUUACCUCCUUCUCCCUCUUAAUGCUGAGGAUACUAAAACUAUUAGUGCUCAGCUGAAAUUUCACUGAAACAACUCAGCUUUGGAACGUAAAGAAGAAUCAUAAAAGGGGGGGGAAUGUUUUUUUUCUUUUCUUUCAGAUUCCCUCCUUUAUCUUUGAUAACUCUUUCAAUUCUUUUUGUUUUGGUUUUGGAAAAAGGUAUGCUAGACACUGCCUGUGGCAGUGACAGCAUCAAAUCUCUUCCUGGUGUCUAUAAGCUCCAGCCACUGUUUUCUUCCCACCUCAGUGCUGCUGGAUAACAUACCAUCAUUCUGAGAGAGUUCUUGGGUAAAUACUUGGCAGCCUCCAUAUGGUUGCUAUUUUUUCAUCAAGUUCUCUCAGAAUGACAUUAUGUUAUUCUAUAGCAUCAUUCCAGGGGUAAAUAAUUCUGGUGGAAAUAACAUGUCAACCAAAGGUCUCCAUCUGCUGGGAAGGGAGCUGCUGUAUCAUCUCUGCAGACCCCACUAGAGGUAAAGGAGGGCUUCAGUUUUUUCAGCAGGCCCUCCAAAAAACGUUUCUUAUAUAUGCUAGUUGUGAAUGAGAUUGUGGGGGGGGGCAGAUUUUCAUCUCAUUCCCACCAACUGCAUUUACCUUGUGUUUUUGGGCUUUCCUUGCCAAUGGCAGAGGCAAGGAAUAUUCUAAGAAUGAAAGCAUAAAUUCUAAUGAAGCUACAUCCAGUAGCAUAAGCCCUGGUGACCUAUAUUCCUUUUCUAUUAAUUUUUAUAUUGGUUUUAUUCAGGAAGCAAUCGUUUUUAUGACAACAUUGAAGAUAUGAUUGGGUACAGACCACUGGGAUUAUUUAAAUGGUGUUGGAUGUUGCUCACUCCUGGCAUUUGCGCUGUAAGUAAUGAAAGUGUGAUAAAAUGAUAGAGCAAUCUGUAAGGUCCUUGGCAGAACCUUUUCCCAAAGACUUUAUGGAAAUAAUUUUCCAGAAAUAGAGCAUAAUCAUGGAGCCACACACAUGUGUUGGAACAGGAAGUACACCUCCAAAAUGCAAAAUAGUUUAACUUCCUGGUAUCAGUAAAAAAAAGCAACAAUUCCUCAUAAAUUAAAUAAAAAAGUGAUUAAAAAACUUAUUUAAUUUUCAAGCAGAUGUUAUUUAUUUCAAUAUUUCAAAUUAUUUAGGUAUUUCUUUGCUAUUGGCUUUAGACUUCAGUAGCCCCUACUUUUUCUUUUCUUCCUCUUUCCCCACCCCCCUACAAUAUGAUGAGGUAUGACAAAUUCUUUUUAUGUGUUCACACAUUUCUGUUCCUACACCAUAGUGGUUUCAUAUGCACUCAAGGUGUUUAUUAUAAAUUCAUGUGUAGGUAUUAAUAGAGCAAUUGUAUGCUACUAUGCUGUUACUUACCGUGAAACUGAACUGAACACAAAUUAAGGGCUGGAAUUUAAAGGAUUAUGUGUAGUAGCCCUCACACACCCUGGGGCUUUUGUGGGGAGGGUGGUGGCGUUUUCCCGUUCAUUUGAAAAUGUACAGGGGGAGAGAAAGAGUUAAUAAGUAGACCAAUAGAAAAGCCAGAGGCGGAGCCUACCUGUUUAUAAAAGGGCUUAGCCCGAGGGUUAGUUAGUUGGUUGGGAAAAGGCAGUUGGGAAAGCAGUUGGCAGACAGAUGGAAAUAGAGAGACAGUUCAGCUAGUUCUUGUGUGAGGGGAGGUGGAAGAGUUAGAGACAGAAUAAAAGAAGACUAAGAGGGUAAAGGGUAACAGCAUUUCAAAUGCACUUAAAGUUUAUUUGUGCUUGCAAUAAACUACAAUCUUCACUGUUAACUUAAGAACCAGACUGAGACUAAGUGAUUUACCAGGGAGGACCUGGUUGGUGGCAGUGGAUUAGUGGAGUACGGGUCAAUAGUCCAUGAGACGACCGGGGGCUCUGUACAAACGCCACAGGGGGUUCCCAUUCUUGGUGCAAUUUUUCAGGGGUCUUCAAAAGUGAUACACAGUGUGAUGCAUUUGGGGGUGAUACAGCUGGUGGGGCAUGCGAGAAUCGUGACCCCCUCUUGUGUGUUCAGAAGUGCUUUCAAGCCACAGAACAGAUCCCCUCCCAUGAGUCUCUUCAGCACAGCUGUAACUUGUUGUCAAAUGGGGGGGGGCAAUUUCUAUGGUCCUUAAAUGAAGACUGAGAUUAAAUGUGAAAGGAAGUUCCAGUGGAAGGAAGAAAGGAAGCCUGCCUGCCUGCUUGCUACCUGUCUUGAAAGCUGAAUGUAGCAAUUCAGUGAACUGGGGUGAAUAAGUUUCCUAAAUAUCUAUGUAUUGUUCCCAAAAAUGGAUAAAAUGACCAUCUCCAUUUCAGGGAAUCUUCAUCUUUUUCCUGGUGAAAUACAAGCCUUUGAAAUACAACAACGUUUAUAUAUACCCAGACUGGGGUUAUGGCAUUGGGUGGAUGAUGGCUCUCUCCUCCAUGGUUUGCAUUCCUUUGUGGAUCUGUAUUCAAUUGUGGAAGACAGAAGGAACUAUCGGAGAGGUAAGGAAUGCUUUCAGACUAUUGUUGCUUGAUAGAGUAGGUGAGCAUAUUGAGCUGAAUGCUGCACAUUUUGCUUACCAUCAGGUAUUCAGAAGUUAUGAAAUCUAAGCUGGAGUCUAUGCAUCCAGACCAGUUUGUGUGAUGUAACUGUAGUCAACAAUCCACGUAUCCACUUUGGCUGUGAACCUGGGAAGUUUCAUAGUAAUAAUUAUGAAAAAGAAAACAACAGUGGGUUGCAUUGUCACAGAUGUUCAGUGACUAAAACAUUAGAAAUAACAAUGGUAGGUUCAACUCUGCCCUGGUUUGGAUGAGCGUGUUUUGUCUUAUUAACACAAGCUUCCCCACCCCCACCCCGCAUGCAGGCGGAAUUCUAUCAGUUCUUGGAAGAAAAAGUCCAAGAAUAUCUUGGAGAUAAACUUAUUUUAUUAGGUGACUUUAACAGAGUAGUGAACCCAGGCAUAGACAGAACAGCAAAAAAAAAAAAAAAAAAAGCAACGGGACAAGACAAACUCCCAACCUCUUUUUUUCAGUUAAUAGACCUCCUGAAUCUGAAUGAUACCGGGAGGUUUAAACACCCAAUAGAUAAAGAAUUUACGCAUUACUCGGAUCCUCACAAGUCAGCUGGAAGAAUGCAUGCAAUUUGGGCCUCAAAAGAUAUUAGGUAAUAUUAAGAAAGUUGAAAUCCACCCAAGAACAAUCUCAGACCAUAACCCAGUAUGGAUUAAGUUUAAAGGAGGGGAAGAAAAAACUAAAAGAUGGCAGCUCAACGAGAAUAUAUUGAAUGAUGAAAAGACAGCACAGAAGGCCAAUCAAAUUUUAGAAGAAUACUUUAAAUUUAACUUAAAUCAAGGGACAGAUAUAAAAAUGGUCUGGGAUGCGAGUAAAGCAGUUAUAAGAGGCUUCUUCAUCCAACAAAGUGCUUACCAAAGGAAAAUAAAGGAGAAGAAGAAAAUGGAAAUAUGGGAGGAAAUCAGAGAUAAUGAAAAGAAAUUAUUUCAAAAACCAGAGGACGAAAUAAUAAAGCAAAAUAUAAAAAUCCUACAUACACAAUUUUUGAUGAUUAUAAAUGAAGAAAUAGAAUGGAAGAUCAAAUGGUUAAAACAUAGAAGCUUUGAAUCUGCGAACAAACCAGGGAACUGAAAAAGAAACAGGAUGAAAGAAUCAUCAACAAAAUUAAAAUGGAUGAGACCUGGAUUCAAGACCCGAAAGAAAUUAGUAAGAGAUUCACUCAUUUUUACAAAAAGUUAUACAAAGAAGAACCAGAGAAAAUUGAGAAAAUAAAUGAAUACUUAAACAAAAGUAAUCUGCCAAUAAUUCCCAAGGAGAAACUCGCCACAUUGAAUUCACCAGUAACCGCUAUGGAGGUGCAACAAGCAAUGCAAAGAUCGAAAAUCGGGAAAACACCGGGUCCGGACAGUAUACCGGCUAUUUAUUAUAAAAAAUUAGAACAAUCACUGUUUCUGUGGGAAUGUUUAGGAAUGCAGGGGAGGAUAUAUUAUCUAAGAUAUCCUGUUCCAACUUGUCUUCAAGUUCAACAAAAUCAGCAGAGUUAACAUUCCCCUUUUUUCUUUUAAACACACGCACAGCAGAAAGCUUGCUCAGACUCGUUAGAGUCUCUUUAAAUAUUUCCUGGUAUUUUCCCCAUUUAAUCCCUCCUAAAAUAAGACGCUACACAGUCUUCUGUAAAGUAUAAAACGUUUACUCACAAGUAAUCAUCUGUUCACACAAAGGUUCCCAGAGGGUAGACUUAAAAGGUUAGAACAUAGUUUAAAUGUGGUGACUGUCUCCUUAUGGGAGAAAGCCCCCUUUUUCUUCUCUUGGCCUGGAGCCAAGGGUGCAUCUUAGUAGUGCUGUUGUUAAGAUGGUAUUGAUAGAGACAAGAAGAGACAAGAUGGCCGCCAGCCUGUGAUUCUGGUUAUUUCUACUUCAGGAGAGGCCACACCCAUCUCAAGUUACACAUAGGAAGUUUCGUCUCAGUCCUGGAAAGCAGGAACUUCUGGCUGGAGUACUGAGACACAACCUUCAUGUCUACUCUAGCAAUGUUAUGUUUGACUGCACCUGAUUCUUACAUCCCACAGUUUCUACCUAUGAAAGAUACAAUGAAUGACAUUCUACAAAAUGGAAUACUACCGAGUUCGUGGAAAGAAAGUUUCAUUACCCUUAUUCAUAAACAAGGAUCUGACCCUUUAAGCAUGGCGAACUACAGACCUAUUGCCCUGCUAAAUAAGGACUACAAGAUAUUUGCAGACAUUAUUGAAAACAGUCUUAAAACAGUUAUAAAAGAAAUAAUCCAUAAAGAUCAAACAGUUUUCCUCCCAGGGCACCAUAUGCAGACUAACCUCAGGUGUGUGAUAAAUGUCUUAGAACAUUUCGAUUAUAAAAUUGAUAAACCAGCCGCUAUUAUGUUCGUGGAUGCUGAAAAGGCAUUUGACCAGGUUUCCUGGAAGUUUAUGAAAAAACUAAUUCAAGAAAUCGGAAUUGGUGAAAAUCUCUGUAAAGGAAUAAAUGUCAUCUAUUCGGAACAAUCAGCUAAAUUAAUCAUCAACGGUAAAAUCACAGAUGAAUGCAAAAUAAGUAAGGGGACCCGGCAAGGCUGCCCAUUAUCUCCCUUAAUAUUUAUUAUGGUAAUGGAGGUCCUAAAUAUCCGGAUACGAGGAGACCAGCUGGUCAAAGGAAUAACAUUGGGACAUAAAUCCUACAAACUCAAGGCCUUUGCUGAUGACCUAUUAAUAAUGACUGAAAACCCCAAAGAAAGUUUAAUGAGCGUAUUAGACUUGAUUAAGAAUUUUGGAGAAGUUGCUGGUUUUAAAUUGAAUACCACAAAAACAAAAUUAUUGGUCAAGAAUACAUCUUCACAGGAAAAAGAAGACCUAGAAAAAAAUAUCGGGCCUGAGGAUAUGUAACAAAGCAAAGUAUUUAGGUAUAUCGUUUACCCCGAAAAACAUAAAUCUAUUCCAGGACAAUUAUACAAAAGUAUGGUCAGAGAUAAAAAGAAACCUCGAGAUUUGGAGCAAGCUGAAGUUUUUAGGGAGGAUAUCCAUUAUAAAGAUGAACGUGCUCCCCAGAUUGAUUGUUUUUGUUUCAAAUGAUUCCGAUACUGAGUGGAGCAGGCUGCCUCAAGAAUUGGCAAAAAGACAUUUCUAAAUUUGUUUGGCAGGGGAAGAGAUCUAGAGCUAAACAUCGGAUUUUAAUUGAUAUAAAAGACAGAGGAGGCUUCUCCCUGCCCGAUCUGAAAUUGUAUUAUGAGGCGGCCUGCUUCACCUGGUUGAAAGAAUGGUGUACAUUGCAGGAUUCGGACCUAUUGGAUCUGGAGGGGGUUGGCAUGCGUAUUUGGCUUACGGGAAAGCUAAAAUCCAUAGAGGCUUUACGAAUCAUAUUAUUAGGAAAUCAUUGUUGUGUGGGAGAAAUAUAAAAACUUGAACCCAAAAUGUCCCAAUGGAGGCCUGUGCAGUAAAGAGAAAAAAUACCCAGGGAACGUGGCCAUCAUAAAAAUUACUCCUAAAGGAAGAAGAUAAUAAAUUUAAGUUAAAAAGCUUUGAGGAAAUAAGGAGGUACAUAACGGAUUGGUUUCAAUACCAUCAAUUAUAUGAGACAUUCAAAUUAGAUAAACAAAAAGGUUUUGCCACAGAGAUUUCUAGAGUUGAAUAACGAUCUAGUGAAUUCCAACUCUAAAACACUCUCCAAAGCAUACCAACUCCUCCUUGACUGAGAAGUCAAGGAGGAGGAGGUCACUGCAGCUAUGGUUAAAUGGUUGCAAGACUCUGGGCAUACAAUAACCAUGAAACAGUGGGAAAAUCUGUGGAAAACAAGUUGGAAAUUUACAGCUUGUUAUUCUUUAAGAGAGAACUUUCUUAAAAUGCAACAUUGAUGGUAUAUAACUCCUUGGAAGCUCUCCGAGAUGUAUGAAAGUGUACCAAGUAAUUGUUGGAGAUGUAAAGAAAAGCCAGGCAAUCUGUAUCAUAUGUGGUGGCAAUGUAAAGAAAUUAGGAUGUUCUGGGAGGAUAUUCAUUCUGAAUUGGAAAAAAUGUUAAAAAUAUAUUUCAACAAAAAACCAGAAGCCUACCUAUUGGGAAUCACAGAUUCAGAUAUCCCUAAAAAGGCAAAGGAAAUUUUUCUAUAUGCCACAGUCGCAGCAAGAGUGCUCAUUGCGACAAAUUGGAAAAGUGAUAAAGUCCCUUCUAGAGUGGACUCAAAAAAUGCUUGAAUAUGCGGAAUUAGACAAUCUAUCAAUAAAAAUAAAAAAUAAAAGGAAGUAUUUAUUUAAAAAUGGGAAGUCUUUAAAAUUUAUUUGAAAAAUAGUAAUGGCAGUUUAAACUCUGUAGCAGCAUUUGAAUAACUUCAGUAGGAGUUUCAAGUUUGAUGGAAAACCCAUGAUAAAAUAAAUAAUAUUAAAACCAAAAUAUGUUAUGAUAUGGCGGUGAACAACUGAUGAGAAAUAGAAGGAGUAGACAGGAAGUCAGGUCUACAGAAAAAAGACCAUUUUAAUGCCAAAGUAUCAUGAACACUUGUAGUGGAUUUAGGGGUUGCUCGUGCGUACGUUGCCGCCACUCCUGGCUAGGUUACCUGGUUAAACCCUUUCUGACUGAACAGCCUCUAGCAUCGUGACUGUCUCAGUCGCUGGCAGAAUCCGUCAGUGGGCGUUUCUUAAACUUCUUCCAGCACAAAAGUUCUUUGACGCCUAGUCUCCGCCUAGACUCCCUGCGCGGAAGUCUUCUGCGCAGGGAGGGUGUGGGCAGCGGAGGACCCGUACUCUCUCCGCUGGUCUCCGGCAAGGAGUCUUGGAGCCUCCUCUCUGAUUCCCCCAUUUGCCCCCCUUCUUUACUGGUGUUACGCUGAUUUCCUUCCCCAGCGGACGGGCUGCCUCUCUCUCUACUGGGACCCUCUCCAGCAUUGCUCUGGAGCCUUCCCUCCGCCUCUAGCUCCGAUGGCAGUUCCCUGACAAGACUAUUCAAUGUAUUGUUGGUUUUUUGUAUUUCUUUGUCGUUGUUAUUUUUAGUUGCCAAGUGGUGAUGGAUAUUUGUUUAUUUUCGUAUUUCUCUUUUUUGUGAUGUAUUAAAGUGAAAUAAAAACUCUUUAAAAAAAAGGAAGCAGUGGUGGAGAGCAGGCGGGGCUGGCACAUGUCCCGGGGGCGUGGCACGCCGCCCGUAGGGGUGUGGCUCACGUCCUGGGGGCCUGAUGUGCCGCCUGUAGGGGCGUGGCACCCAGCGCGGGGGGGCAGCUGCAAUGGCACCCUGCCGGGAUUGCACUGCCAGGGGCAGUGCGCUCCCCCCGCACGCCUCUUCCUCCGCCAGUGCUAGGAAGAGUCCUUAGAGCCAGAUAGAGAGGACUGGAGCUUCCAAGCCCCUGAUCUGGAUGGUGUGUGCUUGUGACCAGGUCACAGAAAUGGCUAAUGCCUUCCAUUUUCUUCAUUCCCUGCCCCCAGAGAUUUAGAAAGUUGAUUGUGGCCAGCCCAGACCUGAAGAUGAGAGGAAAAUGUGGGGCAGGUGCAUAUGCUGCUACAGUAAAUGACUGCGAUGCCAAACUGAAAGGUGAUGGCAACAUUUCAGCCAUCACAGAAAAAGAGACGCACUUCUGAAAGAACUUUCUUCUUCUUCUUCUUCUGUUGUUGUUGUUUUUUGUAUAAAUAAAUAAAUAAAUAAAUAAAUAAAUAAAUUACUUCACUUAAUU